GGUUUCGGGAUGUUUUGGCGGGUUAUUUAAAAACACCGGUAGUGUAUUCAGAGACAGUGCAUUUGAAUGAGCUCUGAUAAUUCUCUGUUGAUCGUUUAUAACUCAACUCCCUCAUUUCAUCAUAUCACCUUUUCAUUUGAAGGCAAAAGUUUGGACCUGGAUCUUUAUUAGACUGUAAGUUUUCCUUCUUUUUUGAACAAUAAAUCACCUUUAACAAUAAAUCACCUGUAACACUCAAUGAAUGAAUUAACUAGUCAAACCCCGGCGGCCAUUUGUUGAAGGAAAAAAGUCCCUACAUAGACAUAACGCAAACGCUAGCGAGUUAGCUUUAGCGAGUUAGCGUUAGCAUUAGCGAGUUAGCGUUAGCGCGUUAGCUUGCUAGCUUGAUGACUUGCAGUUUAUGGAAAAAAUGAGCCUUCUUGGUAAAAGUAGGGAAUUUAAAAAACGGUACAGCAACCCAAAGUUGUCUUGUUUGUAGAUUUGUCUGAAUGUUUGAGAAGACUAUUUCAGGGCAGUGGUUCUCAACUGGUGGGUCCCAGCCAAAAAGUGGGUCACAAACAGCUGGUCAAAAAGUAAAUAUUUAAUGUGCAUCCAGAAUCAGCCUGUGACUGUGUGUAUGUGUGUGUGUGUGUGACAGACACACCUUCACAAACUACCUCUGAUACAACUGGCUUAAGUGUGGAAUUGGACAUCUUAAUUAAACCAUUUUAACAGUCUUUAUUGUUUGUGAGUUGUAGUAAUGGAUUUCCCUUCAGGGAUGAACAAAGUGUAUAUUUCUCUAUCUCUCCUGUAUAGAUACCCAUACUAUCCCAUACUAUCCAUACAGGUGUGUGUUAUUCCUCUGCCUCUUCUUCCGCUCUCGUCCACUCCUUCAGGUGGCUCUUUUCUGGUGUGGGAGUCUUGGCACUUUUGUGGCUGUGCAUUAACUUAUCUACAGUCCAGGUAAAGUCCUUUUUUUAAAAUUUUUAUUUAUUUUUUUAUUUAUUUUUUUUGCUAUAUCCCGAUUUAUUGUGUGCACACGCUCUAUGCAAUCAGUGACUUUAUCCGCCUGUUGUAGUGUGGCUGGGGCUGGUUGCUGCGGAGGCGAACAGGUGGUUCUGCAAGAGACUCUCCUGGUAUGUGACAUCUCUCUCUCCCUGGGGUAAGUAGCUAUUGUCUGCCCUUUAAAUGUGCCCGUGGUUCCCUGCUGCAAACUUAUAGGUAUUUAUAUGUCUUGGUUUCCAUGUGGCCUUGGCUCUACAGCUAGCACUGCUGUUCUAACGCUGUGGGGGUGAGGUACUUUCGGGCAUUUUCAAUCUUCUACACUGGAAGGUCUGCUCUUGGUGUGGGCCGCCACGCAUCAGCUAAAGAGGCUCAGGUUUGACUGGCAUGCAGGGGCGCGUUGAGGUGCGCUGCAGGCUCUGUAGCCCAUUUUCGGAAAUUCUUGUGUGUUUUAGCUUUUAUUAGCAGCCUCAGUUUUCUUGUGGGUCAAAUUGUUGUGUUCAGUUCGUGUUGUGUUGGCUAUUCUUCCUUUUUUUGUGUGUGGUUAUUGUUCAUGUGGGUUAUUUUGUAAUAAUUGUUUAUUGCAGGUAUUUUGGUAGUUCUAUUUUCUUUAUUUUAUUGUGAUUUUUUUAGAAGAACUGUUAUAAAAUAAAGUUUUGUGCUUUAACCUGUCUCUGCCCAGUGGUCUAAUAAUCCUGGUCGUAGCUGUGAGUAGAUGGUUAAAUCUCUGAGGGGUGAAAUAACCUUUGGUGGCAUUGUCAGUUUAUAAAUAGUACCUAGUGUCGCUUCAUCUCGCCACAUGUAGAAAUUUGAAAUUAGGGUGUUAUGAAAGUUUUUGCACCUGUACCAUUAAAUAACCUAGGACCUAUACAGCAGCCAGUCCCUAGGGGGAGUCCUGGGAGUUAUAGUUUCACUCGUGGCGACUCUUUCAUCCAAUCUGCUGAUCAAAAAUAGCUCUGAUAUCCGGUUGUGUUGUGUACUCAUAUUAACAGUGAAGUCAUCUUCUCUUCCCGGUUUUGGUUAGCUGUGGUUUUCAUGUCUUGUUCUCAUUUUUAUCUCAGUUAACCAAACUGUUUUUGACCGUCCAGUCUUGUUUGUUUUGAUGGUUUCAGUCCGUAUUAAUAACCUCGGGUCACAGUUCAUGUUUUAAAAUGUUGAAGUCAGACUUAAACAGAUGAAAAUGUUUAUCUCUUGUUUGUUGACAGCAGUCAACAUGUGUGUCCUCUAACCGUGACUCCGGUUGUUGCCCAAACACAGCAUGUGGUUAUUAUCGUUACCAUGACAACGACCACAUUGUUUUCCUCAACCGCUGACCAAGUCUUUCUGGUCUUCAGAAGUUUCCCAGAGGAGUUUCUGUCGACUCGAUAAACAAGCCUUAUGUAAACUUUUGUCUGCUGACAAGAUAACUCAGCAAAAAUCCGUUUUCAUUUCACGGCGGAUAAAAAGGUUUCAGAUCAGAAAACACUUCCAUGUGUAGAUCCAGAUAGAGGACAUGUACAAACUCUGUCCACUUUUUUGUUGUUUUAGUCACAGUUUUCAUGUUUUGUUCUUCUCAGCUGGUAAACAUUGUGGUUUAACGUCCUCUGAGAGCUUUGAAUAAAUCACAGUGAAGAUGUCCUUUUAAAGGAGCAUGCUGCAAAGUUACUGGGAAUGUAGGAAACAAGACUGUGAUUUUUACUCCUAAUAAGAGCUGUUAGUCUGGCGUGUUGGAGCUUCUGCUGCUUCAGAUCUCCUGUAUCCUGUUCUCCUUCUCUACAGUGUAGAUUUCCUUCUUAGUUAUCAUAAGUACAGGGGUUUCUUAGUGGGCAUGAAGUCAAGAUUCACAUCACGCACAGAUUGAAAUUGUGAUGCUGUUAUUCUAGAUGAAAAAAUCUAAUCAGUGCUCUGCAGCCGGUGCAGGACAGUAUCUUUGAGUAGAAUCAAGAUUAAAGAUGCAGAAGAGUGGCAUCACAAAACUUCAUCACUUAAAGAUCCUAUGAGAAACUUUCCCUCUGUGUUGCUUUUUGCGCCCCCCUGUGGACAAAAAACUUUUUACAGGAGCUUUAAGUCACCAUAUACAGUAAAUACUCCAAGAAUACAAGUGAAAGUCAUUUUUUUAAAUGGCUAUUAUGUGUCUUGAGUGUUCACAGCCUCAAGUGGACACUCAUGGAACUGCACCGCUAGCACUUCUUGCAGCUUUCUUUCUCUUUCAGUUAUUCCUCAGCUUAUGAGCCAAACAGUGACACCUGCAGGUGUGGAGGUCAUCAUGGUUGUAUGAAUUCAAGAAAAAGAAAACACCUUUCCUUGAUUAAAGACACUUUUAGGACUUUUUAAAGACACUAAUUUAUGCUCUACUAUAGACACGAACCAGACGUUGCAGUGCUACUGAUGCACAACUGUGAAAAGAAAUAUUACACAUCUCUCUCCAAGAAACUCAGGAGGAGUCUGCACCCAAAUAAAAAGUUGAUAGAUUUACGGAGACUCUUAUUUUGACACCUUUAGUCGGGACUCUUUAAUUUCUCCCCUCAGAGAGACGUGAAAACAAGAGGAGUCGCAGAGGUCCACAUCCACAUCCACAGCCCCUGUUUCCUGUGGUCUGGUGUUGCUGCUUUAAUGUGUGCAGGAUGAAGGAGUGCGGUGUAAUCAGGAGCCCUCGGGACCAGUAAAGGACCCAGUAUAGUCGGACUACCACAGAGACAGGAAGAAGAGAAAGACUGAGAGUGUGUUUUUGUGUUGAGAAAAAAAGAGAGGAGGAAAGUCGAAUGGGGGACCGCUGAGGGGAGUCUUGAGGAGGGAACAGUGUGUUUCUCAGUGUCAGGCCCUCCUCCGGCCCUGAGGGUGCACUCCUUCCUCUCUCUCUCUCUCUCUCUUUCUCUCCCCACUUUCUCCAUCGCUCGCCCUCUUGCUCUGUGAUUUAUACCUAACCUCCGUAAUUACAGCGCCAACCGCAGCAGCCGUCAGGUUCAGAUGGGGUGAAGCACAGACAUGCCCCAUCACCUGAGAGCGGCGACUCGCCAGCGCCGUGCUGAAAAAUACAGCUGCAAUUUUCCCUUCAGCCUAAUCUCCUUGACAUUGGCUUUAGGAACAUAUUUGUGUGACAACAAGACACCUCAGCGCCAGACAUCAGUCAAGUGAUUUUUAUUAGAAAACACAGUAAGGUUAUGAAAACCGAUGCUCAUUAAUUUCCGUUGAUGGAUUUGUGCUCUUAUCAGCGAGUUUGAACAUCGCUGUGGUCUGCAGACUGCUGUAAGGAUACAAUACGGCUCAUAAUCAUAACACACAUGACAAACGUUUACUUGGCAUGAAGUGUCACCUGAACAAAAGCGCGGGGGAAAUAUGAUUGGCGUUUAUUUGGACCUGACAUGACUUUGGAUGCAAAACACCCGCUCAGAUCCCACAAAAGAGAGGAAAUCUAUCUGUUGCCAUGUGUUUUUGGAAGAGGAGCCGCUGGGUUUUCACUGUAUAUGUAUGAGGAUGUCCAUGACACCCCGGGCAUUGUCAGCGGACAGAAAGCUCUCUUUGGCGGCCCCCUCGGUGAAGCAGCACGAUAGAAAGUCAGAGGAAGAAAAGAAAGAAGGGAAGAAAGAGAAAAUGUGCCCACAUGAGUGUGACAUACUGCUGCCGGACUGAUUUGCUCUCCAUGACAACCGCACAGAGACGGGCUGGAGGGGGAGGGGCCGAGGGGACUCUUUGGCUUUUCGGUCGGGCACAAUGAGGAGAGGCACGGCUGUCUUAACCUCGGUGACAUCCCUGUUGUCAGCGGGUCAAAUCCUUGAAUAUCAAUGAACUGACUCAGUGCCCCUUGCAGUGGUCCUCUAAAGCGUCCGGCUCACAUGAGAGGCUGGAGCUGUCCUCUCUGACCUGCUCUGACCUGCCUCCAGCCCCUCUCUGCAUUCAGAGCAGAGAGACUGAAUCCACAGGGUUAAACAACACCUCAUCAGCGCACAUGAAGAACUCCUGCCUCCACUUUAAAGUCAGUUCACUCAGUCCUUUUACCCGGAAAUGUCCUCUAUUUUUGGGGGCUGUCUGUCCUUGUCGGGGGGAGUUUAUAAGACCCUUCAAAUGUCGGGUUUUGUAUGGAAGUUUUGAGUUUUUGUAGCGUGUACUACCUGAGUUAGAAGUGCAUAAAAAAACACUCAACCCGACCUAAAAAACACUCAAAAUUUAGUGUCCUCUUUUGGGGAUUCAGAAUAUGGUAACCCUAUCUGGUGAUUCACAAGCUCAUCUCACCUCAUCAGUUCACGACACCAUUUCUGCAGCCAGUCACACAAUUAACACACACAUAGUUUGUUCUGUUUUAGUUCAUGUUGAGUAUAAAUCAUGCAAACACACACUUUUAUUUUGGUUUACCUUUUUUGUAGGGGGACAGCACUUCCUGGUUUGGCAGAGGGUCACAGGUGGACAAGACUCUCAGGCUGCGGUCUGGAGGAGACUAUUUAUGUAGGAGCAGAUAUUAUGAAAAUGAAAGAGGUGCCCUGAUACAACUUUUUGACUUCCGAUCUGAUACCGAUCUCAAUACCGAUUCAAUAUUGUAGCCUUCAUUAUUGACCGAUACUGAUAUUGAUCCAGUGUUGGCAUGAAAUUGUGCAUGACAAGUUUUUCAGUCAGCUGCAAUAUCUUUUUCGGACUUCAAUGAAAAAAAAAUACAGCCACAUGGCCGACAUCACUCCUUCUACUUGCUGCUUUGUUAGUAUCUUAGUACACACUGUUGUUGUGAUCACGUGGGCUCUGCAUGCUGGAGAAUUUAGAUGCAGGCCGAUAUAAUCUGAUAUUUGUUUUUUGGCUGAUAUUGGACCGAUAUCUGUUAUCAAUUUCGUAUCGGGACACCCCUAGAUGAAAUUGUGAUAUCACUGUUUACAUGGGGAUGUGGUAUUUUUCUAUAUAAGGUAGGAACCUUAUUGCCUAGACAGGUGCUCAGCCCGAAGGGGAAACAGUUUUUUUAAAUGCGCAAAUGUUGCUGCAGUGAAUGUGUCUGGAUCAUGUUGUUUUUGUCGGUUUCGUUCUGUUUUUGUUGCUGAAAGAAGUGAAAUAAACACACAGUGUGUUCAGCAAAGCAAUUCAAAAUGGACUUUCAUUCAAUAAGCAUCAAUUAGUUAAUCUGGGUCGCAGCGCUUCAGUGGCUUUAAGCGUCGGCUUGGCCUCUACAGUAAACCAAAGAAAGGAUUUGGGAUUACUGAGCUUUGAUAGUGUCCACUUAGUUUUCCCUUUUUUAUACUUGGUUUGAAUAACCUUGAUUAACGUUCCAGUUCGUUUUUUGCACGCUUUAAAUCUGAUCCUGUUAAUUCCAGUUUUAUUAAUCUGACUUGGUUCUUAUUAUUUUGCUUUUGAUUUGAUUCCAGCUCUGUCUUCAAAAUGACUCCUGUGUCUAUCCACUAAUGUUCAUAAAUCUGAUUAUGAUCUACUGUAGAGACAUGACAAACGGGCACACGACAUGGAGCACAUGAGCAAACUCCGGGUAAUGUCUGUGAGGAUAACUCGCCACGUGCAGCUCCAGCCAUCACUUCAAACCCCAUCUCCGUGGAGUCAUGUGUUUCCUGCUUAAUAGAACAUUUAGUUGUGUGCAGCGCCGCUCCUUUCUCCCCUUUGAAGAGAGGAGAACAGAGGCUUGUCUUUAUGAUGUUUUGUGAAAUUUCGCCAUGUUGGUUCAAAGUGUUUUCCAUGACCCGAGGCGGUGAUCAAACGCGGCACUAAAUUUAGGUCGUCGUUUCCAAGUCAGCCAUUCUGGCCUGUGAUACACUGUAUUAUGAAGGUUGGUCUGUGCUGUGCAGGUGUUGUGCAGUAAAUGUGCAGACACAUAGUUUGCAUGCUUCAGAGGAACACCCUUCACCAGAGGCUGUGAUGAUAUGACUUUUGCUGAGGCAUGUCUUGUUCUUAUGACGGCUGUUUUAUGGACUACAAUCAUGUUUUUAUUCUGCGGUAUAAAUCCUGACUAUCCUCACAUCUGUUUCUAAAGCACAAAGUUUGGAAACUUUCCUAACCCAUCAUUACUCACUACACAAAUGGAUUUUAUUCAACUGUCGACAUGUUUACUCACAUGAACUAACAUCUAGCAGCUUCAUCGUGUCGAACAUCAAAUGCUCUGGAAAUGACAAACAAGUUGCCGGGAAAACAAAGUCAGCAGCUGGACAGCAUUGAUCAAUUUGGUUGUCAUGUAACGAUCGCUUUAAGUGGGACGCUAUUUUCCACUCAGGCCAGAUAACUGGGUCCUGACCCCUUCUCUGUGCAGAUAAGCUGCUGCUGCCAUCACUCCCAUUACUAUUAUCAGGACCAGACAAUCUGGCCCGCCACCAACAUAUCCAGGAAACCUAGAUUCUCCUGCCGUGCUACAGCCUGAUUGCCCAAAAGAAACACAUGUACGGCCAUCAGAUACAGUCUGAAAAAACCCCAACAGUAGGUCAUUUAUCUUAUGUUUUAUACUUAUCCCAAAUUACUUCCAGUCCUGUCACCGUUUCAAGGAAACAGGGAGCAAAACAGGACAUUGUCUUGGACUGCUGUAGACCUACACAUGUUCUGUGUUGUGCGUGCCUGUUUAUAUUUACUUGAUGGGUAAGGAAAGAAAGGAACACUGUGAGUGGAUUACAAAGAGAAAUCAGCCCAAACCUGAAUGAUCGAACAAAAACAAGCUGACAAACACGACUUUGAAUUUCACUUUCUGAUACCAAAGUGACUGAAAACGACAGCUGUGGAUAUGCAAAUGGAAAUCAGACGCUGUGUGAUGUUUUGUUUGUGGCUUUGUGUGUUCACAGACAAAAAAAAAAACAUCUAUAUUCAGCUUCUCUUAUCUGCAGUAUGUGUUGUUUUUUAGUGGUGGAUUGUUUAACAUCCAGCCAGGAACAGUAGUGAUGUAUUUGUACUUGACUUUAGUAUUUCAGUCAAACACCGCCUCUAUUAAAGGAGAGUUUGGUUAAAUCAUAUCUGUAAAAGGAGAUCAAACGCAUUUAUGACAGUUAUUGUGAUCGGUGGCUUUAAAAACUGUAAAGUAAGACACAUAAUCACAUCUUCUAUCAGUGCUGUGGAUAUUUAUGGAAACUGCUCCGUCUCUGUAUUCCUGCAAGUUUACUAGAAGCUUCUGGCUUCAACCCAUGCAGGCCGACAUAUUUAUGUUCCUGCAAAGAGUGAAGUUACUCUCACAUCUAAUCCAUUGAAUAUUGUUUAUGUUGUCUUAUAUCAGAAAGGUUGGCUCCUGUAGUCUUUAGUGCAAUCCUUUAAGUGUGCAACAUGAAUGAAUGACUAAAUUUAAAAUAAAUGAAUAAGUGAGUGUGUAUGAGAUUACUGGUGCUUUUCCAGACAGCCUCAAGUGGACAUUCAAGGAACUACAGUUUUUAGUACUUCUAAAUCUACUUCAUUUCUCAUGACAGAGGUUGCUGCUCGGUGUGCAGACUAGGGCUGCAACUAUCGACUAUUUUAGUUGUCGACCAGUCACCGAUUAUUGAAAUAAUUAGCCGACUAAUCGCAAACCUUGCAAGUUAUCUUCGCCUUAUCUAAGCUAAAGUGUUCCCAAACUUUAGAGGUUUUUAAACGCGUACUCGUAGCUGCUGUUUAGGACGCUGGCGCCACCAUGUUUGAAUACCCUACCGCUCCACGGAGACGCUAUUGCUUAUGUGUGACUCAAGGCAGAGAUUGUAAUGAAGUAAGAUGCCUCACUCUGCUGGAAAAAACAUGCUUGGCAACAAUAGUCAACGAUGGAAUUCAUUGUCGACUUUUUUCAUUAUUGAUUUUUGUCGACCUCGACUAAUCGUUACAGCCUUAGUGCAAACACAAAUAAAUCUAUUUAGUUUUCCUUAAUAUCACUCCUCCUUUACCACUGGUCUUGUGGUUUUGCAUAAAUGUUAAAAUCCUAUGUAAAAAAAGAGUUUAGUUAAAAAUGUACAGCAGCAGAGUGGCAGCCUUGAAACUCCGUUAGAAAAGUUAAAGUGCAAAUAAAAAACGAAAUGUGCUCCAGUAAAGUACCAAGAUUGAUUCUAGUAGCCAAAUAGCAGAUUUUAACAUGCACAAGUCCCGCCCCAAAAAGGUAAACAACCAAUUAUAUUUGAGGAGUUUUUAGGCACCCAUACAGGGGUCCUAUACCACCCCUCUGGAUUCACCCUAACCUCAGAAUUUCCUUUUUAAAGCUCCUGUAAGUUUUUUUUCCUGGGAUUUAAAAGCAAAAAAGACCAUCAGGGAAGGACUGGUGGUUUGUAUACUAUAAUGUUCCUUAGAGGACACGAUAAACAAAGGUGGAUCUGUCCACAGGGGGCGCCACAUUUGACACAAACAAAAAAGUUCCCCAUAGGAGCUUUAAAGCGUUAACUACAGCUUGUUUAAGAUUAUUUAUAACUUACAUAUAUUUACUGUUUUGAUGAAGAGCUGAUCAGAAAUAAGCCCUCAGAGGGCAGAGAAAGGUCAGGUGGUCAGUCAGUAUGUCACAGAUGAUUAAGAUCUUUGGUUGUCUAAAGUCCUAACUUAAGUCAGUCUCUGAAUAGUUCGUUGUAUUAGUAUUUAAGUGCUUUAUCUUGUCCACUGCACUGAGUUUAUAAAGAAAUAGUCAAAUGUCUUCAUGCCGCGUUUCCAGCCAGCAGGACCACGAUGUUUUCUCCAACUUUAUGUGAGACAUGAUUGUGUGGUUCUCUUUCAUGUCCCUCUCCCUCUGUGCCAUCUUUCUUUGUUAAGUUUUCUGAGAGUGUCUUUGAACCACAGGCAUUUUCUCCCAGCGGUGCUCAUGAGCCCUGCCAGAUCCAUCAUCAUCCUGCUUCCUGCAUCUCUCUCCCUCUAUAGCUCCUAUACUGUCUGUAAACUCUCUCACACACAGAUAUAUACACAUGUAGACAGUCUCCUGUUGUGCUCGCUCUCACCACUCCACCAUCAAUCCUGUCACUGUCGCAUCAAAACACCGCUGAAAAACACCAAGGGGCACACUGACACACACACACACACACAUACAGUAGAGAUGCAGGUAAUAAGAGGAGGUGCUUUCACAUUAAGAGCAUUCAUUUUCUGGAGCAACAACGUGAGGACUGUUGGUUUGUGUGUCCGUGUGAGAUGUCGCCCCGACUCCUGUGUUUCUGCUGUUUUAAAACGACCGGCGCUCUUUGCUGUGUGGAUUAGGAAGGUGGCAGAUUAGAGUCUGCAGCUAAAUCACUAUGGCGAAAAAACCUUGCUUCCAGCUGACGCCGCACUCCUCACAUCCUUCUAACCGCACAAUCUUCGCCUUCUGAGUCACACGGCAGCUCACGGGUGACAGAUUUACUCACAAAAUCUCCCACUUUCAUCUGGCAGUGUUGUUUUGGAUGUCAUUUUUACUGGGGAACACAUGUACAUCCAGCUCCAUUGUGAAGUUAAAAGCUUGAAUUUUGGAGGAAAAUGAAAAAUGAGGAAUUAUUCUUCCUGUUCCCUUCAUACAUGACUACCUUGAGCAGCUGGUUGUCUUAGCUUGGCGGCAUUUCUACAUGUUUUAUAGGAAUAGAAAACAAAAUGCUACAUUUGAAGCAUGAACUGUUUAAAGAAAAUAUGAAACCUUUGUUUCAAAAGACCCAAAGUUUAUGUGUUAAUUAGAGUUUGAGGGAAGUGAAAAGGGGAAUUCAGAUAAUUUCCUCUCAUUAUAUUUUGUACCACCACAUUUCUACAGAAGCACAGAGCAACAACCAGCACAUACGUUGUAAAAUUAAUUUGGGGUCAAAACACACCGUAACACUGAGUCAGACACCCCGUUGAGAGAUAAAUGUUGCCGACCUCUUGCUUCUCUAGUUAUACCAACUUCAGUAACGAUCGCACGAUAGCAAUACACUACGGUCUGAGGAGCCAUAAACAAAUCUCAACCAAAACGCCACUCUAUAGCCACAAAUAAUGCUCAGAACAGCACCUAACUUCAUCAACGGGACAUAUAGGGUCACAGCCAUAGUACUAGACACCAAACAUCUUUUUAACUUUGACUCAUUUCUUUAGCAAAGAGACUAAACACAACUCACCUACUCUCUUCCAGCAGCCGCUUUUUUAUGAGGGACUCCUGACGAGUCGAUCACUGAGUGCAGCAGAGUUUCGCAGCUCAAGGAAGAACAUUUAUGGUCAUUACUUCAUGGAAAUGUAAUCAGACCGAGACACAAAGGCAGAAGAACUACCAUGUCUGCAGUGAAAAUGAUUAAUAUGAUGAUUAUUCUUUGAAGGAAAUGAUAAAGAAAUGAUCAUAAAUGUUCUUCCUUGAGCUGCGUCACCCCGCUGUAGUUUAUGAUGGAUUGGUCGAGGUCCCGCUACAAACAAGCAGCUGCUGGAAGAGAGUAGGUGAGUUGUGUUUAGUCUCUUUGCUAAAGAAAUUAGUCAAAGUUAAAAAGAUGUUUGGUGUCUAGUACUCUGGCUGUGACCCUAUAUGUUCUGUUGAUGAAGUUAGGUGCUGUUCUGAGCAUUAUUUGUGGCUAUAGAGUGGCGUUUUGGUUGAGCGCGUGACUCUCUGUAUUUCUAUCCUGCGAUCGUUACUAAAGUUGGUAUAACUAGAGAAGCAAGCGGUCGGCAACAUUCAUCUCUGGGGGGAAUGUCUAACUCUGUGUUACGGUGUGUUUGACCAUGACUUAAAUUCACGCCGGAAUAUCCUUUUAAUAUGCAAAAUGUAGAAGAAGAACAUGUAUGUGUGCACAAAUAGUUGCCUUUAUGCUUUUGUGUGAAAACUGUCGGACUUGUGUGCUAAAUUUAAUCUGAUGGAUUAAAAGGUUAAGUUGAGUUUGGGAAAGAGAAGCUGCUUGUUGUGUUCAGGUUAAAUUAAAAAUGAGAUUUAAUGUCCUGAUUUUACCUGCUGAAAAUCCCCGCUCACCUUUAUUUAUGUCCCAGAGUUUGGACAGUUUUUUACUGCCAAUAAAUGCAUCACUCCGGAUAGUCAUCCCUGAUAUAUUUUAUUGGUUUGCUCAUUUCUCACACGCUUUGCCAGCUCUGGAUGUGCGUGCUUUCACAUGCUCCGAGCCUAACAAGCCUAACAAAAUCUGUGAAAAAAAGCAGAGACGGGCUUAGGGGAGGAGGCUGGCAUGAAAAGAACAAUGUCUGAAAAUUAGCAGGAGCUGCAGCGGCGCUCUGCUCCGUCUGAUGUUGUAUUCAGCCUAACUAGUCCUGGGAGGAAGUGCCCCGCUUGUAUGCAGGGGGAGUGUCUGUUUGCACAGGUCUCUGUCAGUUAACACUAAUCUGCCUGAUCUCCACCUCAAAGUCACUCACUUCUCCACAUGCAAAUAAACAUAUUCAGCCCUCUUUCAAACCAAAGCCACUAUCAAACACUUGUUUGAUCAGCAGAGGGCCUGCGAGGCGCUUCAUUAUGCGUUUAAAAAAAGUGCCCUGCCCCCGCCUCGCAGGCAGAGGACUCAUUGUUGCUGUUUUUUUAAUGUAAUUACUCUCACCUUCAGCAGUGACUGGGAACGACUGCCUCCACAGCACGUGUGUCUGCAGCUUUGGCACAUAUACUGUAGACUCCCAUUGGCCCAGAUUCUCUGCUGUAUAGAUCAGUUCAGAACAUGAAGCCCACCCACACCCCCUUCAACCCGGGUCCUUCAGAACUCUGGAUUUAUGAACCGGCAGAACUUCAGGGAUGAAAGGCGGCUUUCAUUGCUUUCUCUGAUAACAUUCAGGCCUCCGAAACUGGCAGCUCUCUUUGCAAACUUUUGUCUUCAACAAUACUCUUACUCCAUGAUACAAAAACAAAGCUUCAUUUGUCGAGAUGCAUGGACUCUUUUUCUACUCUGGAGGCAGAAAUAUCUCAAAAGGAGCUUCUUUAGAGGAAAACAUGCCAAAAACAGGAAGGUGGAAUAAACCCACCUGCCCCAGAGCACCUGGUGAAUUCCUUUGUGUGUAUGUUGUCUUGUGUGCGUCAUGUAUGAGUCUGUGACAUUGGGGAGGCUAAGCACUGCUUUGCAAACAGACAGGCCUGAACUAGUAAACAGGUGCUGCUGGAGCAGCUGAGGAUGAGGACAUGGGGCGUCUCCACCAAGCCUGAUCAAAGAGGAGCUGUCUCAGCCGCCACUCAUCCCCACAACUUGAUUUAUGUCACUGUGUCAGAGGACUUUACGAGCGCUCGCGAAAAACAGGAGACAACGUCGAGAAGUCAUGUGACGGUUGUGUUUUCUGAGGAGGCCUCGACGCUCUUUUAUCCGUGUUUUUAAUACCACUACAGUCACAAAGACAUGAAACAUCAGCUCCAUUACAGAGUGUGAAAAGCUGAGGAAACGGUCACAUUAAAUUAAACCGAGUAAUCAUCAGCGGUUUGAUGACUACCCCUCUCUGUUUUUUAACACAUCACACGCCAGCGCUCACACUGCUAUCUCCUGCAUGGCACAGCAGAAGGAAGGAAGGAGAGGCAGGGAGUGGAGGAGUGUGAUGAUGUGACAGCAUUCGUCCCGGUGGAGUUUACACAUGUGUGGGUCUGAGAUUCAUCAGCCUGAGUCACAUGGCUGUGGCGGGAAUCCCCUCCUAAAAAAGACUGACUUCUAAUCACGAACAAAACACCAGACCAAAGAUGUUUGACUCUCCGCGGCGAUCAGAUGACAUGAAAUCUUCACUUUAAAACGCUUUAAUUCGACCAUACAUGCAGACGUACAGUGGAGUGUGAUUUCCAAAGAGAAAAAAAAACAAAAAAAAGCAGAAACUUUCUUGCCAGCAGUACUUUGCCCUUGCUCAGAGCAGGAUUUUCCCCUUUGAAGCGAGCAGAAGAAGAGAAGUGCAGCCUGCUUGGCUGAAGAAGCCCUGGAGGGGGGUGGUAACUGUCAUUUAUAUUUACAGCCUUCCCAGACACCUCGGGGGCUGUUAUCCAGGUGGCCUCUGCUGAAGCUCUCAGAAGCACUCGCACCUUUUUUUGCGACUCACAGUAUCAAUAGACACUGGCUGACUUUGAUUCAGCCACAUAAAGGUUGUGAGUCAUGUGCUUUUGACUGUUAAAACGGGUUGGGCUGACGCUGGAACUUGAAUGCCCUGGAGGAGAAAGCAUUACUACACUUUCUGAAACUUUAUUAGACCAGAGAGGAUUCUCUACCAGAGGUUUAAACUCUGAAAAAAGGUUUGAAAGUGUGGCAGAUAAAGAAAGGCCUGUACUCCAAACCUGAAGCUUCUUCAGGUUUUUUUUUCAAAUGAUAACUUCCUCCAAAUUCCUGCACGUGUGUCUCUGAUCGUUAAAAUACUCUACGCACAUGUUGCCAAAGUUAAUUGCUGCUGCUUUGAUUCAAGACACAACUUGAACUGUUGACAGUGAAAGGAUCAUUGAACCCCGGAGCAUCCCACCAUACCACAUGGCCUAUUCUCUUUUGAAAAACCCGCUUCAGUCAAUAUGUAACCACUUCAAAUCCAGGCCAGAUGUGUCUUUAGAAAUGUCAUCAUGCCCCGCUGAUAAGAAGAGAAGAGAUGACAGAUAUUCAGUAUUUUUUGCUUUGCAGCGAUCCUCCCUUCAAAGUCAAACCCUUCAAACGGUCUAAUCCUGUCCUGAAUGAGAGCUGGAUUAUUGUAUAACCCCUUCAUUCAUGCGCACCGACACAUGCAACACAGCCAGAGAUGGAGAGGGAGAGAGAGGGAGAGGUGGAGCAGGAGCAGAAAGGACCAAAAUAAAAUAGUGUAUCCUCCUCAGCUGGGGUUUACACUUUACAAAAGCACCUCACAUAAAAGCAGGAAGUCAAUAUUAAAACUAUAAGCAGGUUUUUAAAUGAUUGGUCAGAUAAAGACGACUUUAUGGAGUUAAUUUUGAGCUUUAAACUGUACAUGAACAUUUUGACCAACUUUGCAAAAAUGCUGAAAUUGAAUUUUUGAAAAUUAGAAAUUUUACACCCAAACUAAGAAUGAGAUUUUGAUUGGAGAUAUUUUAAAACCACUUCUGCAUUAAUCUAAGCUGAUGUAAACACAUUACAGUGUCACCUUAUCAUUCAAUAUGAAGAAAGAGUCAUUAAUUUAGGCUUUUAGUGGUUCUCAAACUUUUACUGCAGGAAUAAAAAUCAUUUUGAUCCCCUCUUUUAUACAUAGAUAUCUAAAUACAUGAUUGGACCGGUCCUCUGUAAACUCAUUUCUGUAUCUUUAGAAGACCUUAAGCUGCAGCAACAGUCAACUUUUACAAAAAAAAACAUUAAAAAGUGAUGCUGAAGCGUGCAACUUCCAAAUAUUUCACACAGUCACAGCGAUGGUGAGAUAUGACCCUUAAAAAAACUCCUGCCUUUGUAGAAGUAGCUCUGACAUUUGCUGGAGGUUUAUCUUUUACCUUAUGGUACUUUUGCUAAAUUUGCUGAAGUCACCUUUGCUGCACUCCUCUGUAUGCUAACAAAAGUAUAAGUUGCAUUUUUUCCUUAUGGAGCCUUAAAAUCAGAGACAGAAAUACACACAGCUGCUCUGUUUGUACUCUUUCCACACACACAUCAGACACAUCAGGCUUUUUUUUUAAAAGAGGUAAAAGUGCAAUUGAUUUGUUGUCAUUUCUCUCUUGCAGUGACUUUUUAAAGCUGCUCUGUAUGUCCAAAUCUAAACCCAUCUCUCUCAUUCACAGUUAUGCUUCAUGAUUUUAUGACGUUUUAAAACCUGCAUGAGACAAACACUCAGAGGAAGAGGAGACACGGACAAGACACAGUUUGAAAACACCACCGCUCCUUUGCAAACAUUUAAAACUAGAACGUUUUAUUAAUUUUUCUAUAAAAAUCUCAAUUUUUUUUUUUUUUUUUAGAAAUAUAUACAAACGUUCCCUUGUGCUAUAAAACAGCAAAGAAUAAAACAACCGCGUGUACAAAUAAGUUUUCAAUAACGAGUGCUUGAUUAAUUUAUGGCGAAGGAUUUGCCUCACAAUGGCCGGUUCGGCGAAGGUCCUGAGCGCUUUUCAACAGCUGCUCUCACUCCAGUUCAAACAUAUAUGACACCGCCUCCAUUUCCAUUAAAAAGCCUCCAAACACAACACUCAUCUCUCUGACCAUUUGCCUCCAUUGUCUACGGGCUCCUUUCAUUGUCUGUAAUCUGUCACUAACAGUACAAGUGUCUCUUUUUCUGCCUGCGAGGAAAAAAAGAAAAAAAAAAAAACAUCUAUUGCACAUUAUUCAAGUAACCCCAUGGCACAUCCAAAUGGUUUAUUCCACUCUUUUUGUCUUGGGAACAAUACGAUUUUUUUCUCCCUACCAAGUUCCUCAAUAGGAUAAGUGAAUCCAGGAGUAGCAGAUUUUUGUCUCAAACAAAGGCAGCUCUUGUUGCAUGAGAUGGCUCAAGAUACAAAAAAGCCACGUUGCAUGAUCUUCAAUGCAGUUUGCAUAAAUAAAACAUGAACCUUGAGUCUUUUGAGGGCACUCUGAUUACAAAGUCUCGUUUAGGUAAGGGCUUUACAAGUAUUUGGGGGUUCAUACAAAGAGAGCCAGCUCAUACGCAUGUCGGAGGAGGCCGUGUGGGCUCGUACUUGGUGCUGUGGCCUUUGAGAGACGGGUGAGGUUUGAUGUAAGGCCUGCUGCUGGUGAACACACUGGCAGCCUUCCUCCUUGUCCUCUUCUUCAGCUUCCUGCUGAACACAUUCUGCCACGACUGCAGCGUCUUUGAGGUCCAGAUCCACAUGCCGCUAGUGAUGCCCACCACCAGCAGCAUGAAGAUUUUCACCAUGAAGAUCUCCACAGCGGGGAUGGACGACUUCAUGACACACUCGUCCGACUCCGGCCCGCUGCCCUCCACGCACUUCUGCUCCACUGCCAGGAUGCGCCAGUAGUCCAUGUUGAGCCUCUCGUAGAAGUAGCAGGCGAUGACGCAGGUGGCGGGGACGGUGUAGAGCACGGAGAAGACCCCGAUGCGGACCAUCAGCUUCUCUAACUUGUCUGUGUUCUCACCUUCCGUUUUCAUGACCUUGCGGAUGUGGAAGAGGGCGACGAAGCCGGACAGCAGGAAGGAAGUGCCGAUAAUAAGGUAGCAGGAGAGGGGGAUCAGCACGAAGCCGGUCAGAGCUUUGACAUCCAUGCUGCCCACAUAGCAGACCCCUGUCAGCUCGUCCCCGGCCACCUUCCGCAUCACCAGGAUCAUGAUGGUCUUCACGGCCGGGAUGGCCCACGCCGCCAGGUGGAAGUAGCUACUGUUAGCCUCGAUGGCCUCGUGACCCCACUUCUUCCCGGCAGCCAGGAACCAUGUGAGGGUCAGGAUAACCCACCAGAGGGAGCUGGCCAUGCCGAAGUAAUACAGGAUGAGGAACACAAUGGUGCAGCCGGUGCUCUCCAGACCCUCCUGGAUCACAUACUGGACCCCAUUGUCUCUGUCGCAGGCUAUUCUGUCGGCUCCCACGAAGAGUCGGAUGAGGUAGCCCACAGAGUAAACACAGUACGACAUGGAGAGGAAGAUGAUCGGCCUCUCGGGGUAUUUGAAGCGCUGUGGGUCUAUGAGGAAGGUGAGCACGGUGAAGGCGCUGGAGACGAAGCAGAGGAUGGACCAGAUGGCCAUCCACACCAGCGAGAACUGCUUAUCGCCCUGACUCCAGUAAACGUCCACUUUAGGGUAGCAUUUAGGGGCACAUGACUCGCUUUUCUCCACAAAGUGGAACUUCCCCGGGUUGCUACAAGCCUGCUUGCUGCCGGUGUCCUUCAGGUGCAGGUCCUGCCCGCUCAGAGGCCUCUGUGGCCUGAAAUCUGGAGGCUGGGUGUGGGAGACUUUGGGAGGCUCGUCGGAGCCGUUGUUGGGCGCCUCCAUGCACAGAUUGUUCGGGUCGUUUUUGGUCGGCAGCCGUGAGCAGUCCAGGGAGUCGGGCCAGGGGAAGUUAAAAUGCUCCAGGACGGGCGAGCAUUUCAGCUUGACCUGCUCACACAUCACCCUGCACGCCGGGAUGGGGUUGGACACCUGCUCGGUGCACAUGGGAGCGUACAGCGAACACAGGAAGAAUUUCAGAUGACUGUGGCAUCCGAACUGGAUCAGAGUCGCAAACUCCUGCAGCUUCAUCGCUGCCUCUUUUUGGUCAUCGUGGCCCAUCAGGUUCGGCAUCCGAGUCAUGUUGUAGCCGAUGUCCUUGCACUGAGUGAUGGUGAUCUGUUGACAUCUCCCCUCUCCUGACCAGUCGGGGUCUAUAGAGCUGAUGGCUGAGCCGCCAUCGCUCCACAGGACCAGCAGCACACAGAUGAGUCUCACUUUAACACUUGAACACAUCCUCUCCUCUUGAUACAAUGAAAAAUAGGCCAAAUGUUCCCUGAAACCACAACAAACAAGUUCCUCUGACUGUCCAAACCUGCCUGUGUCAGUGUGUGAGAGAGAGAGACCGCAAACUUACAGAACUAUCUGUUAUAAGACCACCGUCUCCUCAUUUUUGGCUGACAAAGUUGAACAAAAACAUAAAUCCAAAAGCAGUCCGGAAUCGUCUCCUCUCUUGAAGUAGCGUGCGUUCAGGUCCAUGCUUUCAUGCGCUCACUUCAUGGCUAAAGUGUUGGAUCUACUUCUUCUGCCUUUUCCUCCGCGCCUAUCAGUCAACACAGAUGAAAAAUGAAUGAUCGUCAGCUCCCCUGCGUGUCUCCUGAUUGAGCCUCACUUCUCGGUCCUCACGUUUCAUGUCACUUUUCCGGGGUGUCUGUCUGUCUGUCUGUGCAGCGGAGCGGACUCAGUCUUUGCGCGAAGAAAACUUGGUAAAACAACCAAAAUGCUUUUCCUCCGCUCCUUUCUGCAGAGGGAAACGCUGCUCAGGAAACAUUUAGGGGAGUCAGCAGAAUUAUUCCGAUAAAAAAUCCCGGGUUUAAAGAGUGAAAAUGUUCCAGAGAGGCAGGAUUAUGCUCCUCCCGUCUGCAGGCUGUUGGUGCGUUUGGUGGCAGCGCUCGUCUGAGCUGGUCGGAGCCUCCGUCCCGGUCUAACCUGCCAAAAGAUCCGCCUUCAAAGACAGCUACUUUGCAUAAGAAAGAUGACACUGACACGCGGAUUAUUUUCAAAUCGUGCGGAACAGCUUGUUCAUUACAGCAGUUUCAAAGGCUCACAGCAAACUUCCUUCUCUUUCUCUGUUUGUUUGUGCUCAACCUCAAACUUCAGCUAAAGCAGGACAGAGACACGUUUUUAGGAGGAACAACACCGAAAUGGGGCACAAUGUGGCUCAGAGGACGCACCACAACCUAAUGAUGUUAAAACUCCACAUGAGAAGCUGAUGAGCCUUUCUAGAAAAUUAAUCCCAUUUAUUUGUGAAACACCAGAUCAAUGAGGAAAUAAAGCAUGAAUACAGUUUGCAGACAUUAAGUUUAUAGUUUAGACUCCUGAUUAUGCAGUCAUCCUUCCUCAUAUUAAACCUAUUUAAAAAUAAAACAUAUCUUAAUUUAUGUGAGAGAAACUGUAAAAAUAAACUCACCGCCCAGUGAGACAUGAUAAAACAUGCAUGAAAACAGAUGAUGCUGUCCUCCAGAGAUAUACAGCAGGACUUAAACAUUAAUGCUCAGAUCAUCUUUGAAUAAAAGCGACAAUUUCACCAUAAAAAUGUUAAAGAAUUAAAAAACACCCAAGAGUAAGAGUUGUUCAAUAUUUAUAGAAAAAGACAAGACAUUUAUGAAGUGAAAACAAUAUUUUCUGUAAAGUGAGUGUCAUUUUAUAAUCGCACAAGUGGAAUUUGUAUGGUGGCCCUAAAGUGCAAAACAAAACCUUAAAAAAAAGCACAAUAAAUAAAUUAGAAAACACAAAUAGACAAAUCCCAAAAUAAAACAAAACAAAAAACUACAACAAAUAAUAAAACACACAAAAGACGGAUAAGAAAUCAAAACUACUGAUCACAAAACACAAUAACAGAUUUACAAAAUCAUUAAACAAGAAAUCAAAUCACAAACUACAACAAUCAUUAACAAAAACAAACAAAUCGUUAAACAGAACUUUAACAUCUUACUGGAAAGGCGGAUACAGCGACAGGAGUCACAUGGGUGGUGUGACUGUCACCGAUUGGUUGAAUGAACUGUCCGUCUUUUUAAUCAGAAAUAAUAGCUGCUUUAAUGUGUUGAUUUAAAACGCAGGAUUAUCUGUUUGCAGAGGCUUUUUUUCUGCUCUUGUCCACCUUUACCAUCAGACGUUUAUGUUGCUUUUUUCUUAUUUUAUUUCGUAUUUUGUGUUUUGCACUUCAGGGCCACCGUAAUUUUUUAGACUCCGACUCGGAUUAAAACAGCUGAUUUAUUCUGUUAAAAAAAGAGAGUUGUUAGCAGUAUUUUGUGUAAAACUUGAGUUAUUGCAAAAUUCACCUUGCAGUCCAUUACUUUACGGUCAGGCCAAUAGGAGCUUGUUUUAAUAACCUGGACUGUGCUCACCUGUAACACCUGGAUAUGCACAUGCACUGUGCUGCUUUAGAGAUUUAAGAUCACAUGAAAAAUAAUCACAUUAACCCCCACCACUAAUAGUAUUCCAGGGUCCCUGUCAAUCAGAAUUAUCUGAAAUUUCUCAUUAUUUUUACCACUGUUAAUCCAUUAUACACUUUACAACAACCAGUUAUUAAUCCACCAGCUGCAUAACACUAACAUGUCCUGAAAUGAAUCUUAUCUGACUAUUUAAAAACCCAGGAAUGUUUUAUGAACAUUUCAAAUCAUGCAAAACUCUUCAUGUGCAAAACUUUAUUUGAUUUAAUACUAAAGUUGUUUUUGUGAAUGUCGAGCUGCCUUUGUAGACACAUCACAUUAGAUUCUUGUCGCGAUCAUUCGUUCUCAAUAAGCUCUAAUUUAAGGAUGAAUAUUUCCAAAGUGUUGGUGUAGUUUCACUGCAGAGUCUGUUCUCUGUUAUCAGACUCCCCACACAGUCUGAACUGGGCGAUAAAUCAGAAAAUAUUAGACAUAAAGACUUUCCUCAUAAAAAAUGAAUAAACUUUACAACACGUUUAACAGAGAGGGCUGAACAGAACGGAGUCCUUCAGACACUUUAGCGUCUGCUGCUGUUUUAUCAUCAUCCACUGUAAUUGCACGUUAAAGCUUUUUCUCCAGGCUGGUUGAGUGCAGAUGGGUGUAGGUUUGCAGAAAUGACCCUCCAUGAGUUUAAAUGUGUUACAUGAAUGUUAACGUCCCGUCAUAAACCCUUCCAGAGUAGAUCCUGCCUCCUGUGUGUGACGGGCUCCGGCCCCCUGUGACCUGCACAGGAUGAGGAGUUAAGACACUGAGUGGAGGAUGGAGGGUCUUUUAUGAGCCUGUUAAAGUGAAACAGCUCCUGCAGAGAGUCAGAGAGUCAGAGGACAGAAGACAGAGGCUGUAAAAUAAACUGAAUAUGACUUAUUAACACGCACACACACACAGAGACUGCUGUAAUUAAGUGCAUGAGUAAACUUGCAGCCUGAGUUGUUGUUCCAGUGAUGGGAACUCCAUCUUCAUGUCCGUUUCCUCAUGGAGGAGCUUGAUAGUGCAGCACACUAUCUGGUCAUGAGGCUCUCUGCUCUUUUUUCAUGCGGGUGAGAUCCUCCAGACCUCGCUCACGUUACCUUGUAAAAAGUUUGUGGCGCUAAGAUUUACGCUCUAACCCGGGCGGUGGUCUUCAUCAAGGCUGAAACACUGAUCACGAGUAAACAGGAGCACUUUUAGUACUUUUUUUUCCUUUUACAAGAGUCACUAAAGUGCUUUUAAAGUAUUUCAGAAAUGUGUUGGGGCAAGAUGAGAAACCUGGCACCAGCGUGCCUAAGUGGUUUAAGCACAGCAUAUCUCCGCAGUGGCAUUUCAGCUGUUAGUGCUCAGUGUGUGUGUGGAGCAGGAGCAUAAAUAUAGGGUAUGAAUACACGCUCCUGAACACAAUACCCUCCUCCUAUGCAGCACAUGUGCCUCUCAGAUAUCACACAUGCAGCUGGUGAUGUUUGAAGAGGUUUGACUGAAAUUAUAUCACCUAAUUCUGAGAGGAAACUUAUGACUGAGUUUGUUUGCGGUUCUGCUGAUGCCUUCUUCUUUGAAAUAGGAGUCUGUAAUGUCGUGUCACCCACUUUCUUUUGUGCAGAAGGCCCAGAUGCAUAAGCAGAACGCAUUUCAUCCAUCCUGACCCCUCACUAGGCCACGCACAGCAGCUGACACGGACCAUUAUUAUGUAUCUGACGUGCAGGAGAGGAACAAAAGAGAGGGCAGCUUUAAUGUGAAGAAGAAUAACAUCAUAUCAAUGGAUUCCCAGAACCAGGGCCCAAUCUGCUCUCCAUUUUCUGAUCAUACGGCUUUCAGCGAGCUGUGUCUGGCAUGUUUUAGAGCACAUAUCUGCCCUUAUUACUGCUGCCUCUGGUGUAAUGAAGCUGACAAGAUAAUACUGUCACACAGUCUAAUAAGAAGACACAGCCCACUGGUUUUUUGUUGUAAUUCAUCGCCUUUGUUCUGUCCUCCCUCUCUUUCAUGAUAUUUUUGCCGGUCAUGAUGAUAUCUCUUUGAAACGGAGAAGAAAAGGAGGAGGAGGAGGAAGCAGGCCUGCUCACUCUUUAGCAUCUGUACCCUCAGCAGCUUCUCUACCGUGUCUUUUAUGAUUUUUUUUCCUGUCUACCACCCUCUGUUUCAUAUACAAACCCCCCUCCUAUAGCUUAUUCCUACUCACACAUGUGCAUAACACACACAUGCACACACACGCACACACACACAUGCAGCAGCAACUUUAUCUCAUCUCUGCAACCAUAACAGCGCGGCGAAAGAAAAGCAGCGCAGCUCCAUCUCUGAGAAAUCAGCAACUGUGAGAUAAUUCUGUAACUAAUAAAGUGAAAGGAGGGGGCCCUUUGAUGGCUGAAGCUGAAAAGAUAUUUUAUUUUUUUGUGUGUGGGAUUUGCGAUGUGUGAUUCUAUGGAGCGAGCUGGCUCCCCUGCUGCUAGGCUCUGGCUGGAAGCUGGCCCCCCUCUGGCUAAUGUUAUGGAGAAUGGCAGGAAUUUUAUGGCUGUCUUUUCCCUCAGCCCCCUUUUUUCUUUUGUUCCCCUUUGAAGAAUGACUUUAGACAUUUUAUUUACAUAUUUAACCAUGGAUGAAAGAAACCAAGGGUGAGGAAGCAAAGCUCCUCGGCUUCUUUAGGGAAUUUUGAUCAGUGAAAAAUGAGUCGGAGCGAAUGCAUUUUUUUGUUUUGCGUAGCCUGAAAAAUUAGAUGGCUAUCAAACACGCCACUAUGAUGGUGACAUUUGUGGAAAUGACGCCACCGCUCCUUUGAUGGGGAGCCUGAUUUGCUCACUCCCCCUCUGCAUCAGUAAGAGUACUCUUUCUCCUAAUUGCUGUGGUUAGAUGCCUGGCAUGCUGUUCCAACAUGUGAGGUAUGCUAUGGGAGAAAAACGGGGGACGUUUUAGACAUGUUUGGUAUUGUUGGCGGCGCUGAAAGGGCAUGUUGAUUAAACGUACGGGUGGGGUAGGGCUAUAAUCUUCUUAACCAAGGCCCUCCUCUUCUCUUUCAGACGGCACAAUGAGAAGAAACAACACACUCAGCUGGAGGUGAGACUAUUUGUCCGCAUGCCCCGCACAUUGUCCAAGGAUCCUGUUCUCCCUCCUGAUCGCACACAUUCAGCAUUUAGCUCAGGAUGAUCCUAUUUAUCAACAUAAUCUGUUAUUUUCUCUCUCGUCGGGGAAAAAGAUGACGGGAGAGCAUGCGAGCGUGGACUGUGCAGAACUUUUAUGGAGAAAAUUAAAGCAGAAGAGGGCGUUUCACAUCUGCUGGCACAGAUAGCUCUGUUUUAUAUUACACUCGCUGUUUUCCUGCCUUGUUUGAAAUGCGUGAGCCUAAUAGCAGAACCAGUUUUCGUAAAGGGUCAGACGUUUUGAGGAAACGCAUUUGAAUCAAGCGAUUAAUUAUUGAAGAGGCCUGUCAACAUCAAAGCCCGCAGUAUUCUUUGCUCGUAUGGUUUAAAUAGUUCAAUAAAGUGAGUUAUUAAUGAGCGCUAAUUCGCCGCGCUCUUCUUUUCACUUUGCUUCAUUUGAAUGUGUUUUGUUUCACACGUCUUAUUAUGGAGAGAGUCCCACCAGCUGAAGGUUAACCCCGUGACCUCCGCCAUUGUGCGGCGCGGUUGAUAAGAGGAAGUCUCAGCGUUAUUGUGACCUUUCGAGUGUUUAUAGAGUAGAUUAGUAUAAUUAUAAGCAGUUUUAUAGCCGUGGAGGCUGACAGCCAAUCUGCAAUAAACAGUGUUGUAAUGAUUUUGUUUUUUAAAGCGAGUCCAAUAACAUCUGGGUUGAGGCGGCUUUGGAGCUGCAAUAUUAGUUCAGUGUUCUUACAUCAUACGCUUUCAUGUGGUGGUCGUUUAACAGCAAAGAGAUGAGGAGGAGGAGGAGGAAGAGGAGGGAGAGGAGGAGGGGGGAUCAGCAGCUAUGAACCAAAAACAGUCUUGCAUUUUUGUCUCAGAAAGUCACCCAGCAGAGAUCUGUGUUUUUUUUUUUUUGGGAGACUUUUCUGCAAAGUUCUGACAAACAUGAGAGCGAUUAGCGGACGAGGAGAAAAAGUCCGAAAAAGAAGACGAAGAGGGUAAACAUUUUAUUGCGUCUUGCGUCAGUGAAGGACGCUGAUGGCAAUAUUAUUACGGGGGUCCUCGUGGGGGCACUUGAGUGUGAAUUGCUAAUCAGGAAGGCCUUCUCUGGUCUAAUCCCUCUUUGAGUGGCCGGCCUGGAAUCAGCGCGUCUGGGGGAGACUCCCCACUGCUUCUGGCUCUGGAGGCUCCAUUGAAUGGUGCGGCCCUCCUGUCCCAUUCCCACAGUCCCCUCACACUGUGCAUCGCAGCCACGCAUGUGCACACACACACACACACGCACACACACACACACACACACACACAUAUCCUCCUCUAACUAAAUUAGAUUAGACCCUUCCCUUUCUCCCCAGCAAGGCGCUGGUCUUUUCUCUGCCUGGUCAUUUAUCCUACGCUUUUGUCUCUGCUUUAGAAAAGAGAAACAAAUUCCCAAACAACUCCCCUCCGAAGAAUGCACCGGUUUGGGAAAAAAGAGGGACGAGGAGAAGGGCAGACAUCUUUAGCAGACCUGAGGUGAUGCUCGGAGAUGGUCUCCCCCUUUGGUGUGUCAGCUCCAAUGAUGUGUGGUGUGUGUCAGAGCAGUGAGAACAACGCCAGCUGUGCGUCUCGUCAACCUGUUACUGAGCCGCAUCUGACAGCAGCACUGAGGAUCUCUUCAUUGUGGCCCCUCGCUAACAUUGUCCAACAUUUGCUCUGCUGGAAGAGAUAAAGUGCACGAGUCAAAACGAGCGAUGCAGAGUCCUCCUGCAGCAGCAUCGCUAGUUCUGAUUCCUUGUGUCUUCAUUUCAGUAAUGGACACUGAUGCAUAUGAGCAAAAUAAAGGCCUGAGUUGAAAGGGUCUUUUGUAAGAAAGCCCUGGUGGAAGCUUAUUCCUCCCGGUUGAAUGUGCAGCCAAGCUAUCCCAAAAGCAGCAAAUUGAGAUCAAAGCGAAAUUAAAGCUGACUCGUUCAAAGCAAGAUAAAAAUGUGUGAGCCUGCAGCAAUAUUUUCUCUAUUGAUUUCCUCCUUUGCUUGCACUCGGUGGGACUGCGCUGGCUGUGCUGUGCUCAGCGCCGGCGUCGGAGACUGUGAGGCUGCUGCAGGGAGAGAGGAAAUGACUAUCGAUACAGACAGAAAAACACUGUCAUAAUGAUCAGGGAUCAACGGAUUUCACAGAGCGCUCCACAUCUAAGUGGAGCGGGUAACUUUUUCAUCGCUGUCCAAAUCUGGUUUCACUUUGCAUUAAGACACGAGGAAGAAUAAUGAGAGCAUCAUCAUGGGAACAGGCAUUGUCUUCUGCACUUAUUAGCUGUGAUUCUCCAAGUUUUGUCAUUGUCCUCUCAUCCUGUGUGUGGAACAGUUUUUUUUUCUUCUCAGUGAGGAACCACAUGUGGAGUUCAUCUCUCUGAAGUUUAUUUAGAUCUGCAAGAACACUGAAGAAUGCCUUUCACAGACUUUUCUCCGGCCGUUUUUUUUCUUAUUUGCUUUUAUGUUCAGAGAGAAUCAGGCACAGAAGUUUCCUCAGUGCCGCACAGCAGAUAACUGCACAUUGGAAAGAUGUCAGCUUUAAUUAGAGAGAGAGACGGCGUCGCUCUGAUGUUCCAAUAAUAACAAAACAGAAAACAAAAUGUCUUUGUUAUGUCGAGCUCAAAUCUGGGUAAUUACGGGUAAUUUGGUGACGCUGUACUCGCGCUGCAGGUUGUCUGCGAGGUGUGAGGGGAUGAGUGAAGGUGCAGGUGAAGGAUUGAGCGCUGCCGUUUGAAGUCCUGGGAGGGAUUGACAAGCCUCGCAGUGAAACCUGAGCAGGUAUGAAGACAAGCUGGAACAAUCAGACGCCGCAGACCAAGAGGGUUUCUCUCUUUCUGAUGUAAUUCUCCUCCUGUAGGAUCUUUAGUCUUGAACAUCAAUAACAAUGUGGCGGAGAUGUCGGAAAAAGCCGAUAAGAAAUCUAAAAUGUCUGUCAACACUCGGAGCUUUUAAAAACCGACAGAAAAACGAGCUCUCUUUGUUUCCUGCUUCUCCGAAAACAUGCAAGAAUGUGUUUGCACUUCUUUCAUGCUCUCUUCUUCACCUUUCACUUGUGAGGUGUAACACCUGGGCGAUGAAUCAAGCUGAGGAAAAUGUCUUUUAAUCUGUUUCAGAUAUUGUUUCAUAGCUGUAAGCAGUCUUACCUCAUCUGUGAAGCUUCCUCUUCACACAGAGGGAUCACUGUAUCUGUAGGCAUUCCUGGGGCUCAAAUAUCAAAACAGCACUAAAUAACCUGUCAUUCUCCCUCUGCAGAACACAGGCGAGAGCGCCUGAUCAAACUCCUGGACGCUUUUUGAGGGGAAAUUUGCCUACAAAGGGACAACAGUGAAGAGUUUAGAGGCUACACCGCUGUAAGGUCAUCUGAACAGGUCAAACACACAGGAAGUUCAAGUUCAAGGUGGUUUUUUUAAUCAGGUAAACUUCACGUCGUCUCCUAAACUCAAUGAUAGCAGCAGAGAAAUGCACAUUUCAGGCCUCUUUUCAGAGAGACAGCUGUUGGUAACCCAGAUAUGGAAUGUGCCUGUGGGCUUUUUUCCUCCCCUUACACUCUGAGCAAGAGCAAUGGCUGUUUGACUUCUCCUUUUUUAAUGUUCAAGAGGUGUCCCAGACACAGAUAUCAAACUUAAUACCAAGUGAUUUCCACCUCACAUCAGGGCCUCCUGAGUGAUCGAACGGGGAGCCUGCCACAUAUCCGGCAGUCAGAAAGAAGAAGGAGCCGCCGUGGCGACAGUCAGUCAAAAGUCGUCCUGUUUCAGAGCUGCUUGACAUGCAAGUUUCAUACAUCCUUUUUGAUACGCCGCAGCUUUAUCUCCAAAGUGUGCGGGGUGGUAUCUUUGGGGAGGAGGAGGCUGUUUUUCCUGCGAUUAAACAACGCAUGAAACAAUAUGCAUUCAUCUCUUCCUAUCACACGUAGCACGCAAACACGCACAUUUCUUUUCCUGCCUUAUAGUUCCACUGCUGCCUCUCCUAGCUGAAAGGGUGCUGAUGUCGAGGCUUUAAAGCAGUUUUAUUAACGCCGCCUCUGAUAAGAAACUGUUGACUAGAGCAGAGAACACGUGCUGCAGACUGAAGGCUCAAAGAUGGCUCUCGUUAUGGUGCACAAAAAGCUGCUGCAGAUUGGGUGUGACAGACUCAGCCCAGGUUUGAGCUCUUAAGCUUGUUAUAAAAGCAUCCAUGGUCUCAAGCUCAGAGCCGGUCUUUGUCUGCGUUUUAUGGUUAUAAAUAUUAAAUUAAAACAAAGUUUCUUAGAGCAAACAUUCCUGCUAACACUGUCAAAGAGAAUCAAUGUGUUUGACCAAAGGUUCUGUCACACUGCUGUGAAUAAUGUUUGCUUUGAAUCACUGUUUUCUUUCUUUGUAGUCUUUACGCUGGGCUAAGCUAACUCAGAGAGGAGGGAACCGUGUUAACAGGUCCUACAGCCUGUUUUCCCAGCACACCCUUCCAACAUUACAAACUACAGUUGGAGCUUUUUCCUCCAAGAUGACAUUGAACCCUAUUUUCUCAGUCAGAACCUGAUAAAACGGUACAGAAAUUUAAGCAAAGUGAUGUUAUACUCUUUUGAACCUACAUCCUGGUAUCUCAGACAGUUUUCUGUUGUUCUCCGACUUAAAGAUAACCAUGACUGCUGGAGUCUUUACAGUCAAAACUGUAAUAAUAUGUGUGAAAAUGUUAAAUAUAUGUUUGCUAAUGUCAAUCUGACAUCUUAGCAUCAUUUUUACUCAUUUUUUUGUCCACAACAUAGACUGUCUAUACCAAGGACAACUUGGCUCCGCCGUCUGUCAUUAUACGAAUUUGAAGCCGGAUUGCUCUCGAUAUUUCUGGGAUUUCUCCUUUUCCUGGAACCACCACUUGUGCGGUAGUGUUGUACACAUUUGGUGGGAGAGUCGCUGUGAUGGUGGUGAGAGGUAGUCUACGCCCACUGACAAUAUGAUUGAUGCCACAUAUAAGAAUACUAGAUCGUAUUCAGUUGAUAGGCUGGAUUAUUCUUUUGCCCAAGCACCCAAGUACGUAUGGUCAUGUAACAACGCUCGCAGGAAAAAGGAAACCCUUAAGUUAAGACCAAAACACAACAACUAUGGCGAACAAGCAGAUGAAUUGGACGGUGCUGGAGACUAACUUUUCAAUCGAAGCACUAAGAGAUCUCAAAAUUGUUGAGAGGCUUGAUGGACGUAAAUCACGCAGUAGAGAGACUUUUUGUGCAUGUCGUAGGAGCUGAUCAAUUGGAUUCAGCUGGGCCCAUGUGAACACAGACUAAACAUCGAUCGCUUUACUUUAAGUUCAUGUAUGAAGGUCGCAUCUGAUUUACCCGAUACGAUUAUUUUCAACUGUAUUGAGGAAAAUGUUGCAUGUUAACGCAGCUACCGUAUCAAUGCAACAUGAUAUGAAUGAUACCAUUCAAUAAAUGAUACAGUAUAAUGUAUUAGGAUAUGAUAUGCUCUGAGACAGAACUGUACGAUUGAUACGAUGCGAUACAAUAUAUAAUAUAUUAUAAUAUGGGAAAGCAGGAUAUGAUAGGGAACAAUACAAAACAAAACAGUAUGAUGUGAUAUGACAAAAUAAGAUUUAUCCUGUAUGGUAGAUUUUGAAAUGGUUUGAUACACUAGGACUAUUUUUCACUGUCUGGUUAGUUAUCACACCGUGAGAUAUUUCAUGAUAUGAGACAAUACAAGAUCAGAAAAUCACAUAAAGAUACAAUAUGAAACUAUACCAAAUAGUUCAGUAUGAUAGGUUGAUGUAGUUUCUAUUUUUACUUAAUUCAUUUCAUUUUUUUGGCCCUUUGGGGGAAAUUGGUCUUUGGGCUGAAGUGCUGCACAUGCAUCCAUAACAGUCUUUAAAAGGCCAAAGUCAAAUACUCCACAUGUGAACAGAAAAACACCUGCUAAAGUAAACCUAAUGACGUCUGCACAUUACCCGUACUGCACACUGGGAGGAUGCUACAGUGUUAACUCUGUCUACAGCCCAAACCAGUCUGUCAUGCAACUGCUUCCAGGCAGAUUUUGCACACUUUGCAUGAAGUAUCAUGUUUAAAAUGUACUUUAUCCUUUAGUUUAUUUUAGGGAGGACUGAACAUAAAGCCCAUUUCUGUCUACAUCAAUCUAACAUUUCUGACUCUCUUUCAGACUAUAAUUAAUCUGUAGCCUCACAUCCACACCUCUGUAGACCUUUGUGUUGCUCAGAGCCGUGUUUGCCUAAUCACACAGACUGUAAAAAAUGCUUUGUGUUCAGUUUGAACACCUUCAAAAACCUGGCUGGAACCUGACAUACCUGUGAGCUUGAUGUUUUUAAUUGGUGUGCAUGUUGCUAAGCGAAGGCAACAUUUCAUAGUAACGACCUGUUUGUGUAUGGAGAGCGUGUCAUAACGUCUUUCUGCAGUUUCUGCUGCAACAACUCAUUUAACCUCCAAAUUCUUCUUUAUCCUUCACCAGGUGUUGCUACAAUAAGGAUGAGAAGAAGCUCAGAAGGAGAACGGCGGCCCUUUUUCAUGGUUGCAUCCAAUUAUUAUUCUGUUUCAUCUUCCCUACAGAUGUUGACAAGAUCUAUGCCUUGAUUCUCCUGAGAGGGAGACCAAAAGGAGGAUAAACAAAACUUCUGCGUCUCAAGUGCCGUCAAGAGUGUCAAGUGCUGUUGACGGUCUGGGUUCAGAGCGAGCGAACUGUUAGCUGUCUAAACAGGGUGACGGCGGACGGCCCACUGUAGUUCAAACAGGUCAGCAGUGAAAGACAACACCGGCUCGGCUGGUCCCUGUCCUCUGCGAGUUGACACAACCUUGUUGCCCCCCCCGUCCACCCCCCUCCUCCUCUCCCAUGUGACAACAGACACCCUUGUCCCCCAUCCUAACAUAUUACUGUAAAAAAUAGGACACACUAUCACCAACAUGACCCUCUCUUUCCAGACAAACAGCCUGUUUCUUCUUCUCAGAGAGGCUGGUGUUUUUACAUCCAGGAUGUUUCCAUUAGCACCUUUUGGUGAAUCCCUUUCAUCCAGCUGUCACAGUCCUCACGAUCUGACCAUGUCAGCGCUGUUAACCUGCCUCUCUACGCAAACAGACUCCAUCACACAGCGAGGAAGCUCUCUGUUCUCUACUUUCUCUGUUUGCUCGCUCUCUAAUAACUGUUUGCUCCGCCGUCUGGAGCUGUUUGUUUACGUCUGUUGACAUUUGGCUUUGUGUUGACGCCUCGUACUUGUUAGCCAUACCUGUCUUGUUUGAACUUCAUUCCUAAGUGCAGAGCAGUCCGUUGUGGGAUGUGCUGUUUGACACUGUUGUUUUUGGGUGUUGGUUCACAGUCAACACACAUUUAGAGUUUCACUUGACUUUGCAGUCACAGGGAUCUGAAUCAUAAGAUCAACACUCUACAUUCGAUCUCCUUUUCAGUAUUUCUUUACAUUUCUUCUUUGCACAAAAUAAAGAGUGCAGAUUUUUCCGUCUUACGUGUAAGCAGCUGUUCAUGAGUUGCAAAAUAAACCACUUGGUUCAACUGUUAACCAAAUACUGAGCCUGGAUAGGGUCAGGGAUGAGGGGAAAAAGGUGGAGAAAUGUUGAGGAAACUUGAAAAUGAACCUCAACGAAGUAAAAUUAUGAGAUUUAAGCUUCACUUUAAGUAAAAAAAAAGUUGAAAUACAAUUUUGUGAGUCAAAUCAAAAUGUCGAGAAAAUAUCUCGUGUUAAAUUCAAGAAAUAAUGAAUUAAAAAGUAAAAAUUAAAAAGUGUUUCAUGGUCUAAAUGCUUCUUUACUUGCGGCCAAACUCUAGUUUUCUGAGUAAUUUUACUUGUAAAUAAAAAAACUGUUAUAUUAUUAAAACACAUGGUUGGGAUGUAGAGAUGCAACAUGUCUGCUCAUCUGUCAUACAGCCCUGCACAAUCUGCUCCCUCAGCUAAUACUAUAUACUGCUCAAUCAUAAACAUGUGAAAUUGGAGUCUCAAGAGUUGAACCAUAUGUGAUCGGUGAUUAUCGACACUAAAACUGAGAAUAUUUGUAAUGCCAGACAAUACAUAUUCCCACUAGAGCCAGAAGAUGUGAGAGAGAGAAGAGCUCAGUUAUGACAGCAGAAGGGCUCCAGGCAGUUGGUGAAACAGGUUUAUUAUUGACCAGAGAGCAAGAUCGAAGUUUGCUUCAGUUACCUGUUCGUUCAAGUUACCCGAGCAGCCGGUGGUGCUGUUUGCAGACUGCUCUACGUUGAAGCUUCAGGCACUGGGAGGGUGUUCGUGUUCACUCCUCUAGCUCGCACAGGAGCUUCAGACUGUCAAGACUUAAUCUGGAGUUGUCAGGCCUCAGAGGAGAGUGAUGGUGGUAUGAGCUUCUUCUAAUGGACAUCAUUUAGAGUGAUCGCACUUGUAGGAGUCCAACUGUUUGGGUCUUCAGCAAACUCACGGCUAGAGCCUCAACGUACCCUGUAGUACAAAACGAAGAUGUCAGAGUGGGAACUUCAUGCUGUGUUUGAAUAACAGAGAGUUGUGCAUGCUCUAUCUUUGCAGUUUCUCUUUUUAAACAUUGAAAACAGACUACUGCCACCUGCUGGUUUGGAGGCUUUGCACAUCUGUAAAACAGAGCGACACCUUUGGUCUUAAUGUGGAGUUCAGGUGCAUCAUCUUGGUGAGGUUUCACCCCAAUCUGCCUCUGCCGUUGUUACUUCUUAUUAGGGGUGUCCCGAUACAACUUUUUUACUUCCGAUACAAUACUGAUAUUUUAGCCUUCAGUAUCAUCCGAUACCAAUAUAUAUCCGAUAUUGGCACAAACUUGUGCAUGAUAAGUUUUGCACUCCGCUGCAACAUCUUUCUCGGACUUAAACGAAAAAUACUGCCACAGGACCGAUAUCACUCCUACUCGUUGGUACUUUGUUAGUACCUUGGUACGCACUGUUGUCGUGGUUAUGUGGGCUGUACAUGCUGGAUCCGGGCGCUGCUAGAUAGAGGUGCCGGAGCGGAGUCUGGAAUGGACUGCAGGGCGAUAUAAUCCGGUAUUUGUUUUUUGGCUGAUAUCGGACCGAUAUCUGACAUCGAUAUCACAUUGGAACAGCUCUACUUCUUAUUGAUGAUUUGAUCGAUUUUACUGAUGAUUCCAGUAUGAUAUUGGGAUGGUUUGGUUCUCUACAGUAACAUGUGGUCAUGGUAGAGCUACAGUAACAACGGACUGACCAUCUAUAGCUUCAAAUGAUUCGGCCUCUACAGAGUGAUACGGGCUUCAACCAGUGAUUCGUUCGUUGCCAGACAAUUUAUCUCUCCUCAUUGGCAACCAAUAAGUCAACCAUUAAAACGAUUAAUCAAGUUCUCAUCGAAUCCCGAGGGACGCACUUCAAUUGACGGGGCAAACAAUUAAUGGCAUCCUGUUUAUUUGAAGUGAUUAUACAGGGUUUGUUCCCAUCUGCCUCCUGGGAGGAAGUGGCGUCUCUGGUGCAGAUGCUGUUUGUCAGAAGUCAGAGCGGUGAAGCGGCGAGCCAGCAUGCAACAGAAAAGAUUCAAGCAAACUGAAAUAGAACAAUGUUUUUUUUUCCAAGCCUGUAUCCUAUUUCAUAGGGAACAAUGCUAAGAUGGUGGCACAUUUCCACGCACAUGAAAGACGAGCCGGUCCUCUGAAGCUAUGCACUGUAUGCGUUUUUGUCAUAGUUUGGUGGUGUUUGCUUUGAGAGAUGUUAGGAGGAAGGCGGGCCUCAAAUCUUUUACAGUGAAAGGUUUGUGAUGCAGAUAUCAUUGUUAAGGUUUGGUGGUUGUACUGUAUGUACAGUGACUUUAUGAUAAGACCUUCAAGCUGCAGAAGAUGUUUGGAUCUGUGAUGUUUUGCAGCAGGAUAAUUUAGUGGUCGUGUCUCUUCCUCUUCUUUCAGGGCAGUCUUCCUCCUCUUAUUGCUCAAUGGUUGGGUUGUUUGUUGUCAUUGCAGUAUUGUUUUCACUGUCACUUUUUGAUCUUGUUUUAUGGUCCCAGAUGUUGGCAGAGGGGUGCAAUCCCACAGAAAAGACAUUGCAGGGAUGCCUCUGAUGUUCUCUGCGGUGCACUUCUCCUAAAACAGCAAACAUGGACUCCUGGUCAAACAGAAAUAAAAAGCAGCGACAGGCUUUGGAAAUGUGGUCUGAGUUUGUGGCAACCUGUAAAUAAGAUUCAGUGUCAUGCAAUUCAAAUUAUCCAACGAUUCUCAGACAUAGAUGACUAAUACCCAAAACAAAAUUUGCAUUUGCAGGCAAAUCAAACAGGAAGCUCAUAAAACACAAACACAAAGGUUGUCCUAACUCACCUAUGCUGGGAUCUCGCACCCGUUUCCUCCCCGUAGGUGACUCCCACCUCCACACUUCUGCCUGACUGGUGUAAGGAGGCCACCCUGGACUUCCCUGCUUCUGUAAAGGUUAGAAGAUGUGAAUGAAUCAGGUCUGUGUGUGCCCAUGGCGGAGGAAGCACAAAAGCCUGUUCUGGGGGGCGAGAUGGCCCCAGCAUAGCUUCUUACCACCAAUCAGAAGUGAUAAAAAAAAAAAGAGGAGAGGGAGCCAGAGGCGGCGAGGGGACUAGAGCUCCUCUGUAAUUACAACAUGGUCUUAAAAAGCAAAUACCAAGCCCUAGCAACCUCAGCCCGGAGACAGAGAGAAAAGGGGGGAAAUAGUGGAGAGGAGGGGAGGGGAAAAAUAGGCAAGGGGAGUUAAGAAGCGCCACAGAGAGCGACCCUGCAAUGACCUCGGCUCUCCAACAAUCGUCCCCUGCCAGCUGGAGCCAGGGUUAGGGGCGAGAGCGAGGGGCCGGGCAGGAUCCCCUGCGAUUUAUGACUGACUAUAAGGCCCCUGAAAGAAACCCAAUCACCCAGGAUUCCUGCGCAGCAUGACUCUGGCUGGAGAGAAUAGAUAGCCCAGGAGAGUGUGGGACUGGGACUUGGGCGGCAGAGCCAACAGCUCAUACACAGGCAGUGACACAGAGGGCCACUUUAGCGAGGGGAGGGCUGGUGGGCACAGGCUCUAUUAUGUGCAGCUCUCUGCAUUGAGCAUGAUAUCAUUACACUGUGCCGGCGCUAACCUCAGCUGCGAACACAACGACUGCCCAAACUCAUCCUCUGAACUCUCUUUGUCCGACAUAUUUCACAACCUGGAUUUACAUGCACCCGGCUAAUUGCUCUAUCUGUCUAAUUAGUAGAAAUGUAAUGGUUAUUAAAUUUCAACCUGCUAUCAAUGUAGAGUGGGAAAGAGAGAGGCAGGCUGAGAGUAGGGCAUGAAAAGAAAGGGAGAAGGCAGCUGUCUUUUAAAGCGGGGUAAGCCGCGCUUGGAGCUACCCCGCUGAUCCAUUAGCAUAUCUGAAUGAUCCUGUUCCUGCACAGCCACCACCACGCUGCAAGGUGGCACAUCUGAAGAACGCGCCCUUUGAAUGUGCUUGCAAGCUGGGGAAACUCUUAUUUUUCAACCCGUUUGAAAAUCCGGAGACAACUUGAUGUUUGAGAAGCCAACAAAAAUAAAAGAGAGAGAGAGAAAGGAGAAGAGAGGAAGAAAAAAGUUUGAGAUUUAGAGGAGGACAGAGUUUUACAAGCUUUUUGAAGCUGGAUACUCAAUAAUUCACUUGAUGCUACAAGCUGCAGUAAGGCAGUAUGGAAACACACAGUCGUGCGUGACAACAGUUUUCAUCGCCUGUGCGUUGUCAAAUGAAAGUGGGCCCCAACCCCGGGCGGGUUUUGGCAGCAGAGAUGUUGUUUUUGGUGUCAGAGAUCCCUGAAAAGCAGACCCAUGUUUGAGGAAAAGAUCUGCUUAAUUGUGCUUUCAAAGAAUUUCAGAAGUCACCAAUUAUUUUUCCGUCCAGCUCGAACUUCUUUUGAUAGUAUUUUAAAAAGAAAAAACUGCUCUCGCCUUUAGCUAUCACUGCCGUCGCCUCGGCUUUUAGAAAACAACCAAAAUGAUUGUCGUUUCAUGUUCAAAGCGCUGAUACCAUGAGCUGGCUGCACAAGAAUUUGCAACAUGUAAGUAAUUAUUAACAAAGUGCUCCAAACAGGUUUGGCUGGAUGAUCUCUUUAGUCAGGCACACCCAAUAUCUGUUGCACAAGUAAUACAAGACUGAGUGUGUGGAUGUAUAAUCCGUCCUGCGUUCUGAUCCUGAUCUUAUUUGGUAAAUGUGUCAGAGCUUCGUUUUUUCCCCCUCUUUUUUGAUUAGCCUUGAAGUUGGUCUCCCCUCCGCCACAAAGCGGGCUUCUAUUGACUGGUUCCAGGGAGCGUAUUGAUGGUUCCAUAAUUUGGGCACAGGAACACAAAAAGGCUGACCCCCGCUGGGCUCAGCACGACAGCCCAGUCAGCAGGGAGGCUUGCAUUUAUUAGCCUGGGAGAGGAGCUCCUGCAGAAUUAAAGCACAUUCACCCAGCCAUUGAUCUCUGUCAUGAAAACAAUACUCGCCUCCCUCUCUGGCAGCGAGCGAGGCACUGCAUGCUCUGAGGUAAUUCGCCGGCCAUAGAAAACAGGAUGGCUCGCACCCUCGGGCUGCGAGUAAACUAUUUGAAAAGUGAGAGGAAUAGGAUAAAAAAACUAAGCCAUAUUAGAUUAUCAAUCCACCUGUCCGAUUGUAUUAUGCCAUGAAUUGAGAUGAAUGGUCGCUGAAUAUGAAUGCAGCUGUUUUUGUGUGUGUGCUUCCAGGGAGCAGAAACCAGUCUUUGUUUUUUUGGCUGUGUUGUGACAUGUUGAAUGCUACUUUAUGCGCCUCAGGAGGAUUUAGAGCGUAGAUUUCCUCUAUUUCAGUGAAAAGCUGUCUGUAGAAUAGAGCAAAGCUUAAUGAACUUGCCUUUUACUUUUGGCUCUUACGGGAGGGUCAUAUGAGAGGUGCAGAGGGUGGUUGUAUAGCUCCUUUCUCUCUGAGUGAUCUUAUCUUCAGGCCGGUGGACAAGGGUGAUACACGGUAUACAGGCGAGGGAGAAUUAGGGCAGUAUGUUCCAACACUGUGAGCCCCCACCAUCUUAGUGUCUGUUAAUCCACUGAUAAUGGCCUUCAUCACCUCCCAAAAUACCACAGAGUCAGUCACAAGACAGGAGCAUGCCUUCUGGUAUCUCAUAUCCGAGAGGGGGCACGUGUGCAGGAGACGUAGACUUGAAACCGCUUUGCUGCAGAGCGAUACAGCCGCCCAAGAAGGAUUCAUAAAAAUUGAGUUAUCAGUUGAUGUUGUGGUCUGCAGGCCUUCCUGUGGACUCAUGAAAACAAUCUUGAGGAAGCCACGAGGAGGGGGCUUGGCGGGCUGCACCAAAACUGCUCUCUCCUUCUUUUGAGGCAGUUGUCCUUGCGUGUGUGUGUGUUUGUGCACAGCCCUGACUGUUGACCUAAGGAACUGCCAGUGCUUUGAUGCUGCCCUCGGUGGCCAGUGUCCAAGGAGGAGGGGGGGGCGCUGUCUGCACUGUCCGGUCAACUCCUCACACACACACACACAGGCCGUAGAGUCAACACAUGACACAAGAAGACAGAGAAUGUCACACUUCACACAUAGUUGAAAGGCUGGGUGCGUCUCAUUAUGCCACCUAGAGCUGCUUUUGUCAGCUGUGGUUUGAUGUGUGGAGGGGAAGGGCUGAGAGAGACGCCGUGGCCUGGUAUGGGGCCUGCCGCUGCCACGUUUGAAGUCACUGUCGGGACAAGGUCUUUCAUAUUUACAGAAAAGAGAGGGAAAACUCAAGGGACACUCGUGAUUGGCACACUGUUUUGUUAGCGUAAUAAAUGGCUAGAGCUAAUCACCAUUUGCACCCGCCCCGUUCAUCAACCCUCCUGCAGCCCCAGGAGUUUUAAAAACAGUGCUAUGCACGCACUUUUUUGGCUCCUCAAGCAUGAAACUUCCUUUAAUCUAUUCUUCCUCAAAAAGCCAUUCAAACAUCUUACAUAAAUUAUGCUCUUAGCAUUAGAAUCAAAGGAGAGCAACUUCUCCCCUCACGCUGUCAGUGAACCUUUUGAUGGACAGAUAAUAUCGAGGCUCGCUUUAUGGGUAGCAUAUGCGCAUUGUAAUUCCAAAAGCGACUUUGAAACUCAAACGCAUCCAUUGGUUACAGCGAGAAAGAGCCCCUACACCUCCAUCACAUUUCCCCUGCACUUACUUCAUGUCUGACUAAAAGGAAAUAGAGAAAUUUCUGAAGCUCUCCAUGGCAAACUAGGGCACGGCGGAUAAUGUUCGUUUUAUUGUAAGACUUUGGAAUAAAAUUCAUCAGCUCUUUACUGCGUUUUUAUUAAAUGUGAUAUUUUUAGGCCUCCACUGUACUUCUUCUCUGUUAGCUCACACUAGAAGAAGAGCACAGUGCAGAAAUGAAAAUGUUCCCUCGCUCACCUGUAUCAUUGGUGGAGCUUUUGAGGAUGCAUCAUACAAACUAGUCCACCAUACCUGCUUCACUAACAUGUAGGCUCUCUGUAAAACACCAAUAAAUGCUUGUUUUAAACCAUCUCUGUUCUGGAUUUAACCAACUGAAAUACCAAAACAAUGCAUCAAACUAUGUUGUUCCCAAACCUGCCUUUGUUUUGACCAAAACAAGAAGACCCCCAAUGGGCUGCACGUCAGGGGUCAGCACUGAUUUGUCUGUAUGUGUGUCAGUCACUCCUAACAUGCAGUUGUUGCUUAGCUAGUCCUGAUUAUCACACUGACAAGACCUACAGCAAAACAUCAUGAAGGAUAGCUGUUUUACUGACAAGGAAGUUGGCAUUUUCCAAGGAGCUCCAGGAGAGUUACAGCUUCCUGCAAAAGCAUCAGACACUGGACGUGCUGCAGUGUAAAUGCAUAUUUGCAUUUUUGAGGAGGUGUAUGUAAAGCUUCAUAUGAGGUUCCUGCAAAGGUCUAGAGCUAUGCAAACCCAUCAUGUGUACUAAACCGUAGAUUUGACAGGAUCAGGAUUCAAAAGCAUCCAGCCAUGACUUAAAGGAAUAUCCCGGCGUAAAAUUAAUUUAGGGUCGAAAAACACCGAAACACCGAGUUAGACACCCCCUCCAGAGAUGAAUGUUGCCGACCGCUUACUUCUCUAGUUAUACCAACUCUAGUAAUGACCACACGAUAGCAAUACAGAGCAGUCUGAGGAGCCAUAAACAAACCUCAACCAAAACGCCACUCUAUAGACACAAAUAAUGCUCAGAACAGCACCUAACUUCAUCAACAGGACAUAUAGGGUCACAGACAUAGUACUAGACACCAAACAUCUUUUUAACUUUGACUCAUUUCUUUAGCGAAGGGACUAAACACAACUCACCUACUCUCUUCCAGCAGCCGCUUGUUUGUAGAGAGACCUCAGGCCAGUCUAUUACAGACUACAGCGGGGUGACGCAGCUCAAGGAAGAACAUUUAUGAUCAUUUCUUCAUGGAAAUACAAUCAGACCGAGACGCUAAGGCAGAAGAACUACCGCAUCUGUAAAAUGAUUAAUAUGGUGAUUAUUCAUUUAAGGAAAUGAUAAAGUGAUGAUCAUAGCUUUCUCGUUACUAAAGUUGGUAUCACUAGAGAAGCAAGCGGUUGACAACAUUCACCUCUCUAACGGAUGUCUAACUCUGUGUUAUGGUGUGUUUGACCCUAAAUUAAUUUUACACCGGAAUGUCCCUUUAACAGCCUUGAACAACAUCCAAGAGUGGAUUGAUAGGCGUACUCAUACUCAGGUUUCUGGUUAGAGAAAUCAGUGAUGAGCUGUAAGGUGACUGCCAAUGAGAUCCUGAGAGUUAGGCAUCAUAUUUCUCAAACAACACAAUUUAAACUCACUCAUAAAAUCCCAGUCAGGCCUUCACCUGAGAAUAUCUACCUGCAAAAUAGCUGUCUAUAGAUAACACUGUGAAGUCUGCAGCAUGCUUCUCCUCAGAUGGCUUUCCUCUUUAUUCGGGUUUUGUGUGGCACAUAAAGGCUGAGAUUAAUGGCCUCCUCUUCCUGCCUUUCUUUAUAGUCCAAGUUAGUUCAUUGUGUGUUGCCUGUGAUGUUUUACAGGAAGAAAGCCUCCGUAUACAACAUAAAAUAUGCUUUGUACUCAAGAUAAAAAAGUAAGAUCCUGCGUCCUUCCGUUUUGCAGCAAAUGAGAGGAAGAAGAUGUAGUGUGACUGGUGCAAACUGCUAAGGGAGGUCAUGGUCGGGGCCUCGCUUUGUAAUAAACACGAGGCUUCUUUCAUAAACAAAAGAGAGAGCAAGAUAGAGGUUUGUGUGUAUGUGGGGGAAGAGAGGGAGGAAAGUAUACAGACUCUUUUCUUAUCUUUGUUCAAAUAGUGUGGAAAGGGAAAGUCAGGAACGACACAAAAGAGAGAAAGGAGAGUGGAAACAAAGGCAGGUACAAGAUAAUGACAAGGUCAAGUGUGCACUCAAUGGCUCAGUUCAGCCGGAGAGAGAUAAGGACCGACCUGCUGACAAGGUGUGUGCAGCAGAGGGGAGUGGGAGGUCAGGUAAAGCUCCAGGGAUGGCUCUGCCUGACACAUUCACACACACACAGAGACCUCAAACUCAUGUGGAAGUGUUUGCGUGGGAAUACUGGCUCUCUACCACCACCUGCUGGACUAACGUGCAAACACAUGUUAUUAGGCCACAAUAUGAAUGAGAGCAAUUUUGACAAGUUUAAAAGCAUCAAGUGGACCGAAACAAUUAUUAUUUUUGUACAAAGACAAGUUUCUUUACAGAAUUUUUUAAUUGCAAACACAUACUUCAUCAUACAAUCCUAUGAUUUGAUUUUUCACGUUUUAUACAGAUUUUCCACAGUAAGACUGAUCUUUUUAUUUUCAGAUUAUUGGAAGUAUGCUUGUCAUUAAAAAAACAUCCAUAAAAACUGUAAUGAGAGCGACAAAGAACAAGAAAUACAGUGAUCCCACCAUCAUUGACAGAUAACAUUGUAUCGCCUCUAAAAUUGUUGUUGCUUUAAGGCAUAUACAAAUUUAUGAUUGAAAUAAGUUAAAACAUGUAAAGAAAAUUCAUCUAUUGCACACAGUUUUUGUGUGGGCCAGCUUUAAUUAAAACGUGUACAGGAAAUGUGUUAGAAGAUAUACAAAAUAAAAUACUGCAUUCCCAUUAACCUCCCACCUCUCUACCCUGGAUGGCUUUCUUUGCAUUUACUUUAUUUUCAUGUUUCACGUUUAAUUUGGAGUUAUGUCAUUAGUCAGGUAUGAGGUAUGUCAUUAUGACAUUAGUGCUUUUAUUUUGAAAGGUUAACGCUACAGUCGGAAAGUAGUAACACGGCGCAACAAACUUUUGUCUUCAAAAAGCGUAAAAACUCCAAAACUCUCUGCCGGUGAAUCAUCUGCCGUUGAGGACAUAAGGUUUGUUUAAUCAUUUUUAUUAAUAUAAAGUUACUCUAAAGUGUUAUAUGGUAGUUUUGUUCAGUUUUAGCAUGAGUGUGUUUGAGUCAUAGAGCGUUAGCUAUGUUAGCUUAGAUCCCGGUGAUGUGAAUUAGCAGUUAGCAUUUUAGCAGUUUAUUGUGAUUUAAACACGAAGACUGAACUGGGGAAUGCGUUUUACACUGCCUAAGUCCUUCAGGUGAUCUUUUUAGCAUAACAUACAUUUUUAGGCGUUCAUCAUCUCUGUCCUAACAGAUUUGAAAUAUACUGGCAACAAAUUUAGCAGUACAUUUACAGUUUCAUAAAGAAAUAGGGUUUCACAAAUUUUAUAUAUAUUUUUUCCAAUAUUUCCGUUUGAAUAAUUUAAAGUCCCAACUCUUUUGGGAUUUCGGUAGUACCUUAAAUCAAGUAACUGGUCUGUGGUAACUGCUAUCCUGAGCACAAGAGAAUGUCUAGGUUGCUAGGCAACAGUUUGGUUGCAGUUAAGUCAGGAAUCAGUUAAAUUAUGAAAAAGUAACCGCUUAAUAAUAAUACUAUGCAGCUAACUACUUAGAUGAAAAAAUUAACAACUUACAUAAUAAUGCCCACCAACAACAAUGUGCUAUAUUAACAAAAAGCAAAACAAUGCAAUAAUCCCAUGUGCAAUAACAGUUUAGAAAAAUGUGCUGAAUUUCAGCUCUUGGUGUUUUUCUUUGGCACUCAGCCUGCAGACUCCUGCCUAUAACUGACUCAGAGCAGUGCUCAUUUUUAGUACCACAUCAGAACCUUGAGUGUGAUAUUGCUCAGUCAAAACGCAGCUUAAUUAUGCUCCUCUGCAGCCCUCUAUUUGACCUGCAAAUAUCUAGAAGUAAAGAGUGAAAUUAAUGGAUAAAAAGUAAUGUGAAUUCAUUUCUACAGAGUGUCUAAGGAGCUACUGCCAAGAAACUUUUAAUCCGUCAUUCAUGGGACACACUUUAAUCUGAAGUCCAGAUUGAUAAUGACAGCAAUAUGGGAAGUUUUCCGAACUGACCAGCAAGGAAACAAUGGCGACUUGAAAGGCACGCCGCCAAUGCAUUCAUCAAGUCUUUCCUGGAGCGACUCCAACAAUAACCAACAGCUCGACUGGGAGAAUCCUUGUCCCGCUUUGAUGUUUGACGCUCUUCUCUUUCUGAGAGGCACAUCACUGAGUGAGUGAAAUUUAAAAAGGCACAGAGCCCCCCCAUCAGACAUGGAGCAUGACAUUAAGUGUGAUUUCAAACGACAACAAAUAAAGUGCAAAAGGGCUACAGGCUGGCAACUUACUUUCAGGCAGCAUAAAGGAUAGGAUUAGUUGAAGGCUAUCUCUGAUGUGUCACUCAUCUCUCAGAGAGGAGAAGGAGAACACGAGAUAAAACGACUUUUGGUGGACCAGCAAAGCCAAAGAGGAGAAAGAGAGAUGGAGAGAUAUGCUUCUGAUACAACUGAUCCAGACACUGACCCUAAUCCUGAUCUGGAAUUCUGAUCUCAUGCCUGGAUAAAGGGAUAAAAAGCCUCUGGGGGGGUUUCAGCUGAAAAAGAGAGGCCUUGGACGGAUACUCAGAGGUGGGCCUGGUCAGUGGGACAUCAGGCAGCACUUUGACCACACCAAGCCUUGAAGAUGUGAGGGGCAAAGGGUCUGUUAAGUCUCAUCCAGCACAGCCAGGCUCAGGGUGAACAUAGAGGGAAAGCACCAGGAGAGAGGGAUUGAAGUGUGCUGCAGGGAGCGGGAUGGUUAUGCAGUUUGGACUGAUAAAGCAGCACUUUGCUCCCCUUCAUUUGCCUACUGUUGAUAAUUUGGAUUAGUGUUAUGGAAGGAGGGGCUUAAAGAGGGAAUAAUACUGUGUUAUUGACUGUAUAUUUGAAGAGCAGAGCUAAGCUGAUUUAAAGCAGUGAUGUCCAAGAAGAGGCACUUGUGCACCAUCUGCUCCCGCUAGUUUUUCUGUCUUUUUUUUCUGGAAAACAUUUUCAAGCAAUCUGAUAAAUAGAGAUCAAAAUUGAGUUAAGGAGUAGCUCCACAUAUCAAGUCAAGUUUAAUCAAUUGAUGGCCCAGCGUACCCACAUCAUGAAUGUACCUCAUAUGCUUUAUGUUCUGUGCAGCAUACAAAAAACCUUAAUGUAUUUACCCAGAGUUCAAGAGAGAAACUUAAAAUGAGAGUAAAAAUGAGUUUAAAGAACAGGGUGUUCACUUUGAAAUGUUAGCUCAAAGUAAAAGCAAUAUAUUAUAUAUAAAAGUCUAUAUUAAAUCAGUAUCAACAUCAUUAUUGGCCAAAAUGAGUUUGAAGGUAUUUGCACAUCUGAUGUCUGCAAAAUUCCAAGUCCUGCACCCCUAAACAUUUAAGAUGAACCACUCUUUUCCUCUCAUGAGCUGAUUUACUUCCACUUUGCACAUUUGGAAAACUCUUUUUGUUGCCUGCAUGAGUUUAUCUUAACAGAGCUCUUGAGACGACAGGUUCAGACGGAGGGAAGGAAAAGAGGUUAGAGGAAGCGUCUUUUAGCCCCCUGUGAGGAGGAGAGAAGAUAAGCCUGCAGAGUCACUCGGUGACUCGAAAAGUUUAUUAAAUCCCAAUCUCUCAAUCAGCUGGUCUUCAUUAACUGAUAGCUUUUUCAUGUCUUUUUUAAUUGCCCUGCACUAACGUGAUGUGUGUAUAAGCACCCUUCUUUGAGGCCCCCUGUACCAACAGAAACCAAAGUACAGACGACACUGAAUCCAGUUUGUUGUCAUUUAAGCUUUCCACACAGGGAGCCCUGAAUCUGUGGUGGUGGAGAGGGUUUAACUCACCCUUAAUUUGGACAAAAAACAAAUUGAUUGGAGCUAAUAUUGCCAUCUAGUGGUGACAGUAAUGAGAGUUUCUGCAGGGCCUUGUUAGUGUGGCAGGAAAAGGAGGAAACCGUAUAACUUUGUUGGCUUUAUAUUAAGAAAACAUUUAAAAAUGUCCAAACUAACAAGAAGCGUCUAUGCCAGAAUGAACCAGACGACAGCUUGCAUCCAGGAGGAGGCAGUCUUAGGUCAGAGACGGAGGCUUACCCAAACACACACACAGAAUCCCUGCCAGAGCCUCUUCUCUGUGUGCUGAGGAUUAAUCGGCCAUAGCAGGAGCCCUGAUGGAGGGGGAGCCAAGCGUAGAGAACAUGGCCGGCCCCCACUCUAUCAAUCAGACAACUCUUCUUCUACCCAAACCAAAUUGACCUGCCGAUGCACUGGCCACGUCCAAGCUCUGUGUGGAAAUAAAUCACAUUGGAUGAGAGCUGGGUACCUGUCAGCUCCACUGAACGGCGCCUCCCUCCCUCUGCUCUGCCUGGAUGGAAAGAUGUGUCCGUCUGCACAGCCUCACACGCCGCACACUGAACACUUGAUUGAACUCUACAUGCAGACAAUUAUGGAGAGAGCCAGGUUCUUUAUGCAGGUUGGCUUUGGCUAGGUCACUUCCAUAUAUUAUUUUGAAGCAGAAGUUGGAUUGAAGAGUCGUUUUUUUAUUGUCUUUAAUCCCCUUGAGUCAUCCUUUGGCAGUGCAUUUAAAGCAGCAGGUUCAGGUUAAGUGAAAAGUUGGUAGUUUUGUCAUCAAAAAUGCGGCCCCCUCUCCUUGAAGAGGAUUAAAUAUAUGAAGAUUUUUCUCGCAGGCACUGCUGUAGAGCUGACAAGGCAACUUUCCUGACUCUCAUUGUGCUCCAUGAAAAUAGGGAUCUGGAGGCUAAUUGUUGUUGGAGGAGGUGCAACAAAGAUGAGGUGAACUCCAUGAUCUUUUUCCCCCUCUAUUCCCCAGGCUGUAAAAGUCUCUCCCAGUUGCUCUGAGGUCUAGGAAGCUGCACAACUCAGGCAAUGGAUGAGCAAUGGUGUGGUGGGAGAUAAUUUAAGAGGGGCGGGCUCUAAAUCUCCGUUUUCCCCCUCUCCUCGCAGCCUCGGGUUUACCUGUGUGGCCGGCUGACAGAUGAAGCAGUGUGCGGUCCAGGCGGCGUCUCUGUUCCCGGGUCAUCCAUCGCUCAGGAGUGAUAAGUGGCUCUGUCCGGGUGUGGCUCAUGCAGCUGUACAUGCAGUCGAUCACAGAGCCGAGCCACAGUACAACAGCAGCUGCUGCCUGUGGAGGACGCUGGAGCAAUAACAAAACUCCAGGUGACGUCUGUAUCACCUGAGGUGACAAAAAAUGUUCUUCUGUAGGUCUGAAAAAUCACUUUCUCUACUUCUGCUUUUUUUCUGUCUUAACUGCUUAAAACAAACCACAAAUUUAGAGUUCUGAUCAUCAGUCUGUGCAGUGAUAUUAGAUUAAUUAGAUUAUAUUUGUCAUAUUCAUUAAAAAGUACAAAGUGUAUGUUACAUUUAAACUUUCCCACCUUGAAUCUAACGGCAACAAAAAAUUAAAACCAAUAAAUCAGCGGCAGCAUAAGAAACAUUCUCAUCCAUUCUCAGUGUUACUGGUCAGUAACUGGAUCACAUGAACUCAUAAUUUCCUGCAACAUUAAUGUUAGUAGUAACCAGCUGGUAUGAAUCAACAGUGGGGCGGUUCACUACUGAAAAAUAUAAUCAUGUACCAGAUAAAUUUGGAGGGUGCAGGUGGAGUCACGUGUUUCUUUGUAAACUUCAGGCGACCAAUCAAAACUGUUGACUUAUUUAUAAGUCAUCAAUAAUCCCUGUCGAUGUUUAAAUUAGUUUGAUCUGCAUUUCAAGAAAGUAAUUAAAUUAAAAACUCACUGUCAUCUUCUGCAUUUGAAUUCCACAUCAUCAACACUCAGAGCGCCCAUAAGUGGUGGUAUCUGUGAUUAAAACUCACGGACUUGGCAAAGACUCAUAACUUAACUCCAACUCUCCAGGCAGUGAUUACAGGCUACAUGUAAAACACCGACUCUGUUUGAUUCUGACUUAUUAAUCCAUCUAUCUAAUAUUUAAGAAGAUAAAACAGACUUAAAAGUUAAAUUCAUAAUGUGUAGGAGGAGCCAAAAUAACCUUUGAGGGCUUGUCGAGUUUCCCUCAUUAGAAGAAACAUGAAGACAGAAAAUCAUGUACGACACCACGUCUUAAUGAAGCUUAUGAAAUAACGUUGAAAAACUAUCAGCAGCAGGAACAUCCUUUGUGAUGAUAAUGACAGUUUUCAUGUGCAGUAAAUGUAUAAAAUAUGUAAUUGCCAUGCGUCUCUGGUGUCUGAAUCAGGGAGAGUAAAAUCAGAAGCUAUCUGCCUGCCAAGACAGCUCUCCAGAUCAGCCAGAAUGUUCAUUUAGUCUUAUGUAUUUCAUCAUUUGCAGAGUGUUUGAACUCCAAACAAUCAGAACAAGUGAAAAAGCAGCGAAACAGAGACACGCUGUGAAGUUGAAAGGACACAGAGCUCGGCAAUAACACAGCCAGGACUGUGGCUUUGAUUCCCUCUGGGUUCACCCUUUCCAGAGACAUGUGCUCUCCUUGCACUUUCUCUGUGUAAAAGCCUGUGCAGAGGCACACUCCCCAGUGACACGCACACACACACACACGCACACACACUCACGCUCACACACACACACACACACACACACACACACACACACACACACACACACACACUCACGCUCACACACACACACACACACACUCACACACACACACACGCACACACACACAUGCUUCAGAGGAGAUAAAUGAAAAGAAAAUGAAUGCAGUCCAGAGCUGAAUUCAUUUUACAUCCCGCUGCAAGCUCCACCAGCAGCCAGGUGCAGCCUUGCAGCACUAGAUGGCAGCACAGCUGCACUGCUGCUCCUCUGAUUGAAUAUUUAGACAUUCACAGGUCUCACCUGAUGGUUUGUUUGACAUAACCUGAUUACAUACAGUGUCAUAUCUGUCCAUUCACCUGCAGUUUGACUGACAUCUUGCCUGCCUUUACACUCCCGCGGUGCUUACCAUCAUCCCUAGUAAGGGAAAAAAAAUCUAAUAACAUGGCUGACUAACUGCUCAGCCUGCAUGUCAUGCUGUUGUGAGCUUCCACCAAAAGAAAUAUACAUAAAUUAAAGUUGUGCUCUGACAUCAACUCAUUGGCCUUCUCCCUCGAAGCGCCCUCUGGAUGUGUGAGAAAGAAGUCUGACUUUUUUGGACGUGUAUAUUCCUGUUAAUCCUCGAGACCUGAUCACAGUUCGUCAGGUAAUUCCUGGAACUUGGCACUCUAUCAGUGAAAGGAAAAUGGGUCUUAAGAUGUGGAGCUCCUCUGGUCCUGCAGAGACUCUUUAAAGAUGCUGAAGGGAAAAACGGGGAUGUUUGAUGUUUACAGUUUGCUCCUCCUGCUGCUUUAGUGCUCAGGCCGCUGUUUCUGUACCUGUGCAGGAAUUCACUUUAAACUGAAAUCCAAAAACUUUUCACAUUUCCAGAAUCCAGGGUCCAUGUCCGAGAAGAGACCGCUAUCUGUCCAUAUUGUGGUUUUGAAUGCAGUGUGUGGUGCUGGGUGUAUACACACUUAUCUGUCUCUGAGAUUCCUCCCCGUCAUGAUUCAUUCCAUCAUGGCUGACUGUGUUCCCCAGAGCGUGAGGGAGAAGCUUAUCAUCUGUCUCCUCAUUUCAUGCCCUGUAGCAGGCAGUCCUCGACGAUGGAACAAACUCAGGAUGUAGCCAUCAUUGACACACCUUCAUUUCUCACAGGAGACAUGCAGGAAAGCAGCAGGCAGAUUUUUAAUCAUCAUAUUCAAAAGGGAGUUUCAGGUGUGAUAUUCUCCCAAAAACUGUAACCUUUCUGCUGCAGCUUCUUUUUAGGGAUAAGGUGAGCCGGCUGCAGCCCUAAAAUGUGCUGUAAGCUGAGAUAACCUAUCCAAUAUCGGCAACUAAUGAGGCAGAAAGAGGAGCCGGAGCAGACAGACACUAUCAUUUCAGCUCCAUACGUUUUCUUCUGCAAGAUAAGCUUUGUCAGAGGUCAGAUACUGUGUGAUAGUUUGACCAAUUUCCAGCACUAUUUCUGGCGACGCCUGUCGAUUUGAUGGCGACUUGGAUUGCCCGCCGUGGUGAAUGAGCAGCUGAGGCGCUUUUGGCUCACAGGGGAAAUCUGUUCAGGCCGCCUGGAGUUGAACUGCAGAGCACUUUUACUCCUGGUGAGAAGAUUGCUCUCAUGUUUUAUUGAACGUCGCCCACGGCACCUCUCAUCCUUGACAAUCUGAUUCUACCAAGGUCUGGCUCAUGACCUUAAUGUUCAGCCAAUGGGGUGUUGCAAUUCUCUCGCACUGACCCCUCCAUCAACCUCAUCAGCCUUUAGGUCCUUUGGGUAGCAUUUAUGGGCCACUCUCCAAGUGGAUUAAUACCUUUGCUGCCUUCCUGCAUUGUACUUAACUGUCCUUGUACUGAAAUGACCCGUCAUCUUUGCCCUUUGGUUCACUUGUCUGACGACAGACGAGGCUAGACGCUACUUUAUCAUCCAUCACGUCUCUGAGGUGUGCGUCCAACAGCUGCCUCAUACUGAGUAUGUACAUGUCUUCUUGGCAAACGCAUUAAAUUUGGGUCCAGGCCACUCAGCUUGCCAGCAACUCAAAUAACAGUCUGUCUAGUCUCCUUGUCUGACCUCUACAUCUGUCAGCCGAUCUGUAUUGUAGAGAUUUAAUCCACUAUAGCCGUCUUGGGGGCACUGAUGCUUCCUCAAAAACAGACCCGGUCCUCCAUUAUCGGUUUUACCUCUGGUAGGUCGUUGUUAUCUGGAAAGAGUUUACAGACUUGAACACAGGAAACUGGAGUCAUUCGCUCAUUUAUACACUGAUCUCUCUGAAAGGACUGAGCGCUUGGUUGGUAGAUGGCAUUGUCUUUAUACAGAUGUAGUCUCGCAGUUAGGCAAACAUUCAAAUGUCUUUAACUUGUGUGAACAGUUAAAUAUUUGCACUCAUUUUGAUGGCCAGUAGGGGGCGACUCCAUUUGUCUCAGGAUCAAGCAAGUCUGUGUUUAAGUCAACCAGAAAAUGACCCUUAUCCUCACGCUUUUCCAGGGAGUUUAGUCUAAUCUAGAGGUAGACCUUUUCAGUGUAUUUAUAUUUUACCAAUCAUUGAUAAUUGAUAAUCAUUAGUGGGCUGGAGGCUAUUCCAAACAACCGUUCAUUAUUUGCUCUUAUCAACAAGUCGGAGAACCCAGAGAGGACGUACGUAUGCACAGGGGAGAAAAUGCAAACUCUGCACAGAAAGGUCUCUAUUCAGCUGGGAUUCAAACCAGAUGAUCCAGAUCUUCUUUUUUUAUGUGGCCCUAAUUCUCUGUCGCAGCACCACCGUGCAGCCCAGUUAAACAGGACUUCCUUACCUUAAAGAGACAAGGUGGAUCUGCACUCAGCAGUCUGUCGACAGAAAGGGGACAGAGUCAUUCAUAAUGACCCCAUCCCGUAAUUAUGAUCACUUUUGGUACCUUAAAUUAAAUAACAUAGCGUCAACAAACACCACAAAUUAGUAGUCCAGAAAAAAAUGUUAGAUAGUUUGAGCUAACUUUUUUUAGCUUAGAUAUUCAUCCUGUCAUUAUCUAAAUGGUUUAUCCUGUUUGGGCCAUGUAGGGCUGUUUGGUAAAAGGUAGAUACACCCUGGACAGGUGGAGCUAGGACUGGGCGAUAAACUGAAAAUUUACUAAUACCACAAUUCACAACAAUAACCAACAUCAUUUUGCCCAUAUCGGUAUAUUUAUGUCAAAAAAAUAAAUAACUAAAAGUUGUUUUUGGAUGUGUGUAGGUAGGCUAUGGUCUCCUGUCUCUUUAAGACGCUGUCCUACAUCAGAGACGUGACUCCACCCCAUCCAGUCUGUAACAAAGAGGGAAAGACAGGUGAGGAGAUGGAGGACGGAGAGAAAGUUGUAGCGGCUGAAGUAGACGAAGUUAAUGUGGGAGGGGGUGAGCAGCUUGUGGAGUAGUUAUCGUCCAUUUAUCGUUAUUGAGGUGAACUGAUCAAUAUAUUGUAAUAUUGAUUUGAGGUUGUAUCGCCCAGCCUUAGGUAGCCCACAGUCGUCCAGGCUUAUUUAGAUUCACCGUGUUAAUUUAAGAAUCAGUGCAAACUCCAUGAUAACCUUGAUAGUAGGUAUUGAUUAAUUUACGCCUCCUCUGAAGUGUGUUUAACUCAGACAUCCACAGCUCAUGGGAAUGUCAUUGACCUGCGUAUCCUGUUGUUAAGAGGGAUUUGACCUGAGAAUGACCCCUGAUGUGAAAACGUAAUGCCCUUCCGGUUUCCUCCUGAAGGAGACAGAAAUGAGUUUGUCUAAUUUCACAGCAAUCCAUUUCAUUGUUGUUGAGACAUCUCGGUGUCUAAACUUCAGUAAAUGAUGGAUGAAUGAGAUGGAUGAGCGCUCAUUACCAGUCCUCUUUCAGACGCGUACGCUUCAUUAUGGUCUGAGCACGGCGUCACAUGUUUAAUUUCCUCUCCCACCUUCUGAAGGAAUCUAAACUGGAAAUUAAUGAGGCGAUUAUUAAAACAUGGAGUUUCUGUUUGUACCUAAUGAUCUCGGUAGAAGACAAACUGACUGUUUGAUAACUGCCUGAGAUGUAUUUUCUCCUCUUUUGACAACAAAAGCAAACAAAUCCUCAGAUGUCAAGACCUUAUAAUUCUUUCAUGUCGGUUUUGUUAACAUAUCUCUCGGAUAAUUGUCAAGACGGCAGCCUCGGGAAAGAAUUAUUUGUCUCAGUGACAUCAAAGCUUCCUCAUUAGGCAAAAAGGAAAAAUACGAGAGGGAGGAAACGGUUGCACGACAGCGAAGCGGCGAAACAUCUGGUUUUUACCCAUCUGCUUUCUGCCUUUCCACACAGCUGUGAGUCGGAGCAGGGGGUGAUAACAGACUCUGUCUUUAGGAAUUUUGCCUCAGCCCGAUGAUCCUUAAGAUCUUACGCUUCCUCGAACAUCGAUUCAGUCAAGAGGAAAACAGAGUGGAAGUGAGCGCUCUCUUAGGAGGACUUUUCUGCUUGUUCUUUAAAUUAGACUCAUCUAAAAAAAGAGAAACAGAUUGACUUUUUUAUCCUGAGACCUUUUCCUAGAUUACUUAAAAAGUUGGGGAGAACAUAACGCGGUCACGUGCCGCAAGUCUCCGUCACUCACAUCCCAGAUUGGACUCUCAUGUCAUGUUUUCCUUUUUCAACUUCUACGCGAGAAGUGACUCAAUUUCACUCAAAAUGCAAAUGACGCUCAGCUGCUUCAUGCAUUUUAGUUAUUUGUCGAGACAUGUAAACAUCAAUUCUGUCGUCAAUCAAGCGUGAGAGCCAAUUUUCAUGUAAAGUGGUUGCUGUGGCUGUGUUUACACUGCCAGCGUAUGCUCGUAUUAGCCAUGCAGAGGGCUGCAGCUCUCCGUCCUGCCUGCCUGACUCGGUGUGUCUGAUUUCUCUGUUGUGGUGGUGGGAUUACUCGGGGGAUUAGCAGGAUACUGGCAGCACCCAUCGAUGGGACAGAGAUGACAGUUUCCCAUCAUGUAGUCUCUCGCUUCAACCCCUCGCGAUUCCCCCGGACUUAAAGUGGCACAAACAGCAGAUUACAUGAGUGCGACAGCAGGGGAACAAGUCACACAUCACACUGCAGAGAUUAGGCUGAACAAACUCUUUCUCAGCUGCCUGAGGGUAUUCAACCCAAACAUGGAGAGCUGUCUCUCAUGGCCCAGUUUGAACUGGAUUAGGAGGCUACAGACAGCAUUGCUCUGCUCAAGAGUUUGGAGAAAACAACUAUGGCUCUCUGCUAUAUAAAUAAAGGAGUGAGCUAAUAAUAAGCAAGUUUUCUGUUAUAAGCAGCAGUACGUCAGCUCACGGCGCUGGCAGGACUUUCAUCCUUGUUUGUGAAGCCAUCGCUGCGUGACAGUAUAUCUGUUCUUCAAAAGACUGUCACAUAUCAAAACUAAUCACUUCACACUGGAAGAGCUUGUGUGGUCAGGGCUGUGCAUGUUUCCUCUGAGUCUCGGUGGCGUGAGCGCGGACCUGUGCGCCCGCAGAUCCCCGGGGAACAAAGACAGACCUCAGUCCUGGGUGUAUUUGAGCUCGUGUUUGCUCAGGUCUCUGCUUUGUACCUUUCAAGUUUCACAGACUUGCUAUUAAUGUUUGGAGAGCAGCCUGUGUGGGAGUGCAGAGGAGGCGACCACAGGCAUGUAAUAGAAAAAAAGCCUGCGGUCGCCUCCCUCCUAUUAAGGACACAAAAGCCAUUUUCUUUGUUGUUUAAUAGGAAGAAGCAUCCAGCAUAUCAAAGAUUUGUCUUCUGCUGAAGAAUAUAAUGGAAAAUGUGCUGUUGUGGGAUGAGAAGAGAGACUUUUAUUCACUGGAGUUUGAACCAUGUACCCUUUGAAGGUUUGUUUGGUGGGAAAGUAAAGACAGAGUUUUCUGCAGGUGGGAACAUCCCUGACUGUAAUUGUAUAUGAUGAUUGACGCAGACUAAGAAGUCACUGUUUGAUGUGACGCUGUCGUGGGGGUAGCUGGGAUUUCCAGAUUGCACUCUUAUUUUUGUGUUGCAGCACAGUUUGUUUCUUUGUUUGGCUCAUUACCACCCCAGAGCGCUUAAGAUCUGCACCAAACGUCACGUCUUUCCUUAUCGGCAUGCCGACACUUCGCCCCUCAGGGUCUCUUGCUGGAAGUAGCCCAGUUAAACCUGACAAAAGUUGUUUUAUUUUUCCUGCACAGUCAUACAAGAACUCUAUCCUUCAUUUGGGAAAAAACUCUGAGGUUCAAAAACCAACAUGGCACCAAGGUUUAUAUGAGUUAAUUAAACUCCAGCAACCUUUAGCAUUGUUGGCAGAAGGGUUGAUGUAUUCAGGGAGAAACGGAAACAUUUGGUAACUGAAAUUGAAAAUCGCUGAAACUCAUCCAUAUCGUAGAACCUGCUCCGAACACAAAUACCAGACAAGUUACAACCAGGGUUCAUAAUUAUUUCUGCUAAUUAAAAGUUAGUCUUCCAUGGGGGUGGGACUUUUUAAAAAGUGGGACAGCUUUCCGCCCAGAGCAGUCUUGGUAAAAGUUUGUUAUGUCAGCGGUGCUUCACCUCAAUCAUCGCCUUAUAAAAUAUUUACUGGUGCUUCUGUAAUAAUCUGAUUUAACAUUAUCUGUUGGAAUACCACACUGUGAAAUAAAAAAGUACUUUGUCUGGUGGAGAUUUGACUUAUCUUGCUGUUUAAAGCUCCUGUAAAGAACUUCUGGUUUGUGCGUUUAUGGCGCCCCCUGUGGACAAAGUGAUACAUCUUAUCUCUUUUGAUAAUUACUCUCAGCGAUGUCGCCCGCUAAUGGACAGAUCAUGUAACGUCUCCUUUCCAGUUUUAACGAUUGCAGAAACUUUUUCUUCAGAGGAGACUCUCUGAGACUUUUUAUCCCUUUGGUGACGCAGAAUAAACGGCGUGUUCGUGCCAGAAAGGAUCAGUCAUGACUCGUCUAUCACACAACUCAGGAAAGAGACACCGAGACAGAAACACUCUCAAGGUGUUGAUUGGACGAGCUCUCGUAACCACAGAGGAGUUUUUUACGAACUUAUCAGGACAGUCUCUAAGAACUUGUGUCGUCGUUAGGAGAGCAGAGAAUUAUUCACUUUUUGAGCUCGUUAGUUUGUGUUUCAUCGCUCUCUCCCUUUUUACUUCUGGAGACAUGAAAACCAGCUCACUCACGCUGUAUCUCACAAAGAAACAAUAAGGAAUCUCACAGAUUAUCUCUGCGAAUUUCAGUGUUUAAAUCAAACAUUCAGCCAACAUAUUAUGGCUGUAUGCUUGUUUGUUUUUGGCUUUUUAAGUGAAAAUAUGUGAUUCUUGAAAAGACUUUUAGCUCAGGCAGUAUAUUUGAGGGCUGUGGAUCGGAUCAUUUGUGGUGUGAAUUUGCACACCACCCUCUGUCAUUGGGUGUUUGUGAUGCAGAAAAUUUUUAAAAAGUUAGUUUUUUCCCCGUGUGUUGUUGACCACUUUGUCCACCCCACACAGUUUGCUUCGGCGGGUCAUAUUCAGGCAUCAGUGAUCAUUUCUGUUUGUAUCACAAGCCUUCUUUAACUCCUCCUCACAGGACAUGACUUUGCAGCUGGCCGAUUGACUCAGCAGUUAAAAGUGUCUCCUUGGAUACUCAGACUGCAGUCCUUGUAGCAAAGAAAGGGAAGUUUAUUUAUAUUUAUAUCUUUGACUCCAAAAACAACUAAAUCAGUUUAAUCUGUUCAGCUGGAGACACUUUUGUCACAUCCAUAUAUGGAUUUGUUAAAGGUACUUACUCAGGGCUUACAUAGGGCCACGGCCACCUGAUGACAUAGUUAUAUAAAGUUAUAUGUGACUAUGUGUUGUCUGCGUAGUUAUGGUAACUUAUUUUGUUUUUAAUUCUCUGUAAUAUUUGCCGGUGGAAGCAUGUAGAUGUUAAACAGAAGAGGCCCAGAGAAGGAGCCUUGAGGAACCCCACAUGUAAUUAUUUUUGUCCGCUCAGAUUUGAAGUCCUUUACAGACACAAAGAAGUCUCUGUCCUUCAGGUGAGAUUACAGCAGACACUCUCGACUCUCGACUCUCGACUCCUGGCUUUGACCGUUUCCCGCCCUAAUAGUCUCUCUUUGGCUGUCACUUAGACAGAUUUAAGCGUAGUUUAAAACUUCUGUUUUUACGCACUUUUAAACUCUUUUUCUCAAAGAUACUGAGCAACUUGUUUGGCUUCACAACAAAGAAACCAGCAGCUGUCCUUGAAUCUUGGUGGACGGUGUUUCUGAGAGCGCUGGGAAGAGUUUUGAAAACUGGACAAUCACAUAUCUGGGAUUUCCACGACAUUCGUCACUUAUAAAGCAAAAGUCCGGCUGCACAGAUACUAUUUCAUCAUGCAUGGGCAAAACUCACAAGAAACUAAACGUUACUGUUAAUUAAAACUGGAACUCGAAUACAAACAUUCAUUCAGAGCAAGGUUUGCAGACUCUCCAUACACAGAAGCCACAGUCCUCACCACAGGGGGGCUGGUUCGACUCUCAGAUUUGAACCCUUGAUGCAUGAAACUCUUCACUCUCUACCCUCCAUAUUUCUGGUUUCUCUUCAGCUGUCCUGUCAAAAAGAGCAAAAACGUUGAGAAAAAAGUAAAAGUAAAAACGCUCUAAAAUCUGAUGUGAAGCAGUAGCGACCACCAGGCUAACGAGCAAAGUUUUUCUUGGAGCUGUAAGAUAUAAAAGAAGGAGAAAUUAAGACUGUAUUUUUCUAAGGUGAUUAAAUCUGAACAAGUAACCUGCACAGACUCUGAUUUCAAAUGGAAACCUGAAAAGUCGUGUAAAUGAAAGGAUCGCAUUCAAGUGGUAAAAAGACAAAGCGUCUCCUUUCUGUGUGGAAAUACUGAAAUUAAAUUACUUCUUUGAGUUAAAAAGAACAAGAGACGAGUCCACAAAGUCGAUGAUCUAGAUUAACGGUUAUAAAAGCUCCCUUUGGUCGUGUUCGUGGCUAAUGCUAAUCAAACUGUGCUGUACAAGCUGCGCUCUCAUUGACGUUAGCCAGUUUAGCUCCUCUGACCGUAAUAACUUUAUUAUAUGUAUGUAGACUCUGAAACUGGACCCCGUGGACUUUUUCAGACACGCCCAAACUCCUGAACUCGAGGUUUUCAGAAAAAUCUGACCCAGUACAACAAGAGGAGUAACUGAAGUUGGCUUUGAGUUAAUCUAUUUUUACGUACUUUGACUUAACAUUAAACCAUGUGGAUUUUAUUACCGUUAAAGAGUCUAAUCAUGCAAAGCAAAGCUCAGUACCCAGCUGCUGAAUGUUCUUCAUUUUUGUCUUUUUAUCCUUUUUGGCAGUUUGUUUCCUCCUUGUUUUGAUUGGACAGCCUGAGACAGACGGGAAACUUGGGAAAAGACGGGCAGCAAACAGCCGAGUCCUUUUGGGACCAAACAUUCAUCCCCGCAACAAAGAGGACUGAAGCCUCUGAACGGCGGACACCUGGUCUGCUUACUGAGCCAAACUGGCGCCCCAUGUUACUCCAGUUUCAAGAGACAAAUUCAAGAAAGUUAAAUUCUUUUUUUGUAGUCUCGCUGAAACCGAGUUUUUAAACAACAGAGCGAACAGCUGGUGUGAGAGUGAAAAACUCAUGUGUCUCUAUUAAGAGCAGCUGUAAUGAAGAUAUAGUCGAGUGAAAUUUAACUUUAAGGAUAUUUUUCAGGUGGAAGAACAAACAGUCGUCAGACAGACGGGAGCAUCUUCCUCUUUAAACACACAGAAACACUCAACCUGUGGCUCCAUACUUUCAACCUUCAGCGCUGAAUUGCAGCCUUAUUGUGGAUGUAUGUAAAUUGCAGUGCACUCACUUGUUCAGAUUGCAGCGAAAAUAAGAAAAGGGACGUUAGAGCGUGGUGUGUGUCUAAAUGCACGCCAGCUGAAGCUACCUCUUUCUGUCAGACAGAAGGAUGAUGUACAUUGAAAACACAUUCCCUUCCUCGUGGCGCUCACAUCUAUCACCAGUUUAUGGCCACUCUCUCGCUCUCAGACACAUCUCUGCUGUGACAUCCAUCUAUGUCAGCGUCCUGACUUGCAUAUCCGGAGGCCUGUGUUGUUUCUCCGUCCUUAAAGUGUUCAUAACAUAUUCUUGACAGCCCCCUGCCAUAUGUUUUCUCUGCAACCGUGAGCUAUUGUGGAUGUUUUUAUGGGGAGUCGCUGGAUGAAGGUCACUGUUUUUUUUCUCUCUGCACGGCUUAAUGUCAACGGAAAUAAUAGACAUAUGUGUGACACUGGUGACAAGCUUUUGUCGCUAUGAGAAACGGCAGUUCUCACGCCAGUACGUACCUGAGCAGUUCUCCGAUUUAGAUGGGAGAUUAGUCGAGCAUUGAGCUGUCACAUCCUCACGCCACAACUGUUUAAUUUACAGCAGCGCCGUGUUUACCUUCAUGCAUCCAGGCCUGGUUAAUCUUAUGUAACAUUUGUAUGCAUGUAUGACAGGCGUUUAUGUCCUCAAACAGCCCACAGGUCUCUCUCUCUGUGUGUGUGGUGGGGGUUUUCUACAAACAUCUUUUGGGAGUAAAUCCGCCCAGCCUUUUCUGAAAGCACAGUGUAGACGCUGUUGGAGUCUAUGUGAGGAGCAGGUAAAUAGGAUGGGAUAUAAAUGAUCCUAGAGCGGCACUAUACAGCAACUCUGAACACACAUGCUGCUGCUGCUUAUCAGAGUGCUGCAGUGCUCUGAGGUGCUCGUAUACACUCACAGCAGACGCUUGUGGAAACUUCCCCCCUGUCUUUUUACUUUCUCAUAAACUGUGUAUUGAUAUGCUGGUGAAUCCUCUUUAUCAGUCAAUAAAGCCCCAUUACCUCCAUCUCUACAAGUCUCCAGAUAUAGGUCCACCACAAGUCUGCAGAAACAAGGACAGAAGUAAGUUUGAGUAUUUACCUCUUGAUACGAACACUUAUUUUCUGGAUUUUAAUGAAGAAAUAGUUUGUUUUAAUUUUGCACCGCUUUCCCACAGCUUGCCCUCCGCAUUAAAAAACACCACCCGGGUAUAUGCAUGAAUAUAAAUUCCCUCAUCAGGUUCUCUGUUGACAAAAUGAGCUAAAAUGAGUUGAAAGCCAUGUAAUUUCUGAUGCAACUAGGCUGCAAGCAAAUUCCACUUACUCACCUUUUGCUUCCCUGGCUUGGAGACUCUUUCUAACCAUCAGAGGGCACUAAAAACCCACCUGAUGCUCUCCGCAGUCCUCAGUGGAGAGGGAGUAUCAGUGCAAUUAGAAGUGAUGCAUUUUUCAGACUGCAAGAUGUAGAGAUGCAGAUUUAUCCGAGCAGGAGUGGGGGUAUUCUGUAUUUAUGAUGCAAGGAGCAGUGUCUGCAUUUUUAAUGAGCUGUGAUAAUGGGGUAAAUGUGAUGCAAAUACAUCCUAAUUAGUCUGAAUUUAAAAAUUGAUCAAUGCAAUGUGCGCAAUUUAUAACAGAAAAUGACGAAGGUGCUGCAGGUCUGAGAUUAGACUUGAUUUAGUGAGGGAUGAAAAAUCUGAGAGUUUGAGUAAAAAAUCUGAAAUAAUCGAUGAAGGUGAAAGUUAUUUGUGAUGGUUUGGAGAUACUCUCCAACAUAACAAACCUGAAGGAUGAGCGUCAGUGUGACACGACCUGAGUCAUUUGUUGUAUUUUUAUUUGAGUUAAAAUGAAUUUAACUCAUUUCCAGGUUAAACAAAAAUAAUCAUUUUAAUAAUAUGCUUUAAAAACUCAUGAAAAACACCCCUCUCUUGUGUUUCUACCUGUUCCUCUAUCAUGUCUCAUCAGAAGCCACACAUUAAAGUGGUUUUAUUCACAUCCUUGCGUUUCUUUUACGCUCCAAGUCUGAACCUUCCUCCUCCCCAGUCUGUCCGCUCCGCUCCAAGUUCACUCCGGGUCUCCCUGUAACAGAUUCUCAGAUCAGAAACCAGCAGACAUUAGCCUCGUCACGUCUGAUCAUGUCUUCUAACAUGACAUUCAAACCAACGCAGGGUUAAUCCUACCAGCUGCGUACAUGGACGUGGCUUCCUGAGCAGAUGAACAGUGACAGAUGAUGAGUUUAGUGCCCUGAGGAUUGCGCACAAGACAGUCAGUGAUCUGCUAACAGGCGUUUAACACCGCAGAGUCCCAGCCGCGCCGGCAGACCGGGAGACCGAGUCAUUCCGGGGGAUUUGUUGUGAUAAUUCUGCUUACAAGGGAGAUAUCGAUCCACACGGAACCUUUACCUUCGCAUUGUUUCCACUGGAGACUCCCACUCCUUCUGACCGGACACUUCAGUCUUUUGAGGAUACAUCUCCGGGAUCGUUACGCACAACUUUUACGCACAACCUGCCGCUGAAUCGAUGCGUUGUCAAUUUCACCCGCAACACGGACUGAACUCUGAUUUCUACUCCCACAGGUGUGAUUAUGUUCAAUGUGCGAACCGCAGGGAUGGAUGAAACGAUCCGCUCGCUGCUGCGCUGAAACGAGACCCAACACGGACACGGGGAAGUUGCCUGGAAGAGCGAGCCGCGCCGGGUGCCAAAAUGAGCCUUUACUACCAGAGCUGGAGGGUCUUACACAUAUUCUUUGCAACAAUUGCAGCUGUUCUUACACAAGGUUAGUGAGCUGGAGUUGAUUGUUUGUCUGUUGUGAUGUAUGAAGUCAGUGUAAAGUGUCAUUGAUGGCACAUUAAUUCUCUUUCUGCAGCUCUUUAAUGAUCACAGCUGAACCCCAAUCACAUAGACUGCCUGUCUUCUUCACAUUUGACUAAUGAGAGGUGGGCCCCUCUCAGUAUUACCGUGCCAGCAGUAAAACAGCCGUCUCCAGAGGUCUAAAUAAUAUAUAAAUGUCCUCAUUUGUGCCAACAACUGUCAUCUCACUUCACUGAUGCAUCGUUAUUGCGGCUCUAACAUUAGCAUAUGUGUCUUACUUGAGGCAAAGAGGUGUCACUCCAGUGAGUGGAGUAUAAAACAUUGAGGAUGAAAUUCAUCUGGGGUAAUGCACUUUAUUACUACUUACGCCCUGCUUUAGUGCCCGAUACUUCGCCUCUGAAUGGGAUGAAUUUUAUUCCCUCAUGAAUGCCCACUGGAAAACAGGGAGACCUGAUUUUCACACACUGAGGGGAAAUAAGAGGCAGGCAAUCUGAACUCCUAACUUUGAUCAUGAGAAAAAGAGGAUCGGUGCAUCAUAAGGGCAUUUACUGUAAGGUCUGUAACUGCUUCAUAGAUGAGGGCGGGCUGACUGAUUUAUCAGGAUGAAAUCAUAACGAAAAUGGAGAAAUUGAGAUUUUUUAAAGCUGCUUUAAGAGUCUCAUUGGACAUAGCAAUCCCUACCAAUCACUGCACAAGCUUAAGCCUCUCUCUCUCUCUCUCUCUCUCUUUCUCUCUUACUCACUCGCUCUCUCCCUCCCCCUCUCUUACUCUAUCUCCCUUAUCUCCUCCAUCCUCUCUCUGCCCGGCCUGCAGAGUAUUACAGACUAUAUGAUAAGCACAUCAUAUCCAUAUGUUUGUAGAAAACACUUUUAAAGGCAUGUUUGUGAUACGGUUAUGAUGCUGUCAAGAGUGCUUAGACGUGACUGUGAGAUAGUCUCACCCUGAAACCUGCUCUCUGCGUACAGUACACAGAAUUCAAAGGACACGGCGACAACAAAUAAGCACAAAAAUCACCGACUCAUUACUCUGAUCUCUUUUGAACAUUCUUGAUAACAUGUUUUUUUUCUCAUUCUGCACUUUUUGCCAAGCUAAAAUUUGAAAGGAGAAGUUCAGAAAGGAUUUCAAAGAAGUCAAAAUCCUUUGACUUCCCGUUUAAUUGGGACCACACUAUCAAAUUAGGCCCCUGUAUCAGACACUGUGUUGUAGCACUGCACAUGUUUCCAACUCAAAAAUAUUCCUCUGUGGAUUUUACAGACUUUAUGACCUUUUAUAAUUAACUGCAAUGCUCGGAGAUGCUCCUACUCUUUGCAACUCUUGAAAAAAAUCCUGUCAGCGUGUCUUUCCUGAGCUGUUAUCUGGUUUUCUACCUCUGUGUAUAAAUAUCCCAUAAAAGACUGAAACCCCUGUAUUGAAGGGCCUAAUUAUCAGCAAGCUGUUGGACCCUAAUGAGACUUCAGGAGCUCCAUUUUAACUAUCAGAGAUGUCAUCCAGUCACAAAUCAAAACACACACACAGUGUUCAGUUUAGAGACAGAGCACUCUGUCGUCUUCAGGUGUUUGAUCAGAGUCAUUAUAACCACCGGUGUGCCGCUGCAUAAAGCUGAAAUGAUAAACUGUGAAAGAAAGAGCAACAAACAAACUGAGAGUGAAACUUUGAAACACGAGCAGGACUCUGGAUCUCUCAAUGACGGAUUUAAAACGCAGACUUCCAUUGUUGUCUCCUCUGAUGCCAUUGGGAGUCGCCUCACUUCUGCAAGCUGUUUCGCACAUAUGGUAAAAGUCAUUACCGCGCAUUAGAAUUCAAAGAGGCUGCUCAGGCCAUGUGCACUUUAAUAGAAUAAUACUAAGAUUGAUUACAAUUGGAGAAAUAACGCUCAAAGACAAGAACGCUGAAAGGAAGUUAGCUGACCUAUGAAAGGAUUUUUAAUUUCCGACCUAAAGACAAACUGCAGGGUAAAAUGUAGCUCAUUAAAAACAGCAGUGCUAUUAUUAAAACUGGUAAUGGGGAACAUUGUUUUGAAAUGAAUCUUUGGGUCUUAAUCCUUAAAUAAACUUUGUAGUUUCUUAGAUUCACCGCAGAGGAGAACCUCAGAUACUGAGCUGCUGCAGUUUUUCAUGUAAAGUCAGGCUGCUGGUCAUUUUUCGCUUUCAUACAGGAGAGUAGACCUCUUACUGACUUCAUUUGCUUUGUGCAAGUGGCAAAAAUGGAGAAACACACACAACCAAGGGCUGUUGUGCACAUGAAAAGCUCUGUUUUUAAAUGUCACGCAUUCAUUCUGGAUGAAAAGCCCGACCUGAAACUCAUUUUUUGCCAUCAUUCAAAGUUAUAAUAGUGUUCGUUUCAUAUUACGUGUAAAAAAACACGUUUUGAAGCGACUUUAAUUCAGACAGCGUUCUCAUUUGGAUACAAAGAGAAAAGGACAAAAAUCUGAUUAACUACUCCUGAUUCAAACCCGAGCAUGAGGAGAAAGUUCUGUUUUUUCCCCCGUCAGAGAGAGCACUUAACCUACAUACUGUAGAAAAACGGAAUAACGCAAUAAUGCAUGGCAUUGUACAUGUUCAGGCUGCAGGAGAGCAGCAGUGGAGAGGUGGCUUUUACAAUCAUCUGCAUGGCAACACUGAUGCUUUCUGACUCAGCCAAGGAGGAAGAGAAGCUCAGUCUUCAAAAUGAGUGAUUUUAGAGGCUGGCACAGCUGGUGCAGCGGAUUUGCUCUCAUGUUUAUCAGCGGAGGGCAGGACGCUCAUCACGAUGAGAGCAGAAAAGAAGAAGAGUUUUGCCGGCAUUCAUUUCUUGUUAUCUGCGAAUCUGAAAUAUUGGCAAAGGAGAAGGAUGCACCUCCUGGCCCUCCAUGAAUCACAAACAAACAAACAGCGCCUGCAAAGUCCGCUAUCAUGUUCAGAAAUGGGUUGCGUGCCGUGUAUGCCUCAUUUAAACGCUCCCCUUCGGGUUUCAUGAAAGGGAAAGCGUGUGAGACAACAAGCACACAGCUGACCCAUCACACCCAACAGUAAAGGGACGAGCUUGCAUGUGAAUUGUUGCUACAUUGGCGGUGCUUUCUCCCUCCUGGAGACACCGAGCCAGUUUAUAUUCACUCCAGCCGGAGCUGCUGCCAGCUCUGGUAUUAAACAGCACAUCUGUCACUGCGGCCACUGGAAGGCUAAGCCAGGACAGCCUCCGUCCCCUGCACCCAGCGCUCGGUCUCUCAGGCAGAGUGUCGCCCACUCGCUGAACAUGACUGACACUCUCGGGUGGAAAAAAAGGCGCUGUUGUCUUCUUCCGAGGGCCGCCGGGUUGACACGAUUGUGACACAUACAGUAUAGUUACUGCUGUGGCAACUGUCACCCAUCAUGACGGGCUCUCCAAGAUAAAAAACAGAGGAAAGAAUGAUCGGCGGAGCUGUCAGAUGGCUGCAACCAUAAGGGACAUGACCACUGGUGUUAACAUAGAGAGGCUGCGAGCUCUCCUCCAAAGAUAAAUAACAAUUAAUAAUUCAGUGACAGACGCCUCUGUAUCUGUCAGCUCUUGUCAUAAUUUCACACAUGCAUCUAAGACAUGUGCAGAAAUCCAGAUAUCAUCUCCUCUGUGAAACAUCUUUUUGUUUGGGAUGAGGGUUUGUUUAAGUCUAACAUGUUUUUCACUUUACUAAUGCAGCCUCAUCCGUUUUGUCAUAAUCUGGACAGUAAACACCAGUGUUUUUCGGCCUUAAUUCACCAAGUAGGGCAAUUAGCUACCAGAUCAACAGAGCACGCUCAGGUCAGCUGCUAUAAUCUUCAUAAUUCUAUCAAAAAUGGAUGUUUAAUGAGGACACACUCAAUGGCUGGGUGACCUCUGCCUCUGCUCACUUUUCCGCAGGGGCGAACAGUCCCCAUUAAGCUUUUAAACCCGAUCAGAGAGCGUUUGUGCUGCUGCUGAACAUUUGUUUUCUCCUACUCUUAUGGAAAAACUCACUCUGAAUUUCAGUGAUUUAAACUUGGCCAGUAAUCCUUGUUGUCAUUGUUUCCUCAACACUAUCUGAGAUAUAAGUGUGAAGCUUAAAAACACACAUCUUGUAGGAUUGUAGGUUUAUUUAGGAUAGGGCUGGACGAUUAAUCAAAUUUUUAUCAUAAUUUCGAUUUUGGCUAAAAACAUAAUCGAAGAAAGACGAUUAAUGCGCCGCAUGGUGCAGUGUGUAUGUAAGUUCCUGUGCUGGAAAAACACCUUGAAUGCACCUCUGUUACCUGCAGCUGCAGCAAGCGUGUGACGUGUGAGGAUUGAUAACAUGAAGCGUGAGCGAUUAAAAACAUGGCAGGGAGGCCGUUUUUGGUCGAGAAGUAAGGCAGGACAACUCCAGAAACUUUUUUUUUUGUAUUUACGUGACUCGAACUCGGACUCAGUAUAUACGUGCGGACAUGGGCGCUGCACUGCACAGCACGAGUGGGUGUUCGAGUUACCUUGGCAGUCAGAAGUCCGAGCUGAAAAUAACGUCACACCCAAGUUACCAGCGUUUCAGUUUCCAAGUCAGAAAAAAACAAAAUUGGAGGCGAAAACAAGAUUUUAUCUAUUUUAAUCUGAUUUAAUCUAUUUAAUCUAUUUUAUCUAUUCUAUUUUUGCGCUUCCCUUGUCCGAACAUAAGACAAGCGCUAAAAUAACUUUGGUAGUUGUAGCCAUCUUGUUUCAGGCUUGGGAACUGAAACGCUGGAAACUCGAGUGUGAUGUCAUUUUCAGCUCCGACUUCUGAGUUAACUCGAACGCAUCAUUAGCAUUAGCAAGUUAUUGUUGUGUUAUUUAUCGUGAAUCCAAUAUCAGUCAAAAUUGUAAUAAUUGUGAUUAUUAUUUUUGCCAUAAUCGUCCAGCCCUAAUUUAGGAUGAAUUUCUUCGUUUGUUAACUCAGCACUUCCAUUAGAAUUCACCGCACAUGCCGAUUUGCAGCAUUUAUUGCUUUUUUCCACGGAGGAUCUGCCCUGAUGACAAUCUGCAAAUCCAUUUUAAUCCCAGUUUUUUGAUGUCUGAUUUCAAUCUUGUUCCAGAUGUCUCAGAUCGCACCUUUCCUCUCCAUACAGUGAAAACAGAUCAUCUGUCAGAGAGGUGAAAGUGGGGCAGAGCAGGAGGGGAUAUAUGAAGUAUAACAACAUUAACACCACUAUUUCAAUCACUUACAAACAUUUUAAAGAGGAAAAAAUCCACCUGGUAGUUUGAGUGAAUUAUCUGUAUAUGAAAGGAUUAUGAACGAAUGAAUGAAUCAGGGCCUGUACACAAGAUCAUAAAGGUUAAGGGGUCAGUUGAAGUCAGUCGGGUCUCUGCAGCAGGUUCAAAGUUCUGACGAUAGAUCAGAAGGUCCAUGAAGAUUUGAAGGUACAUGAUGGAGAGCUGUAGGAGGGUGUGGUGGCAGUUUUUUAAAGUCAGGAGUAUCAAAUAUUGGUAACCAGGUCCACGUCAGGACAGGAGUAAUCUGCACACAUCCCUGAGCAGAGUCACAGAGUUCAGCCACUGUCCUCGGAGGUGUCGCUCCCACAGCGACUCAAACUCUUGUAGUAAUUUAGUAGAUUUCACUCACUUAUUCAGAAAUGUGGAGGUUAAGCUCUUGUGGUGUAAUACCGUGAUGACUCACUCAGUUGAUUAGUUGGCCUCGGUUUACCUUCACGCUGGAGUAUCGGCUCCUGACAUGUUUUUUUUUUUAAGGUGUUUGAUCGUCAUUAAUUCUGGUCGGUCGAGGUUAUUUGUCCUGUCAAAGUUGGUGCUAUAACUGUGAUGAAGUUGCUUGUGUUCCCUUAAUAUAAUCCUGUGGUUAUCAGCAGCUUUUUUGUUUUUUUCCCCUCACAGAUUUGAGCAGUAAAGAACUGACAGACACGAGGAGCCCAGUGCCUUUCCCUGCCUUCCUGCCGGUCAACUACGAGGUGCGAGAUGCGGACUAUCUCUUCCUAAAGGAGGCCGGGCAGGACUUCAUGAGGAACUCCAGCAUGCAGAGUCACACGCAGCCCUUUGUUAUCCUCAGAGCCAGCCGCCAGCCGGCUGUCAACGCCAGCUACGGCUCCAUGUCCACAGAGCAACUCGUGCCUCUAGACCUGGUCCAGUCUGUGAAGCUCUACAACGCCCCCGAAGUCUUUACCUUCAACUGGAAGAUCCAGGCCUUUGUGCUGACGCCUCGUGUUUUCUCCUCCAAGCCCAAAGUGCGGGUGCUCUUCUAUGUGGCGGGGAGGGACUGGGGCCGGGGGGAAGGAGCUGUGGAUGAGCUACCGUGUGUGACAGUGUAUGCUUUCUGGCAGACUCAGGAGGUCAGGGGUUCUUGUGCCAUGGGAGGCGAGAGAGGGACCUGCAUGGCCGAGCUGGCUCCCCCACUUGGCUGGUUUGCUCCGGGGUCAGAGGGCACCAGCAGGGAGCGGCAGGAUCCGACCACAGGGAACCCUGUGGAGCUGUACUACCAGGCGCAGCCCAAAGUCAACGGGAAAUGUAAUUCUGCGGAUGGGAGUCGCUGGGGCGGCUCGCAGCAGCAGGCGGAGUAUGUCCCCGUCACUCCCAUGCAGAGGAUUGGCAGCGUGCGGCUCCUGCAGGUGCCUAAAGGGAUGGCGACGCUUUCCCGGCUCAAGCUUGGCAACGCUAUAGUCAUCCGGACCUCUUCCAAACCACUGAAGAAGACUGACAUCGCCACCUUCUACAUCCUCAUGGCCAGCUCGGCUCAGCUCAUUAACUUCACUCUCAGGUAAGUCUUUGGUUUUUUUGUUCCCUCAGCGUUUGCAGGAGUCAUUAGAGCCGCUCCUCCAGUGAUAAAAGCAUCUUAAAUGUCCCUUAUUCUGCUUAACAUGCAGGAUUAAGAAUCAGCAAGUUACACCCAAUACAAUAUCUUAUCAACCCUGAGAAAAGUCUGGAUGUUUUACUGGAAAUGAGGUCUUUGCUGUGCCAGAACAGUAGCCCACACAUAAAGUCCUGCUGCCUUUAUAAAUAUAUAAUGGCUGUUUCCUACCAAACUUUGUUUAAGUGGUAAAGUGGAGCCGCUCUAAGGUUAUUUAUCACAUUAAAAAUAAGCAAAAUAGAGCAGUGUACUGGGAGCAGAGGGUGCCAAUUUAACUCGAACUGGCAAAAAGUCAGAAUUGAGCGAAAUCUUAAAGUGGAGAGCCCACCAAUAAAACAGCAGCAGCAUGUACUUAAAGUAUGAAUUUAGGUUUAAAAGCUGCGGUUCAGAGUUAAGAGAGCAGGAACACAUCUAUUAGAGGACACUUAUUAACGAAUAAUUAAUUACCUGAGUAGCAUUUAUAUUGGUGACAUAUAAGCCCUUGUUUACUCUCCAUAAAGCUCCUCUUGACUCCUGGUAACUCAGGAUUUCCUCUUAAUCCUCCUCCUAAAUUACUUCUCAUUUAAAGCAGGUAAUAAAGUUGUUGCACAUAAAUAACCAUCCUUAUCUGCAGGUUAUAAAAGCUCUGUGAGAGUUUUUUUACAGGUUAUGAAACAGGCUGAAAUGAAUAUUAAUCUUUCUUUAUGACACUCAGAACUCUCAGAUCUGUGACCCGGUAUGAGGUGAGGUCUUGUUGUGACUAAAUCACAUGCAGCUGGUGUUGAACAUUUUCCGUCAUUAUUAUAUCGAGAUGUCAAGCAGGAUGAUAACAAAUAGAAAUGGACUGAUGAGUCGUCAGGCAGAUUAAUCAGGUUAAUAUAAUCAGCAUCAGCCGAUAUCAAAGCUCAUGACGGGGAUUAAAAAACAAACUAACAGUGUUUGCAGACACUGCAGGCAGCGCCGUCAGCGCGGCUGCUGUGGAGUGACGUUGAUGAUGUCCUCUUUAAAGAUAACACAUUAUUCUCAUCAGUAAUGACAGCAAACCCAACUGCUGCUGACAAGUGUGAUGUAUUCUGGCAGGGUGUUUAAUAAUGCCUCAGACAGAAAUCAGUCAGAGCUCAGAGAGUUUAAAAUUCAUCUCAAACACGACCCAGACUCAAGUUAUCGUGUCUGGAUUAGAUUGGAAAGUGCAUGGAAUAAUGGCUGUUAGUAAUAUUAUUAAAUUAUUAGAGGGGAUAUCUGAAUACACUUUAUACUGACCUACUCUGUAUUAAUAAGUAUGUAGAUAUUAGGGCUGCACGAUUAACCGAUUUUAAAUCCUAAUCAGAUUAUUUGAUUAUGACGAUGUUAAAAACAUUAAAAUCGUCAAAUUGUUUUUUCUCUCUAUCGUGUCUCUCACCUCCAGGCCACCGUAGACUCCCCAGUUCCCACACACACCAGUGUAAACAAACAUGGCGUUUGCAAAAGAAGGCGAUAAUUUCGUGGUUAAAUAGGACAAGAUGAAGUCAGUCGUGUUGAAUUGGUACGACUUCACAGUUUCAGAUGAAGAGCAAACCACUCCCCGGUAUCAACCCGUCACCACGGAAACGAAAUCAGGAGAAGAGGUCAAAGUUUUUUGUCGUAUCAGCGUUUCAUCCACACAGAAACGGUGUUUCAGGUGACUGUAAACGGUACUUUUUGAAAACGGGUCAGAGAGUGAAUAAAUCUGUAAACGACGACCAUUUCAUCUCCGUGUGGAUGUCUAUCUGCAUCUCUGGAAAUGAUCAUGUGACACACAGAGUAACUCUUUUAUGGCGCCAAAACAACCUUUAUACACAUGCUCUGUACUCUUCUUCUUACACUAAAUACUGACCUACUCUGUAUCAGUGUCGGAUAUUGAUCACCGUUAAUAAGUAUGUAGAUAUUAGGGCUGAAUAAAAACCGAAAAAAUCCAGUUUUUAGUGAAAAAAAUCUGGAUUUAAUUUUUGUGCAAAAUCCGUGCAGCCCGAGUAGAAAUAUGUGAGUUUCUGAAAUGGUCGGUUCACAAAGGAGACAUUUCUGCUCCUGCUGACUUUGUUCCUCCUCUGAUUAAAACCCGAGUACCGUAGACUCCCCAGUUCCCACACACACCAGUGUAAACAAACAUGGCGUUUGCUAAAGAAGGAUAAAUAUUCUCAGGUGUGAGAAUCAGUGUCAGAAAGGAAAAACUAAUAUUGGAGAAUCUCAAGUGGUUAUACCUGCUAAAGGAUGAAUCCGCGUAAAGUCGGAUAAACUCGUGUAAUCUCUUCAGAGAGCUCCAACAGUUCAACGAGUUCCCAUAAUUAAUGAAGUUAUAAGAAGAAUUCAGUAUUCAGUACAGGAAACUCCUCUCUAACAGCAUUAGCCUCUUACUCUAUUUUUCUCUCAAAUCACGUGCCGUCAAAGAUGAGGGAAAAUCUGAGGAAAUGGGUUUAGCGAGGAUUACACAAUUUCUCUGAAAAUAUGAUAGAGGUUAAACGUUCCUCUGGGAAGGCUGAGAGAUGAUUCAAGUUAAAGGAGAAAAACAGGUUUGAGUGAGAACAGCCUGAUGACAUUAAGAGGAGCGGGUGGUAGAUGGGGGACAUGGAUCAAAUGAAAUCAGAGCAGGUUGUGACUCAUUACUGCGCUGCUCUGAAGGGUGAGCCGCGCAUCAGUGUGUUUGCUGUAACGCAGAAAUCAGAGGGUGUACGAUCAGAAGAUCAUGAAAGAAAAGCCCAAACUGAUUGGAGAGGCUGCUGGUAUUGUGUUCAUGUUUUACGGCCAACCUUUCCUAAUCAAUCUGAAGGCCUCCUACAUGAAAAACACGCUGAUUUUGGGUUCGAUUUCCCCCUCUGACAAAAGCCAACAAAGGCCUGAUUACUGAGUGGUUCUGAAGAUAAUCUGGCAGAUUAUCCUGUUUUAUAAGGUGUGUACAGAGCGACGCUUCUUCCCUCUGAUCCGGCUGAAGACAAAAAUGUUAGAUAUUGGAUAUCGAGUUGUUUCACGUGACAUGGACCAGUAUGCAUGUCGGCUGUUUUCUAUGAUCCCCCCCACACACACAUUAACUGGGGCAAACAUGGCGAGAUAAUCCUGCUGAUUUUGGGCCGAAUUCCCUCUUCCAGUAAUAGUGAGGUAAUGGUUUUAGAAAUGCUGACUCAUCCUAACUUUCAGCCAACAUAUCGUCGAUUUCCAAUGAAAAACACGUAUCUCCACUUUUAGCGAACUGGACUUUUUUUCAAUACAUGCAUGGUCCAUAAUCUUCUCUAACAACACGUAGCUUUGGGUUUCCAAAUGACCGAUGGAAAGACAUUUUGUAACUUCGUCUCAGUAUCAACAAAGCAGGUAUCUCCCGCCGUGGCGCUGCGUCAUCAGAGACAAAGCUGCUGCUGUUUUCUCUCUCUCACACUUGUUGACUAUCGUAGCACUUAGUUGCGUUUCUACUAUCUUUUAAUUUCUCCACUGGUAUUUAAGUGAAAUUAGAGCCAGAAUUUGAUUGAAAACCAAUUAAUUUAGUAGCAUAAGAACUCAUAGUACAUUUUUCAGUUGGUUUUUCAGUAUACCAGCAUUGGUCGCGGACACUAGUGCAUGUUAAACUGGGAGUUGUGACUAGUGAUGCACGAUAUGAAAAAUUUCAACCGAUACCGAUAACCGAUAAUUUUCUUCUUCUCAUGGCCGAUACCGAUACCGAUAACCGAUAAAUUCGUAUUUUUACAUUUAUUAUAAUCUUCAUAUAAUCUGCAGUUUGUGCAGGAUGCAGCGAUUGAAAACUGAUAUUUUUGUUGCUCUGGCCUAUCUAGAACAACAAACAAAAGUUUUUGGCUCUUCAAAUGUGGUCAUUUGCUAUAAAUAACAAUAACAGAGCAAAAAGCAGAACUUCAUUUGAUCCCCUGAACUGUUCAACAGAACUGUAAACUGUAAAGGAGCUAUUAUGAGCCGUUAGGCUUAGCAUGCUGACCGGACUAACAUCUGACGUCCAUAUGUCUGUGGUAAAACUCACGUGUAGUCCGUUCUUGUCGAUCAGGUUGUGAAUGUAUGUGGCGACAAUAUCAUAGAGUGCAGGAAGAGACACAUCCGAGAAGAAGCGGCGGCUUGGGAGAGUGUAACGUGGCUCCAAGUGUGCUAUGAACUUACGAAAACCCGGGUUCUCAACGACGGAAAAAGGCUGGUCGUCGACCGCUAUGAACUCCAUCACUUUGUCGUUAAUGGCUUUAGCCUUUUCGCUGUCUCUUGAGAAGCUUUUGCAGUUCUUAAACGCCUGCUGAAUGGGGACAUCGAUCCUCCGUAGUGUUGUUGUCUUAGCUUUAGUACCGCUAGCAGCUUCGGCGGCUGUCUCAUAUUCUUUUACUACCGCUUCGCCGCGAUGGCGACCUUUCAGAUGAGCUAUCAGAUUCGCUGUGUUAAAACUUGACGUCUUCAUUCCUCCUCUUGGAAUCCUCGCUGAACAGGUUUUGCAUAUAGCAGCUGUUGUCAUCUUCUGCCACUGAGAGAAACGACCAUGCUGGUGAAGACAUUUUAUUAUCUGUCAGGUAGUGACAGGGUCAGGCUUGGGACCUGCGAGUAAGGCUUGAUAGACGACGUGACCAGCGCGUCUCGGACGGGCGGCUACUCCGCCUGCAAACGUUACUCGUAAUUUCAUUAAUAUAUCGGAUCUUUCUAUCGGAAAAAUGCACCUAUCGGACCGAUAAAAAAUGACGUAAUUUCCCCCCAUAUCGGCCGAUAUUUUAUCGGUCCGAUAAAUAUCGUGCAUCCCUAGUUGUGACCCAAAAUGGUUGACAACCAAUGUGCUAUGUGGAAAUGUAGGAUAGCCCGCUAUCAAUAGAUUAUCAACAUAGUGGGAUAUAAAAAAAGAUACUUAAAGAUUGUAAAUAACUGAACGUCAUUGGAGCACAUUAUUAAAAAAACACGUAUGUCCACAAAUGCAAAGCAGUGAAGCCAUGGGAGCCAUUUUUUGGCUGAGUGUGUAUGUGGCUCGUGGUGCUUCUGCAGACAGCCUCAAGUGGACACUCUUAGAACUGCAAUUUUCUUACAGUUUCACUUCGGCCUCAGGUUGCACCUUGGUGUUGAAGAGAAACUGCUCCUUCUGUGGCUAAGCUGUAGUCCGCCAUGUUUGUUUACUCUGAAACAUAGAGUGUGGACGGUUAAGAGAGUCUUCAUGGUGUGCUGCGUUCAUAUCAUCGUUGUACCUCUCACACCAGAAGUACAAAACUGUCUGCCAUCAUUUGUUUCUACCUGACAUAUAAUUCUUUAGAGGAAAUCAAACAGAAAGGAACAAACUGAAUCAAAAGGAGCCCGAGUCUGUUCUCAGGGUUUGUUUUCGUCGUGUCGGGGCGUUACUUCACACUUCAAGGUGGGAUGACGCAACAUGGGAAACUGGCACCUCAAAAACUGGAUUAAAUGCCUCCUUAUUUCUCCCGCAGUUUCCUUGAUGGUUUCCAUGGUCAUCCGCAGCUUGAUACCUUUUUAUUAUCAUCGCCCAGGCGGAGAUCAAACAGCCAUGUUGCAGAGCGGCUGUAUUUUUCAGGGUUAGCUGUCAGAGCGGCUGAGUGGAGAUUUACGCUAACUUGAUUAGAGGCUGAUUUUUUAUUAUUAUUCCAGACACUAUCUGCUGUACUCCAAGCUGGUGAAUAAUGGACUGUCAGGAGGUAUGAUAUGCUGCUCCUUGACGUCGUGUCUCAGUGACUCAUUGGGCUCUUGUGUGUUCAUCUGGAUCAUGUGUUGUUUGUCACCGAGCUUUUCUUCGUCUGUUGUUGGUUUCAGAUAAUUAACGGUAACGAUGUCGGUGUUUUAAUCGGCUCUGAAAAGAAACUCUUGAUCUACAAGUGCAUUUGAGUUCCAGCCGUCCCCCUAGAUUGAACCUCACAGCGCUGCACAAUCAAUACUUCCUGAGCGAUAAAUAAUUUCUGAGUUACUUCCGCCUUGACUCGUCCAUACAUGCUCCAGUGGAGGUGAGCAGGUGAGGGGACAGUCAUGGAUUAUUAAUCCCUCUUUCAAUUGGUCCUGUGCUGCCUCUUUCACUUAGACAGUCACUUACUGAGAUCAAUGCUGAAUGCUGGAAAAGGUAAAUAUUGAUUGAGCGGACAGCCGGGUGAGGUUGCAGAGUUGAGUCUGCAGAAGUCUCUCAGGUGUUUUCGCUUGGAAACAGAAAAGGCCGUAAGUAACACAGAGCUGAAUGUGUUUCCUGCUGUGUUUUAUGGCUUGUCUGGAUUUCUGAGAGCAUCUCUGCGUGGUUUAAAUGCUUUUUCAGAUCCUCAGUGUGUCCAUGUGUUUUUAAGGGUUAGAGAACGUGUUUGAAUAAAUUAACUGCUCUCCUUUUCUUCCUGCGUCUAAUUUUUGUUGAAGCAAUGAAGAUGAUCCUUCACCGUUCUGUCACUUCUAAUCAUCGCCGCCUUAAUUCAUUUACACGGUCACACGUUUCUGAGCAGAGAACAGACAGGAGGAAUUUGACAGAAAAACAGAAAGCUGGAAGGACGCCUCUUCUCCUUUUUUUCCUGUUUUUGUAUGAUUUUUAUUUCCAUUUCUCUUUAUCUCCCUUUACUCCUCCACUGCUUCCUUAUUCCCUUUGUUUAUACAGCCCUCUCCUCUGCCCUUGUCCUCCUUACUAAAUCCUUUCAGUGGUUCACUCCUCUCUUUAUCUCUCUGCUCAAUAUUUCCUCCAUAUUCUUUACUCAAUCUUCUCCUUUUCUUUCCUUACCUUUCAUUUCGCCCCCUUCCUUUCCUCUUUUUUUCAGUUUCCUUUUUUCCUUUCUCAUCCCUCUCUCUCCUUUCUUGUGUCAACAUUGCUUCCACCUCUUUUCUUUUUCAUUUCUUUUCCUUUCUUCUUGUUUUUCCCUUUCUAUUCAUUUCCUUUCCUCCUCCUUCCUCGUCUGUCUUUUCCUUUUUUUCCUUCUCUUUUUUGCAUUUCCUUUUUUCUUUUUCUCCCCCUUUAUUUCCCUAUGUAUCCUUUUCUUUUGUCUCCUUUCUUUUCCUUUCUUUUCCUUUCCGUUUCUUUCCUUUCCUUUCUUUUCCUUUCCUUUUCUUUCCUUUCCAUUCCUUUCCUUUCAUUUCAUUUCCUUUUUUAUUUUCUCCUUUCCUUUCCUUUUUUGUUUUCUACUUUCCUUUCCUCUUCUUUCCUUUCCUUUUUCUUCUUUCCUUUCCUUUCCUUUCCUUUUCUGUUUUCUCCUUUCCUUUCUUUCCUUUCCUUUCUUUUCCUUUUUUAUUUUCUCCUUUCCUUUCCUUUUUUGUUUUCUCCUUUCCGUUUCUUUCCUUUCCUUUCUUUUCCUUUCCGUUUCUUUCCUUUCCUUUCCUGUUUUUUCCUUUCCUUUCCUUUCCUUUUCUCUUUUCUUCUUUUCUUUCAUUUCCUUUUUUUUCUUUCCUUUCCUGUUUUCUACUUUCCUUUCUUUUCUCUUACCUUCUUUCUUUUCCUUUCCUUUCCUUAUCUUUCCUCCUUUUCACAAUAACUUUCCUCUCUUUUUUUGCCCCCCUCCCUUCUCUUCUGUCCUCUCCUUUUUUCUCGUCCUCGUCCUUCCUUCCUUAAUUCUUCCCUUUCCUUGUUUUCUUAUCGUCUCUCCUCAUCCCUCUGUUUCUGUGUCACUUCUUUCUUUCCCUAACCCUGCUGUUGGCAGUAAUAUCCCUGAUUCCUGCGGUGAUUACACAUCUGGAUAGUUUUUAAAGCAUUAGGUCGGUUUCCAAACGCUGACUUUUCCCUCUCUCUCUCUUUUUUUGUGUCGCCCAUAAACACGCCGUCACACUCUCACCGUUCUCAAAAUUCAUAUAACCCUGAACCCUCCUCCAGCUUAUCAGCACAUUAACAAGCCGCGUGCAGCCGCUCAUCAACAGCUGUCUGUGCGCUUUAUCACUGUCUAAAUGUCCCAUUAAGCUUUAGUUAAUACUCUCUCAUCAGCAUGAUAAACCUGUUAUUGAUGUCUGUAGCCGCAGUCAUGGGACGGACAAAUCUGAGGUCGAUUGAGGAAAGACAAGCCACACCUGUUCGCUCUGGCAAAAUGAGAGCGCGAUCCUCAGCCAGAGUCUGAUGAAGGUCAAAGAUAAAGUGAUGUACCGCCAUUAUCACACAUUCAAAUAAAAGGUAAUAGGCGGCGGCGGUGUGCAUGUGACAGGAGUUGGGUCGACACUCGCUGGGAGGCAGACGUGGAGGUGAAGCUUACAUUAAAACGCCAAGUGGGUUUGCAGACGCAGUUUUAUGUCAGAAAUGUUGGAUAUUUAUGAUGAAUGGCGUCUUUUUUUGAAUGUUACUGUACUGAUGACAAAUCAUUAAAAUUCUCAACAUCUUUGAUUCGUGUUCUCUGGAGCUUUUAUUAAAAAAAAGACCUGAUGAUGCGUUUUGUUUUACACUCUGAAGAGAGGGCGUUAAAAACAGUGUUAGUCACAAUCACAUCAGUAUCAGCUGGAGGCGACGUCAAAUCAUCACCACAGGCAAGAAGGUGACACAGGAGUCUUAAAAUGAGGUUUUAUUCUGUUGUUUUGUGCCAGAAUAGAAGCAGAGUCUUAAACCUGAAGUUUAAUUAUAUACCAGAAAAAAAAAAAACUAAAAUAAGUUUGUGAAGAUGGACAGGACAGAGCGGAUAAUCAAAAUAAUAAAGAGGAGUAUCAGAUUGCCCUGUAAUGGUAGCUUUUUAGUAUAUGGGCUGAUUAUAGUUUGGCUAAGAAACCAAUUAAGUUAAUGAAAUGAAUGGAUGAAUUAAACUGACCUGAACACACAAAAGAGGACAUGAACAGAGCGCUCAGAGUCACUGCAGGCGACUAAAGAAAAAACAAAGAGAAGAGUAAGAAAAAAGUCCUGGAUGUACUUUUUCAGGGUUCGCUGUGAACAAUCCCAUCUUCACAUCCCAAAUAAACCGUCACCUCUCCCCCGACAAUCAGCCACAGGAAUCACAAAUACACUCUAUAAAAGAUAUCCAUAAAAAUAUAAAAACUUUUGCUCACAUUCCUCUGAAUGUAAACUUUUCUGGUGGUGGUGAUCCUCUCAUCUGUUCGCCACUUUCCAUACAGUCAGACCUAGGGCUGGGCGAUAAACUGAAAAUUUACUGAUACCGAAUUUUACGACAAUAACCAACAUGAUUUUGUCCAUAUCGGUAUAUUCGGUGUUAAAAAAAUAUAUAAAUCAAAGUUGGUUUCGGAUGUGUGUAGGUAGGCUAUGAUGAGUCCACCCCAUCCAGUCCAUAACAAAGAGGGAAAGACAGGUGAGGAGAUGGAGGACGGAGAGAAAGUUGGAGCAGCUGAAGUAGACAAAGUUAAUGUGGGAGGGGGUGAGCAGCUUGUAGAGAAGUUAUCAUCCAUUUAUCGUUAUUGAGGUGAACUGAUCAAUAUAUCGUGAUAUUGAUUUGAGGUCAUAUCGCCCAGCCGUAGUCAGAUCUCUUUAUAUGGUGUACCAGUUCUCGUAUAAGGUUUCAGGCAGCUCUGCAGGAUGGUAAAUACCCUUUACAGUGUUCUGUUGAAGGAGUAGUGGCUGAUUUAAGACAAACCAGGUUUUCUUUAUAAUGAUGAUGUGAAAAAAGAGUUUAUGAGAUAACUUUGAGAUAAAUCUGUGUCUCCAUUUUCAUUUUAACAACAAAUUAAGCGUCUUGUUUGCCUCCUGGUUUUUAUUCUGGCCUCUACCUUUAGCUCUGAAAUGUGAGAAUAAUCUCUGUUUGAUUGUUUUUAAAAAAAAUAUUAUAUUAUUUAUUAAAGGAGGUACUCAUCAGUUUUGCUCUCCUCCUGAUGACAGCCAUGUUGCAGGUUUCGUCAAAUGAAACUGAUGCAUCCUACCAUAAGAUAAUCGCUGUAAUGUGUGAUUUAAUGUUUGUUUUCCUCAUAAACCGCGCCGCUCAAGUGGAGUGCAGUAUUUCGUUGUGUUCCAGGGGUUUUAUUGAAAUGCAGUUUUGAGGCCAUGAAUAAACCGGAGCUCCUGUAUCUACAGGACGCCGCCUCAGCCAGCUCUUCACCCAGGGAGUCCAAUCAUUCAGCUGUGUGACAAAUAGGACUUUUACGUUCGUUUUGAGUGCCGGGGUGCCUGCCAUCUGGCAGCAGUGUUGGCAUGAGCGCGUCCCUGACUCCCCGAACUGCUCCAUAAGUACGAUGAGCACGUCGCCUAUGGCCGGCCGUCAGACCGGCUAAACGGCGGACAUUUGCCUGCAUAAUUAAUGAUUGCAUCUGUUUCUCGCUGCACCGGGGUUCACCAGUGUUACCGUAGUCAUGCAGCGAUGCCAAAGAUAGAAACACAAAUUAUUUCAAGGAAGUGAUUACAGAGGCUGUUUAGCAUCUCAAUAGCAGCUUUGGUGAUGAAACUCUUCUGGGCCAGGGUUAGACUGCAUCUUGUACUUCUUUGAUCAGACUCACUUCGCUGCGCCGUAUUAUUUAUUCACUCUUUCAAACCGUCUCAUUGUUUGUCUGCUUUUUGUCGGCGCCGCCUCUCUGAUCUCUCAAAUAAGUUUAAAGAAAACAGCGUUCGGCAAAUUCAUAAGGGAAGGGAGCCGACUGAUGAAGUUCAAAAGGGCUGACUCUGUCGCCUUAUGAAAGUCAGCGGUGGUGUUUUCAUGUGAAAGCACGCGUAUGCGCGGGAAUGAGCAGUAAGUAAAAGGUGAAACAACAGUGCCACUCACGCCUCGCCUGGUCAGAAGUGAGAUGGAUGGCAGGUGCGGCACCUGAGAGCUGCUUUUCUCACACACUGUCAGCUUCAGUCUCCACAUCCAUCCAUCUUCUCUGGACGGGUGCCUCCCCCCUGCUUGCCCGCCCGCCUCCUCCAGGCCCACUAACCGCAGCCGUGGACACUGGUGACUACUGCCAGACCCCCAGAAAACCCCUCCUCCAGUCUCAGGAGGAUGUUUCAUUUCUUCUCCUCCGGGAGGACAAAGCUGCAGAUUACUCUCCUUGUUAGUGUCACUUUUUAUCAGGUAAACUUGGCUCCACUUUGCUCAAAACACAGAGGUGUUUCAUCACAGCGGGGUACCUUAUGUAGAAGUCAUUACUAGAUUAACGCUCCUCCUGGUCUGUCUCAUUAAUACACUCGGCCAGCCGUCCUGUUUCCCUCAUUGAUUAUGCAGCAUUAAAGUUUUUGAAGUAAGUAAUCACGCUGCACUUACAACUCUCUACGGACGGUAUGAUUGUAUGAUUACAGACGUCGUGACUCUGCGUCAGCGACAGCGAACAUUUCCACGGGUGUUUCUCUCGUUUCUUUCCCAGAGAUAUUCGACACGGUAAACAGAGCUGAAAAAACGCUGAUACAACUCGACCUUCGACACAGUCAGAGACAAGUGAGUCCGAACAACAGCCAGACUGAAAUAGGACCAAACAGCGCCGGGCUAACGGCUCAGUGGAUAGGAUUUGGCUCCUCUUGAAAUACAAACAUCCAUCAUUGUCCAAUAGCAGAAGUCCCCCGUGGGUUUGUGUGUUCCCGCUGUAAUACAUCGUCUGAUUGGUUAGCUCGACUCCAGCAAACAUGAAAACCAGAUAAGAGAGAUUCCUAUUUCUGAAGAAAGUUAAAGAAAUGAAAUGAAAGUUUUCCGACACGAGACUUUAAUAUCGAGAGAAACUCCGACAUCAGCUCGAGAAGUGUUCCUGUACUCGUGUCGUGGUUCUCUUGUAUUUUUAACUCUAGCUGAGGAGUUAGUGUUAUUCGUCUCUGACCAGCGUGGUGUCUUUUACGUUUGUAUCAGUAAAGAGCAAAGCUGUCUGUCUUAUAUGACUCUAUCCUUUCUUUUAUAAAUGUCUCGGUGGAGUCGUCUGUAAACCAUACUGGCUCCUGCUUCUGGUGUUUUCUGAGUAAGCCUGUAAUGAGGGUCACCUCUCUCUCUCAGUGUAAGAAAAAAAACUAUAUUUAUUUUUGUUUUUCAUUAUUUUUCCAGCGUCUCUAACAAACACUGAAAUAACGUCCUGACACUCACACUCAGAGCAUGCAGCAGGGGCAGAGCCGACACGGACAAACGGGCAUCUUUCUCGCGCUCGUAUCGAUCUGGAAACACAGACUUCAGGAUGCAGUAAAAGCUGGUUGCAGCUUCUUUUGACUCGUUGUACACUGUGAUAACAUUUCCAUCGAUCCGCGGAUCACACGGGGCGUCCAGCUGUGAUCCAUAACACCGCUGCCAAAAAGUAUCGAUCGAUCAGGUAUCAGCAGGCUUCGGUGUGAAAAGCAGAGAGCUGUCGACAGCCGUGACAACAGUUAAUUCCCGCGUAUAAAGAGAGAUCAUGUCGGUGCAGGUGUUAGUCCUCAAGAUCAAAUAUAGAUCCGUAAAUCGGCUCGGAGCUGAGCUGCAGAAACCGAUCACUGUCGAGCUCUAGGAGGUUCCUGGGAUGAAUCAGAAAUGAUCAAUUCAUCAAACACCAAUACUAAACAAACAGGACGAAGCUGGAGUUUUAAUUUUCACCCUUUAAUGACUAAUUAACGACAAUAAAAUCUGUUUCUAUUUUGGGGAGUCAUUUGGCUUUUUACAACUCUGCAGAAACAGAAACGGUUAAGUCUGCUUAGCUCGUGAUCUCGGUGCACGGUCGUUUCUGAAGUCAUUUAGACUGUAAGUGAAAAAAAAAAGCUCAAUACUCUGAAAGGACCACAAAGUUGUGCAGCCUCCGAGUUCAUCCACCUUCAUUAAAAAGAUCUGGAGCCGCUCGCAUGUUGUAAACCGUAAUCUGAAUCACAGGCUGACCCGUGCGGAUGUCUCAUUUAACCCUCUGCGUGCUCAGCUGCUGCGCCGUUGUCUUUCUUGCCUCCUGGGAACUCUCUGACUGAUAACACCAGACUGCUUACUCCCCCUCUGUUCACAUCGGAUGCAGAGAACCAGAGAGAGAGAGAGAGGCUUUAUUUUUUAUCCUAACACCCAGAACAUGCAACACCUACAGCGUUCGGCCCCUUUUUCAGUCAGAGUUCUUCCCUGUCUGCUGAUACACAGUCAGAAAAGUCCGAGCCUUAUUAUCGAUAAUAUGACGCCAACUCUGCAGCUCUGCAGCCACGAAAAACUGGGUCAGAUGACCUGCAGGUUUUGUUUUUUGGUCGCUCUGCUCUCUGGUUGACCCCGUGCCGAUCAGAGGAGCUCCUCGAUCCUGCUGAUGGAAAUCCUUCGUGUCGUGAUGGCUCAGAAAGAGCUCAGCUCGGUCAUCAUCGGUGUUUCAAUCAUGAACCAAUCGUUGAUCAUCUUAAGCAGAAACUCCUCGGCCUCCUGAGACUUCUCUGCAGAUUUCAUUUUGGACGUGCAGAUGUUCGAAACACGGGUUUACCAAACACGCUCGCACGAAUACGAAGACAAAACUCCAUUAAGAGGUCGUGUUUCACGUUUCCGUGGAGACGUAAUGCGUGUUGAUGGACUCUUUGUUUCAGGGAGCGCCGCCGCCUCGUUCUUUUGCUCGCUUUUCUCCGUCGAAGCUCCCCUCAGCCCGGAGCAGGAGAAGUGCUCAGAUUGCUGUUGCUCAUAGAUUACACCUCCUCGGAGACUCAUAACGUGCUCGACAACUGUUUAUCUCAAAGAUUCACCGAUAAAGCGCACAGCUUCGCAUGCAGAUGAAAUCCCAGGAACCACACGAGGAUGUUGUUCCGCAACUAUUUAACAACUUGUCAUCGCUGAAUAAUCACAGAGGCCCAUUAGAGCUCAGACAUAUGGAUCAUUAGCAUUGUUACAGCAGAGGUCUGGGUUUCCUCUGCAGCCUGACUUCAUGACAACACGUUAAAGAAUAUCUCAUUAACAUUUGACCUACAGCAAGCUGCUUACGCCGAGGAAGCCCGGCGGGGUGGUCGACAUGUUCUGCUGCAUAAUGCUUUGCAAAUAAGAGGUCGGUGAAACUAAUGACCCUGUUCAAAUAAAGAGCACGUGUGAAGAGGCAGAAGAGCGAUGUUACAGCUGCUGUUUCUCAUGUGAACCAGGGUGGAGUGCAGGCGGUGCCGGGUCACUGAUUUUUUAAUUUUUUGUUUUUAUCUGUUUCAUUACUGUUGCAUCAAAUACAUGACGUUUCCCUCCAGUUACAUGAAUCCAGGAUUUGUUGCAACAACCUGCACAACCUAGAAAGUGAGAAAAAAGAAGCUAGCGCACAGAUUUUUCUCGAUUUUUUUCUUCCACUUAAACUUUUGGAGAAAUAACACUUCAUUGGCAGAAAUUCUCUGGUUGUUAAUGUGAGACUUUCCCCCCCUUUUACCACACUCUUGACCUUUUCCUUUCUGACUUUUCUCAGAGCGACAGUAAAGAAAGGUGUGACCUUUCGAACAGCGACACCCAGUAACUCUUUAUUGUGGGACAUCACUCUGGAUAUGGGCGCGGAUGGAGCCAUCGCUGUGAUCUGUCAGAGGAAGGCCCCCAUACCUGGGAAAAGGCAAGUCUGCUCUCAUCACAUUUCUCUACCUACCUGUGAGUGUGUGUGUGUGUCUGUGUGUGUGUGUGUGUGUGCAGCCGCUCAGAAUUCCAUCACAUAUUUAAAAGCCCAAACUGCCGUGUAUAAAUAACACCCUGAGGAUCCAGAGGGAAUAUUUUAUGUCCACUUUGUUUCCCGAGUGUCGAGCUGUUAAAAGUGUCACUAUUAUAAUGCAGGCCCUGCAGAGCGAGGUAGCAUCUAUCUCUGUACAUCUGGAGUAAAAGUCGCUCCAUCUGCGCGGGACAAGCCGAAAGAAAACGUCUUAAUCCGGAGUGAAAGUGUCGUGACCCGGUGAGACAUCUGUAAAACUUUCCAAGCACCGGUCUGCACGUGUUUCCUGACGAGGCGCUCUUGUAAACAUCUGUGGCUUUCUCCCGUUAUAGCGCACCUCUCUUCUGCCUGAAUCAUUUAUACACAUGUACUUGCAGAACACAAUUCAGGUCUUGUAUGCGACGCUAGCAGUACGGCUGAAAAGAGGCGCGCAGGGAAAGUAGGACGAGCAAAACCGUCAUGAGCCAUUUAGAAGAGCAGCGCUAAAGCUAAUUAGCAGACACCUGCGGGUUUCUCUGAUCAAACUCAGUCCUUAACUCGCCCGAUAACCCCAUUAAACAGGGCAACACCCUUUCCCUAACAAGCAGCUUAUCUGAGAUGUGCCUCCAAGUUCAAGUGAGUGCAGUGUUUUGUCAUUAAAUUCGGGUGGGAGGGGAGUACAGCCGCACAAGCGCGGGCCUUGUCUCCUCAGAUUAGAGACACCUUGCUUAAAAAGCGAAAGGACGGUCAGCCUUAUCAGAGUUGCUUUUAUAGCUCUUACACAGUCCCUUUGAGCCUCACCUGCAACAGCUCUGAGAUAUUAUAAAGUUCAUGAAGACAGCAGAAAAAUAAAGACGUGCAGUCCGCUAAAAUUAUCGAAACUCUUUUAGUUUGUGUGCAGAACUCGGCUGAAUACAGUGAGCGCACAGAUUGUUUAUCCCUCAGGUGAGGAUGGUUUUCAGGGUAUGACGUGGCGGCGGUGGUGGAGCUCUGUUUUCUACAAGGUCAGUCCAAAGAGGAAGCUGCUGGAUUCACAUGCAAAACAAACAAACAAACAGUGACGCGUUCCCUCAAACCUGACCAGAAGAAAACCACGUCUGCGCGGAGGAGACAUCAUCUAUGAGCUCAAAUGAAGAAAUAAAGGUUCAGAUUUGAACACACACCUUAACAUGAUGCAAACAGCUGUUUAAUGUGAAGCAACAGCCAAUCACAGCCCUGCCGUCUAAGCCAAUCUGAGUGAAAUCCCAGGUAAUUGGCAGCCCGUCCUGCUGCAGCACAGAGCUAUUGUUCUAGAUCACCGUCAGACUAAAUGUUAAAGUGAAUACCACCUGAUUGUUGUCGUUUUUUGUGCUUCAUUUUUGUGCUCCCCCAAAAAAACGAAACGGCAGGCUGAGAUUAUGCUGCCUCUAGAGCAGCUCCAAGAAACGCUUGUAAAACUUAAGCUCUAAUCUCUGUGUGAAUGGAUGGCCUAGCUGGAAAAGAGCAAACGUACGCGGCCAACUUUCCCAGGAUAAGGAAAGAAAAACUAACAGAAGCUGGUUUAGGGGAAACAUUUGUCAGCAAACUUAAUUUAGAAGAAGCAAACAGAGUGUUUGGGAAAAUCUAAAUGAAAAUAAACAUGUGUGUGACUCUCAUGUAGCAGCCAGAUUACUGACCUCUUACUGUAUAUGCCUGUUAUUAUUGGUUUGACCUCAUUAAGUUGUUUUUCCCAGUCGGCAUGGAUUAGGACAUUGUUUAUCACAACUUCUCUACGGGUCAACAUAUUCUUCCUCUCAGUCAUCUCUGCUAAUCCUCUCUAAAAUGUCAUGAAACCAGCAGCUCCCCUGCAGAGAGCGAGUCCUGUCACAGCACUGUCGUGGGGAUUUCUCCGACGUUUUGUCCGACCGGCUUUAGCGAGCUCUAAAAGUGUUCGCCGCGUCUGUCUGUACAUUAAAGCUUUAUUAUCCUCUGUUGCAGCAUCUCAAUAUUAAAGCGGCGCUCCUCGCAGAAAUACGGCGGGCUGUAAACACGGAGGUGUCGAAGCAUCAUUCUCCUUGAGCUCCGUAAGAAUGACUGAGGCCGUAAAUAAGCGAGCAGCAUCCUCUGUCUCCGAUCUGUGUUAAUGCAGACUUAAGGGGAUAUAGGCGUGCUUACGUGAGGCAAGCACAUCUUGUUUUGAUAUUCGAGCGGAAUAUUAAUAUUAUCUUUUAAUCUCAGGUCUCCGAGCAAUAUGCUAAGAUUAUUCAAUUACACUAAAUCUCUGCCUUGUCCCAAAUAAGGGCAAAUACUAUAAUGGAGCACGGACUGAGAAGAGGAAACAGAGAGGGGACUUUGUUGAGUUUGGAACUUAGUCGAGGAUUAACUAAAUAUGAUUCGCAGUUUCUCCAAUUGUUGUCGCUUUAAUGCAGCAAAGUCGUCUCGUGUGCGAGCCUUUUGGAGGUCAUUUUCACGCAGCAGGCAGGACUUAUUGUUCAUCUGCUCAGUUCUGACACAGACAUUUAUAACAUGCACACACAGAUGCACAAGGUCUGAUAACGUCCAUGGGGGUACGCGCAUGCUUAUUACAUUUUUUCGCCCGCUAAUAUAUCUUUUCUAUAGUUCAACGCGGUGCCAAGAGAGGACGCUAACUCGGGCCAUGGAAGAAAAUUGAAUCCAUGGCUGGGACACUCUGUUCUAGCUGGCACCAGUGAGAGGCCAUUAUAAGUUACAAAGGCUGAUGCUGUGUUGUGUAUGCAGCAGGAUGCUGUCCUUGGACCACCUUUUAUUUCAGGAGGAAGGCCAGCACAGAAAAACUCGGCUUUAUCAAUUCUUUUGUUUCAGUGUGUGAAAACAGCCGCUGAUGCAAAGCUCUUUAUAAAACGAGAAACUAACGAACUUUUGGAGCUCAUCCCUCUACGAAAAUCUCUCCACUUUUCCUCCUGCACAUCCAAAGCUUCUUAUCUCGGUGAAAUGUGAGCUGGAUGCUGCAAAAAUCAAAACUUUGUCUUAAUGGAGACGAUUUCUUUUGUCUUCUGGCGGCCACAACAACUUUGUAAUUAUCAAUCAAUUAUCCGUUGGUACAGAGAGCACGGCCUGCAGGUUAUUGGGGCCUAUUUAAUACAUAUCGACAUGGUGUCACACAGUAAGCAAAGUAUUAUUGACGCAUUUGCUGCCAAUUUGUCACGGCGGUGAUGUGAUCAGAGAAUAUUUGUAUGAACACGAGCAGGUACGCACAGGUGCAUCAGCUGAUUAGAGUAUUGAUGGAGUAAACCAUCCAGGUCCUUCACGACUGACCUGCACAGAGCCAAAAUAAAUGAAUGGAUGAAAUUAUGGGCUCUCUGGAUAUUUAAUAACUGCAAAUAAGAAAAACAUUAUGAUUGAACGGCUGUUGAGAGUCCAGAUCUGAUGGUCGGUCAGGCGGGCGUAUAAAUAAUGACUCUUCCUAUCAGGUUUUUGUGACUAAUGCAUCAUAACUGAUAUAAAACUUUUCUUCCUAUUUUAACUGUAACUUUUAUUUGUAAUAAUUUCUUUUAUUUCUUUUAAACAUGGACAACACUCUCCAGUAUAAGCUUGAGAAACCAGUUCAUUCAGAAACGUUAAAAAGAAACUUUAACCUGGACACUUUAAGAGUACCUGUUUUGGAUCAUGAGAGCGCCAAGCUGAGGAUGAGGAGUACGCUGUACCCAAGUUAGCAAACAUUCACGUUUAUCUUUCAUUGACGAACUUUGAAUUUCUCACUAAUAUUCAUAUUAAAUGAGACGAGACUAUGAAACCAUCACUGAUUGGUUAGUGACUCUGAAGGAUCUGGUGUUGACGGCGGUCUGCUGUUCCCAGCAGCUCCAUGUUCGACAGUGACUCUUCUACCUCAGCCCAGAAUAAUGAGGCUUUUAUUUCACUGUCCUCUGGAGAGGAACGCAGUAGGGCUGUAAAGUCGACUGGUCGACUUACUGGUCGAUAUGUGCUGAGUCGACCAAAAUUCUGAUUGGUCGACUCGAUUUUUUUUCAUCAGGAGGAACGUAACAAGUGCUAAAGGGGGUGUUUUAACCUCCAGUUUCCACCGCAUCCAGAACAGCUACGAAAAGGCCGUAUCUGCUGGACUCUGCAGCUGAUCGUACGAGUUCUACUUUUUUUUUCCGUCUCAGCUGCAGAUGGACACAGGAAGAUUGGAGAGCGUCCACGUUAAUCAACGUCUGGUGGUUUGCUGAAUAUAAUAUUUGUGUUUAAUUACCUUCUUCUGGAGAUAUCAGUAUAUUUUCACCCACCGAGCUGCGUCGGACUCCCCCAUUAGCUGGUUUUAGUCACGGUUUAGAAGUUCUUUAGUUGAUCACAGUCCUAAAACGCAGUAUUGUAGAUUUGUUUUUAUGAUUUAUUCUGCCACAACAGCGUUUGUUCAUCUGAUCUGUUCGGUUCUUUUUAGAUCUGGUUUUAUUGUCACAGCAGGAAGUGAUGUUUGACUGCAGACAUGUUCAACCAUCAGAAACAGAAGAAUUAUUAUUGUGGAUGUAGAAACACAUGAGCAGGAUGUAACCCUGUGUGUGUUUGCUCUAAUUCAUUACCUUCCUACCUGUUCAUCAGAAGCCGCCUCAGGUUUUCUGACUCUUUAUUAAACGACACGCUGAAAUCAUCUGUAGUGUUUUAUUUUUCCACUGAAGCUCAUUUGAAACCGUUUCCUCUGGGCUCAGCUCCCUGAUAGAGAUUGUGAUCCGCACCGACUCGUCCUCCUGUACUGAGAACAAAGAGCUACAGGCGGAGGAGCCGGACACACUGUGCCGUAAUCACUGCACCUUUAUUCAGACCUGAUUAUCUCGACAGGAUUUAAUGUGUGGAGGGAGAGCUGCAAACCCCACUGGUGUCAUAAUCACGUUAAGUGUCUGUGGCUGUGAUGGAAAAUUUCUAUAUUUGAGGUGCUGAAUUCCAUUAUGGAGGCAUUAGGUCCCUCAUGGUUGUGUCACUUUUACUCUACAAUAUAAUAAAAAUGACAUAAUUCAGCAGUAUCAGGCUGCAGCAGUAGACUCUCCAAAAACCGUCUAAUUAGUGGAGUUGGAGUCGUUUAAUGAAUGCAUGGAUUGGUGUGUCUUUCUAAUUUCAGGUUGGAGAGCAGCCUGCUGGAGGUGCUUCAGAUGGAUUUCGAGGUGGAGGAGCUGAGCAGCCCUCUCGACAGUCAGGUGAUCAUAUGGAAACUGGAACUCCCAUCUGACUCCAAAAACGUGGCCAAGACCGAAGGAGCCAUGAGGAUCUACACGACGCAGAGAGACUUCGUGGGCCUGGCUCCUCUCGUCAUGGUGAGAGAUAAUCGUUAUAGAAACCAUCAUUGACGCCGCUGACAGCAGAGUUUCCGAUAAUUGCAACACUUGGACCGAAUCCUUUGAGCGUUGGUGCAUGAAUUUAUCAUAAAACGCACUUUGCCGGAUCCAUCCCCUGUCUGGUUUGCGUACGCAGAAGGCUGGAUCUGCUCGGGGUUUGUUAGUAGGCUAAAUGGGUUCUAUUUUGAGCAGAGUGUGACCUUGUGUUGUUGACUGUCAGCUAGCUGAUGUCUCUCUUCUGUGUUGUUCCGCUCUGUUCUGGCGUGCAAUAUGUGGUCAUCCGUUCUUCCCAACAGCUGCUUCAUGCGCUGCUAAUUUCGGUGCUGCUGGCCUCUUUAUCAUGCUACCUCCAUAAUUAAUCCAUGAUAUAAUCUGCCAUACCAAAUAUACGGAACAUUGCACAAGAGUUUACAACACUGAGUUUCCAUAUUGACUCUGAGUUAUGUGUCAGCGGAGGGUCAUCGGCGCAGCGGCACUCUGUUGUGUAGGGGAGUCAUGUGAACGAUAACAGACACUCAGGCUGAUGUUUUUUGGCUCUUUGGCCGCAUCAAAUGGAUGAAACAUGUAAUUUAUGUGAUUAAAAGUUAAGAAGUAUCAGACUCAGGCUUGUACUUCUGAGCAUAAGGUUAAUUUUAUUCUGCAGAGCGCUCUCGCAGCAGGGCUGUAUUUCCAUCAUGACGGUGCCAGGGUGCUUGAAGUUAUGAGGAUAUGCCACAGUGUUCUGAUUUGUGAAUUUGACAUGGUUCAUCUCUCUUGUGGAUUAGACGGCGACCUCAGGCAAAGGGCCAAACAUGAGGAGAUUUGAUGGCUGGCUAGAGGGGACAUUAACGCUGACUGAUCACUCUCAGACUUGCUCUAUGAACUCCAGCAAGUGCUGCAGCUCAAUACUUCUCUAUAAGGGGAGACGCCUCACUGACACAGGCCUCAGAUCAGUGUUUUUAACACGACCAUAACGACAAUUAAAAGAAGAGAUGCUGAGUUAUUUCAGGUUCGUUUGGAGAGGGGCUCUUCUUCUCCAUCUGCUUCCUUUCAGGACUUGGAGUGACCAAAUGUCAGAGUAAAUCUAAAUCAGGAGACUUGACCUGACAGCGCUCCACUGCCUUCACUCUGAUUUAGACACACGGUGCUCAAUUAUUUCAACUUCAUUUACAUCAGUGUGUGUGUGUGUGUGUGUGUGUGCUGUGGACACAUAUCCAUCUGCUUCAUGCUCAUGCUUUGAUUAUCCAUGCAGGCACGUGAACGCAUGUCUGUACAAAAGCAGAGUGAACACAUCACUGAGUCACUUCAGCCUUUUAUAUUUACACAUGUAAACAGAAAAGAAAGAAUAAAACUCGGUGUAUGAACUGCAUCUAUAAUCGGUUUACCAUGUGGAACAACUUUGUCGUCCUUUUGCUCACAGCCACAUCCAACAGAAACCCGCCGCCGUGCGAGUCUCCGCCUGACUCCCCUGAGCUGCUGGGUCUCUUUGUCUGUCUCCAGAUCACUAUGACCUUAAAGUUCAGAGGCCCAGGGUUCGGACAAACAAUAGAAAACUCAUCUGCUCCAUCCUAAUAACACAAUGAUCCACAAAGAACAGGAUGUACUACUUUAUAUGACGCUCAGGGAGAUUAUUCUGACCACGUUUUGAACCGCUGUGACCCGAGGCGCUGUGGUCAUGUUCAAAAGAACUCCUGCAACAAAAUAAUUUGUUUUUUUUUCGACUUUGGUUAAUUUUUCUGACCUUUCUGCAGGACACAGAGAUCCUGAACACAGCUGUUCUGACGGGGAAGAAGGUGGUGAUGCCUGUGAGGACGGUGGCUGUGGAGGAGGACGGAUUAGUCACCGAUGUGUCUGACUACACCGACUGUGGCACCACCGACGAAGACGUACUCAAGGUGAGGUCAACUCCUUCCUCCUUCCUCUUCUUCUUCGUCUGUUCACAACUUUUCGAUCUGCACAUACCAAACGUGAUGAAUCCUCGCUGUCAGUCGCUCCUCUGACUUUUUUUAAAACAGAGAAAAUGAAAAGGUGAAGGGUGGAAACACAGUUAUUUUUCCGAUAUUUCACCGCCAAUUUAGUUCAAUCUAAGUCAUUUUUUUUCUGCUGACGUUUUGAGCAGAAAAUUCCUCCAUGACAAAAAUGGGUUUGGCAGCAGUACAUGAAAGGAUGUUGGAUUUCUGUGUCGAGUCGCGUUGAUGUGCUGCUCUGGAGUGGCUGUCAAGGACAGACUUCAUAGGCAGUGUUGGCAAAACGCAGCACUACUCACUUCACAUCGGAGGAAGUCAAACAGACAUGUUACCCUCAAGAGAAAUGAAGUUUAACCGCUUUGAGCUUCUUAAAAAAUCAUCUCAAACUACUUUGUAAAAAACACUUUGAUGCCGUUAAAAUUAGAGAAGCAAACUCUAUAAAAUGGAUUAAUAACAUCAAAAAAUUAUGCAAAUGCUCAGGAAACCUGUUGCACAAAUUUAACGUUCUGGUGCAAAUACACCGAUCAAAGUUUGCAGCUCUGUGCAGUUUGCUCCUGUUUUGCAGGAUGAGCUGUCAGCAUCUCAGCAUCCACAUGUAGAUAAGAAACUGAAUAAGGAGGAGAAGUCUGUUUCUUCUCAUAACUGUUAUAGGUAGAUAUGUCCGAAAUAUGAAAUAGUCUAGUUGCAUGCAGCACAAGCAGUUUUUGCAGGACGGUUUUUUUGCAUGAAAACAGGAUAAAAGUUGAACAGCUGAUUUAAAUUUGCACAAACAGCCGCAGAACGCAGACAUGACAGUCAUCCAGCUGCACAAUAUUUCACCCUUUUUGUUAGAGCUGGGCGAUAUGGCCUCAAAUCAAUAUCACGAUAUAUUGAUCAGUUCACCUCAAUAACGAUAAAUGGACGAUAACUACUCCACAAGCUGCUCACCCCCUCCCACAUUAACUUCGUCUACUUCAGCCACUCCAACUUUUGAACCGUCCUCCAUCUCCUCUCCUGUCUUUACCUCUUUGUUACGGACUGGAUGGGGUGGAGUCACGUCUCUGAUGUAGGACAGCGUCUUAAAGGGACAUGAGACCAUAGCCUACCUACACACAUCCAAAACCAACUUUGAUUUAUUUAUUUUUUGACACCCAAUAUAUUGACAUGGGCAGAAUGACGUUGGUUAUUGUCAUAAACUUCAGUAUUAGUAAAUUUUCGAUUUAUCGCCCAGCCCUACUUUUUGUGCUUUAUGAAUGACUGUUUUUUUUGCAGUCAAGCUCAGAUAUUUUGCUUUUAACAAACAGGAUUAAAAACCAGCUGUAAACCAUCAAAUAAGCUAGAAAGGUCUGAUCUGGAUGUCUGUUAAAUGAUGAGAUAAUUUCCCACUUAGUGCAUUUAAGUUCAGCUGAAAAUUUCCAACUGAUAUUAAAAAAGAAAUGCUUUACUCAAUGAUUUUGAGAAACGAUCGAAAUAGAGCACAGACUACAACAAGAACGUGGAUAAAUAACAUUGUAUUUGGGUUUCACUCUUUCUUUCUUUACAGUUUCAGUGGUUUAUUAGAAGAGACUUAGGAGUUAAAAGAUAUUUAAAAUAUAUGUAUACAUGAGUGUCAUUUACAGCUGUUUCAUACAUGUUGAUAAAUAGUUUAAUUCCAUCAGGUAAUGAGUAGUUUCAGAGUCAUGUCUGCUCUCUGCCUCUCUCCCACAUGGUAAAACAAACCGUCAGCUGAUCUCUGACAACAGAGCGGAGCUGAGUCACCGAGCUUAAACACUCCUCAGCGUCCACCGCCGUGCCCCCGUCCUCUGACUCGUCUCUCUUAUCCUGAGAAAGUGAGCACGGCUGACUGCCAAAAGCCGGCUUUGUUUACUAAUGAAAUUGUUCGUCAGCCUCCUGACCCCGGCGGUCAGAGGCUGCGAUCGUAUUUACUCAAGGGUAAAGAGGAACCGUAAACAAAGGAUAAAGACAUUUGUUCAAUUUCAGCUUUUUUUUUUUCUUGGUUGAAUAUGUCCCAGAGCACGUCCGGCAGACAAACACAUGUCUGAGUUCAUAUUUUCUGACUGACAGUCCAGGACACAUACAGUAAAAGCUCUGGUAUUAAGUGCAGAUGGGUGUUGGUUGUAAGGAAAGCAGGAUUACACGAGGAUAUCAAGAGGCUUGAUGCGGCCUAAAUCAUUCUUCCCAACCUUGUAAUGUAGCCGUCGUUACUGUUGUCCCAGGCUUACUGUAGCUCUCUCUGCGUGUAUUUGCUGACCGGAGAGCAGCUUCGCUCACAUCUAUUCCAUUUAAUCUUCUUAGUCUAACAGACGGCUUGACUCAGAUAUCUUUUCUCUUCUCGUGUGCCUGAAGAGUAUCAAAUCUGCAAGUGAUACAUGUGUAAAGAAGGAUUUAUCCGGCAUGGAUCGCUCAUGUGACAAAAACAAAAGCAAAAACAAAUAUUAAUCUGCAGAGAUGGAGAGCUUUUCCAGACGUGGACCGGUGAUGGAGGGACCGAAAAUGCGCCGGGGCGAUUUCUUUAGCGGGUCAGGAUCGACAGUCGGACAUUUCAGGGACGUAUUAUCCACUGAAGGGGGCUGUUGUAUCUUGGCGUAGCGGUUCGGACUGAUUUGCAUCAAGCCUGAACUCGGUGUAACGCUCGAAUUAGAUUUGCCCUUCGCCAUAGAUUUAUUAUUCAAGCCGACUCAUUAAAAAUAUUGAACUUUUAUUGUUUGCAGAGAGAAACUACAGUUAGAGUCGGGUUAGGGAAGCAUGCAUUUGUGCAUUUUUAAUUCCCGCCUGCCUGUAAUGCUGCUGCUCCCAUUUUAAAUCCAUAUCUAUUUUGACACCAAAAUCACUGAGGGAUAUUCUUGGCUGCAGGGCGAGAUUGCGCAGAGGAUGAGUGGGCCGAUGACACAUUAAAAUGGCAUUCCCUUUCAACUCCAGCUACAGUGUAUUAUUUAGACACGGCUGAUGGAGGUUCAGUGGUUUUCUUGGAAGUGUCUCGGAUCACAGAUGAGCGCUCGGCUGCCUUCAAACCGAAUCGAAAAACGCUGAAACUCUCCAAGACUUUCAUAGAAAUAAAUCCGCCCUCGUCUAUUGUUCAGAGCAUUACAGCUGGAUGGGAGAUUUUCUCUAACAAGUGCUUAAUGGCUCCAGUGACACAUUAAAGAUGUGAUGUGUGGAUACACGGUAAAUCAGGCAUGUGAUUAUCGGCUGUGAUGAGGUCAAGGCAUCUCGGCAGGCGGCGGGGGAUGACACACGGUGACGCAGUCCUUCCAAAGUUUAAGCUGAAGUCACGGGUGCGGGGUGACUGACUCUCAUGACAGCGCAUCUCCUCGCUAACGGCCGGGUUCACACGAAUCAGAGCAGGAUUGUGUUUGCUCUUCGUCGUCCUCCUAAGGCUAUCUGUCAGAGUCGGUGUUUUUUCCCUGCACUCCCCCGCACACUUCAGGGGCUGGUGACUGAAUUUCAAUGCUGCGUUAAUUAUCCAAUUUGUUUAAAGCAGUAGCUGCUGAGAGGACCAAGGAGAACCUCCUGAGUCGUGUCUCUAAACGUCCAUGAGAAUUUUCGAGCAGUCGCCCCAAACUCGCCAAGGUCACCUUUGAAAUGACUGCGUAAUGAAUGCGGCGCUCCGUGAAGGACUGAUGCUCGGCGCCGCUGCCGCACCACAUGAUACGUUGAUUUACAUAAAACUGCAAUGCUGCCUCUUCCUACAGCUUCGGACCGGUGAUCAUCACAGUAGUUUAUUACAGCGGGCUGACAUUACUAUGGUAACACAUGCAGUGCAAACUGCCGCAAGGCCAUUUGUUGUUGUAGGAAUGGCCUAUUUGUUAAUACAGUGACUUUUAUGAGGAUGUUUGAUCAUUUUUUGUUGUUGGGUCGAUGACGAGCAGCCUCCUCAUCGACGGCAGCCUCGCUCCAAGUUUGAUGAAGAUCGUUAGCACAGGCGUACUUACUUAGACGAACUUCUCCACAUUAUCAGAGGGAUUCAAACCAUACGAACUCUAUUCUCUGAUUAACUUUAGAUUUAUCCUCCUCCGCAGGUGUCCGACAGGUGCGACUAUGUGUUUGUGAACGGCAAAGAGACGAAGGGCAAAGUGAAGAUGCUGGUGAACUUCACCUACAGCUACCUGAGCGCCCAGCUGGAGCUGAACGUCUGGAUGCCUCGGCUCCCCCUCCAGAUUGAAGUGUCGGACACGGAGCUGAGCCAGAUCAAGAGCUGGAGGGUUCCCAUACUUACCUCGAAAAGGUGGGCCGCACACACACGACCGCUUGUUCUCCAUCAAAGCUGCCCUUAUUUGGUGUCCAAAUGGGAUUUCUAGAUGUUCUCCAGCCCGUUUAAAUCCAAAUCACAUCUCUCUGAGGGUUUAAGGUUUAAUUCCAUUACAUCAUGUAUUGUAAUAUCUCGCCGAAUCCAAUCAAGUAAAGAGACGGCGUUGAGUGAUUGGAGAACAGCAGGUCAGACUGUUUGUUGUGGGGCAGGUGUGACAGGUGUUCGUGCACGUGUUCGUUUAUUUCAGAGCCGGAUGGAACAGUGACGAGGACGACAGGAAGGGGAAGGGCUGCAUGCUGCAGUUUCAGCACGCCCUGGUCCGAGUGUUGACGCACUUUACGGCGGAGCAGGCCGACCCCCGGGACCCGAAGGCUUUUUUCCUGGGCUCUGAUUGGCAGGUGGACGUUACCAGGCUGGUCAGGUACUUCAUGAAGGUGGAGGACCCUCGAGUGGCGAGGCUGCAGGCGGGAAGGGUGCUGUCUGGAAGAGACCCCGGGACCACCAGCGUGCAGGUAAUAAACUGAACCGCAGCACUGAUUAAUGAACGCCGAAGAGUGUCCUUGACCAAUCAGGAUUCUUUGUGGGUUUAGAGACCUCAAGAGGCAGAAUAUCAACCAUAAAGCAAUUCCAGGACCCAUCUGCUGUCUUGUGAUGACAAUUUUCCAUUUUAUUUACUUGGAUGAACAAACAUCUGCAUCAAACCACAUCGAACAGUCCAGUCAUUGUUGUUGCAUCGACUGCCUGAACUCAGUUUUGCCCCUAAAGCUGCUCUCUGGACGAGAAACAGCGACCGGAAAAAAAGAAAUUCUUGGCCUGAAAAUCCUCCGUUCAGUCAGGCAGCAAAGCCGUACAGUUUCCCGAGUCUGUACUCCAAUCAGAUGUUAAGAAAUAGAUCUAGAAUAGACAAGGAAGCUUCUAGAAUAAUGCUUGAUGGUUUUUUUACGGUGCAGUUAUCCACAUUAGUCCGGUUAGCUGCACACUGAGCUUAAACUUGAAGCUCUUUAGUGGUAAUUGAAUUCUGUUCGACACGGCGUGCUUUUCACUCAUGACCUGUGAACUGAACUUGGUGUCUUUGUUUUCCACGGGCAGCAGGAGCGAAGCCUCGUUAAGGUGAACCCAAUAAAAACAAACAAAUCAGAUUAAUUGGAAACCUUAAUUGCAUCAUGGUUAAUGUGUUAGUGUGGAUGACCCUGGUAAAAGGCUUAACUACCUUGAGACGAAGGCCAGAGGAUGCUGGGAUUGCAAACGCUUCUGCUGCUUUUCAUCGGACUUUGGUGAACGACAGAAUUCAGGUUACAAACAGGAACAUUAAACCUGUCCUGGGCUUCAAAGUCCUGUGUGCACAGACUCUGUCAAUAGAGAUUUCUUAGAAUCUAACGAACUUCACCGUCCUUAACAAGGAGACGCAUCGUUGGUAAUCGAUGGUAACUGAUGUCGUUCUGUUUCAGGUGUUUUCUCCGCUCUCAGACACCAUCUUAGCGAAGACGACCAUCAGAGUCCUGGAUGACAAAGUGACCAUCUCAGAGUUGGGGGUCCAGCUGGUCACAGGCCUCGCCAUGACUUUACAACUCAGUCCUGGGAGCAACAGAGCCAUCCUGGCUACCACGACCACCCAGGAGAUCCUACGGACCCCCAAACAGGUACCAAUCUAAACCCACUCAGAAGGCGCUAACGCCGACAGUAGACACUCUGACCACUUCCUGUUUCUCUUCUUUCAGGAAGCGCUGGUGAGCGCCUGGGUGCAGUUCAGCGACGGCAACCAGACGCCUCUCGACAUCUACGAUCCCGCUUUCUACCGGAUGACGGUGACGUCCCUGGAUGAAGGGGUGGUGUCUGUGCGGGGGACACCUCCCACUGUGGUGGCAGAGGGCGAAGGUGAGGGGGUGCUGGUCCGAGUGGAGAUGUCCAUCUGUGAGGUCUGCCAGAAGUCCAAGCGGAAGAGCACCGUGGCCGUGGGAAGCGGAAGCCUCAAGGUGAAGUUUCGGGUGAGCAGCAGGCGCUCAGAGGGGAACGCCAGCAGCAGCGCUGUCGGCGGCAAGGACGGCGGCAGUGACUACGGCAGCGAUGGAGGCGAUGUGGACAGAGACAGGAGGCAGAGGAAGCCGUCUCAGGAUCCUCCGGCGGGGGGCGUGAACUCGGACAGAGAGGAGGGUGCCAUGCAGAAGAUCACGACCACGAUCAAAUCGACGGAGCGGACCUUAAUAACCAGCGGCAGCCUCGGAGGAGUCGGUAAGACCGGUAACACAGGAAACGCUGGAGGUCCCACCAGUGUGGUGAACCCGAGCAUGAUGAGCAGCCCCAGUGACGGCAGCAGAGGCUUCGGCGCGGACAACAUGAUAGCGGAGGACAUGAGCAGCGUCAGCUUCACCAGCACCGUCAAGGCUCCCGGGAACCUGGUCAACUCCUACAACUUCCCCCCGAAGGCGGACGGACCCGGACAGAAACCCACAGAGGUGGAGAUCGGCGGGGAGGAGUUGUUGGCCAACAGGCCGCUCACAGAUCUGGAGAUCGGCAUGUACGCUCUGUUGGGAGUCUUCUGCCUCGCCAUCCUGGUGUUCCUGGUCAACUGCAUCUCCUACGUGAUCAAGUUCAGGCACAAGAAGCCGCCGUCUCACGGCCAGGAGCCCACGGGGCACAGGCACGACUGGGUGUGGCUCGGCACGGACGCCGAGCUGGUGAUGAGCGUGCCGGGAAGUCCUGUCCAGCAGGACUCCCAGACCACAACCACCGUCAUAGACAUCGGGCCCGACAAGACCGCAUCUCUGUCCAGGCGGCCCAGUUGCCUGGCCUCUGUGACGGACUCUCCCAUCAGCUGCGUGGGCUCCAUCAGGAACAAACCUAUGCACAGCGAGUCCAUCCACUCGCCCACCAGCAAGAGGAAGCGAGUCCAGUUCACCACCUUCUCCACUCUGGAGCGCCAGCAUUCGCCGCACGUCCCGCCCAGGGAGAACGGCCACGGCAUCCACUGGGUGGGGAAACAGGACAGCUGCGAAGAAGAACCCCAAGUGCCCAUCGCAGAGCCCGGGGACCAGUUAUAAUAUUAUCAGACCUGAUCAGACCUCACAUGUACAGUAGAUGUGGCUUUGAUCACCUCAAUGCCUUUGUGACUCCAACAACCGUCUAGACGAGUACCUGAUUUUGGACUUCUGCCCCCUCCCACAUUUCAUUACCUACCAAGGCCUUUGACAUGUACAUGUACUGUAUAUUACUGUGAAUAUCAGAGCGAGGAUGGUAACGACGGCUGAGCUGACGGCGGACUCGUAUUUACACCAUGUUUAAAAGCCACCAAAUGUUGAUGCUGCAUGUGGAUAUCCAAGUCUGAACCUUUUGCACUCACAUGCUGGUAUAGACAAAGACACACCCAGAAGUAUCUUAAGGAACAAAUACCAUAUAUUGAUUACCCAACAUAACUGAGGAACUCUGUGACAGAUUAGAGUUUCACCAACAACGUGGCUUUGAUUUAUCAUCAACUUUAAGUGAAAUCUUUGUUUUCUAUUAUGCAAUAUCCAAAACCUUUUUCUUUGUAAUCUUAAGUUGAAUUAAUUUUCACUAGAUUUUUUUUUUUUUCAUUAAAACACUUUGAACUCU